CAUAUGGACAUUUUAUUUCUGGAUCGACGACCGGCCGUUCACUAUAUAGUCACCUAACUCCUCCGACCACAAUAAUCAUCGCCAUCGUAUUAUUAUUAUUAUUGUAACCGUAACCGUCAUUAUCAUCAUCACCAACAUAAACGCCAUCAAAUAACAACACGCUUAAAAACAAUAUACCUACUUAUAUCUACCUACUUACCUUCAUACUUACCUAUAAGUACGUUAUACGGCGCGAUUAUAACACGGAGAUACCGUAUUAUACGAGUGCACCAGGUUCGUUUGGCCUAACCGAUUGUUUUGUUUUUGUUUUCGAGGUGGUCGCCCGUCGAUUUUUCGCGAAAAUGUUGAUGGACAUGGAUUUCGACGAUGACACGCCAAACCGAUGCACGACGCUCGUCUACUACGCGUGGAAGAUAUUCACGUGCCUGUUCCUGCACGUGUUGCUCGUCACCAUGGUGGUGCUGUACUGUUUGCUCGGGGCCUUUGCCUUUGAAAAUCUCGAAAAAGCCCACGAAAUCGAAGUGAGUGAAACGCACCGAACAGUUCAGGCGUCAUUUCAAUAUUUCGUAGACGGGGGCAAUAAAAUUACUAUACAUUUGCCCAGUGGUGAUCAAAUAUAUAAUAUUGAUGGGAGAUAAGGAUAAUUUUUAAAAACUAUUAUUAUUUAUAUAAUGAUUUUCGUUUAACUAAUUAUAUAAAGAUAAAAUAUAAUUUAUACGAGUAUGUAAGAAAAUUUCUUUGUGAGAAGGGAUCAGAUUACUUUCAGUGUACCUCAUGGUGGUAUACCUUAAGGCGAUAAAUGGGACUGCGUCAGAUUGGAAGCAAGUGUAUAAUUCUGACAAACGGUAUGAAGAGUUCUAGAUAAGAUAUUGGCGGAUCGUUUCACCUCAGAUGUGCGCGGAGACAACAGGUGAUAAGAUGUAUUAUGGUGCAGAUGAUAUAGUUUUGAUAGGAGAUAAUUUAGAAUAAGUUAACAAUAGGCUUAAUAAAUACGGAGUAGAACAUGAAGGAAAGGGACUAAGGAUAAAUUGAAGUAAAAAAAAGAGAAUGCGUCCGGAGGACUAGGACAAGACAGCUAGGUCACGGCAAUAAGCGGUUAUAGGUGAGGUUGAUAGUUUUAGGUUGAUAGUUUUAGGUACCUAGGAUCUUUUGUACAAAAGAACCGUGGCUUUCAUGAGGAUGUGAAACAUAGAAUUAAGCGUGGUUGGAUUUAGCGGAGAAAAGCGUCAGAUGUUUUAUGUGACGAGAAAAUUCCAAUGAGAUUUUAAGUUGAGUUCUACAAAAGUGUGGGGAUGUUGAUUAUGUUGUAUCUGGUUUCGUUCAAAUAUUGUCUAUCGUUUGAUAGGUAGAUCAGAUUUGUAUAUACAUGUAAACAAAUAUGUACUAGCCUACAUAUUAUUUGCGUAGUGUUUAAAUUCUACAUCAAGCUGAAAAUCGAAUAUUUUACCACGGAUUACUUGUCGGUGAGGGCAUACGAAUAAAAGGUAUAUAUUUAUAUGAAACCUUUUUAGAUUUUUUUUUUCUAGAUUUAAAAGCUACAGUUUAACUGAAAUGCUAACUUAAGACAAAGCUAAUAGUUAGACUAGGGCAAAUACUCAAGCAGUGGUGGAUCCAGGGGGCCUUUGCCCCCCUAGUCCUUUUCAACUGUCUCUUUACUUACAAAAAUAUUUUAAAUUAUGUAACGUAGUAAAAUUAAUUACACAAUAUCUAUUUUGGAAACGAUUGGGAAAUGGGAAUGUGAAAUAAUUUUGAAAUGAACUAAAAAGUAAAAGAUGACUUAAAAAAUUCCAUACAAUGAAUUUAAAAAUUAAAAACGUCAAAAUAUGCAAAAUGAAAGUUUCAUAAAGUAAUUUUUUGUGAUAUAUUUCAAAUUAUGUAUUUAGAAAGUUACGUUUCACAAUCAGCUAAAAAAAAAUAAAAAUGCAAUUCCCUACAAAUUCACAGUCCUAAUUAUAAUGCAUAUAUGGCUUAGAAGUAAUUUUUAUAGGAGGCUCCCCCAAAAUUCAACCCUGGACCUACUACUGUACCCAAGUUACCAUCUCCUCUUACAAAUGACACUACUGUGAUAAAUCAACGUUAACUUGCAUAUUAUUAUUUAUCUAGUUGUGGUACUGUCGACGUAAACGACGUAUCAAAUUAUACUCUAGAGAUGUUUAUCUAUAUUAUUCGUUUCGAAUUAAACGUGACGUGACGUGAUGUGAUCUGCGGUUUAUAUAGGUAUAUCCGCGUAAUAUCUAUCAUGUAUUAUUAUUAUUUGCAUUUAAAUGGGACCUCGUUUACCGUAGUCGUAUUUGAUAAACGAUAUGGAAAAAAAAAAAACUAAUACGGGUAGUAAUUUCGUAAAAAGAAGUUUACUAUUAGUUUUAGUACCUACAUGUAGUCUGUAUAUAUAUUUGUAUCUUGUUAUGCAUGUUGACUUGAAAAAUUUAAAAUUAGUUAGAUACCUCCAUUAGUUAAUUUAGUUACUUUUGUCUAAAAAUUAGACUUAAUAUUACAAAAAUUAGAUAACUAGAUAUACUAUUUAUAUCCUUGGCCUAUGUAAGUGUUAUACAAAUAUUAGACUAUGAGGAAAAAUUUAGCAUUAAUACAUAUUACAAUUCUUGAUUAAAUCGUGUACAAGCAUUCGAAAGCAUCUAAAACAUAGAAUCAAAAAUAGCUUAUUAUCAUUUAUAAUAAACCGAUCAGUGAAAAUAUAGUAAUAGGGUAAACACACUAUAGUCUAUAGUCAUGGUAAUAUUAAAAAUUACGUGUAGGCGCUCUCACAUAAAACUACUUUAAAAUUACUCAGUGUUUUGUAUAAUACCUAAUAUGCUAGACGAUAUAAUAGUAUAACCGUUGUAUACAUUCUUUUCUCAAGUCCAUUCAAAGCUACUUUUGAUUAUAUAUUCAAGAUUUUCCUUAUGCAUGUAUCCCUAGUACGAAAUUUCCAUUUUUGGUACAUCACGUUUUUCAAUAGUAACUUAUUUAUUGUUACGAAUACAGAAUCCAAUAUAUUCGAAUGGGAUUUUCGCAUGAUGCGCAGUAUACAGAAUUCGUGGAGUAACUUUAUUAAAAUCGGGAACGCCGUUUUUAGGAGUAAAGAAUAAACGAAAUAUUAUUCGUCGUUAUUGAAAUUGAAUAAACAUUUUAUUAAAUUAUGAUACAUAUGCCUAUAAAUAUAUAAGUACAUAAUAUAUGCAUAUACUUUCACAUCAUCACAAUAGGUCUCUAUUUUGAAUGGUGAAUCCGACAUGCGUCAGAUAUAGUAGGUAUUCAUAAUAUACUGUUCAUACUUAAUUUUACAAACUUAGUUAUAAAUUAUAACUUUUAGUAACGAAUAUUAUAGUGUAAUUUGACAUUUCUUGAAUUUGAUCGUUUAUUGAAAUUAAAUAAAAAUGUCAUCUUUUUGAGAAAUAAUUGAAUAUUUUAAUUAUAAAUUCAUAUUUUUUGGUUUUUAAUACAUAAAUUAUUAUGAAAUAUUAAAUCAUUUUAAACGUAGAAAAUAACUUCUACUUGUAAAUAAAAAAUGCUGAUAUUGUUGAUGGGUGUGCUCCGGUUUUUGGAAAAAAGUUGGAAUGGAGGAUGUAUAGAGUAAUUUAGUUUAUAUCUGUACGUUAUUGCUAAUGGAAAACAAUUCUGAGCGGAGUAUUUUCAGCCGUAUUUUUUUCCUUGUUGCCGUGUUAACCCAGAAAUCAACAAUAAAUUGCCGUUUUAUUUAUUAAGAAAACUACCAGGGAAAAAAAUGACCUAUUAAGUUAAAUUAUAAACGCAUAAACAACAAAGAACAAAAACAAAUGUAAUAACUACCUAGGUAUAUAUUAUACUCGUAGAAGUCGGUGAGUAGGUACCUCUGCAUGUAAUUUAUUUCAAUUUUAAAGUGAUAUUCACGACGAUACGGUUGAGUUAAACAAUUGGCAUUUGUUGGCAAAAUGUACAUUAUUUUAUUUUAUUGGACUGUUGCUUAUUACAGUAAGAACAUUUAGCGAUAAAUAUGCUUUUUGGACUUGUUUUUGCGCUUGCGGUAAAUUGUCUUAUAUUUAAAAUCCGAGAGAGCCAAGAGUCGGUCACAUUUUUUUGAUUUAUCAUUUCAACCAAAAAUAUAAAAUCCACAUAUGAUGGACAUACAACUAGUUAAAUAUAAUUUCAUAAAAAAAUAAAUACAUUUAUCAUAUUUAAUACUACAUUUAUAUAGUCGGUAUCAUUGAUAUUAAAAAUAGUAAUUACUACAUCUAGUAAUACUACUUAUAUUUUUAUUAGGUAUCUUGCUUGUACAAUUUCAUCUUUUAAAACUAUUACUAUUACAAUAUAUCUGUUGCACAUCGUUUUUGUUUUUUUUAGUGCUCGUGUAUGAAAUAUAUUGGUCGGAGAGGUCGCAUAAUUGAGGAUUUAAUUUCCAAAAGGUUUUAUAGAAUUAUUGUUUGCUAUAUAUAUAUAUAUAUAUAUAAUAAUAUAUAGUAUAUACUGUGUCCCGAUCCAUUAAAUUUUAAAACAUUUCAUGUGGAAACGUAUUUUUUUUUCUAUCUAGGUAUGCUGCAGCACACAUAUAAGCUACUUAUAAAAAAUGUCGUGUACCGAUCGAAAAUUAUUAAAAGUUUGGUAUACAUUGAAAUUAUUACCUGUACAAUAUCUCAAUUCCCCUCCUUCGAUAUGAUUGAUUCUUGAAUAUUUUUUUUCAUUUUAUUAAUCUUGCAUUAUAUGUAAUAUUAGUAAAUGAUAAUAAAUUGUAUGCAUUUAAUAUAUUAAAUAGUGAGAAAUAUUUUUUUUUUAAUAGGUUUUGAAUUAUUUUACACAUAAUUUUUGUAUAAUUCUGGUUUGAUGAAAUGAAAACUAUAUGGUAAAAAAUAAAAAUAAAUAAAGGUCAGCUAUUAUUGUCAUAGCUUGGCAUCAAUAACAUCACAAAUAUGUAUACAACAGUUGCAGGAUGCCUAAUAUUUUCAACAAAACAUAUUAUUAAAAUUUAAAUAGUAUAUACCUCGGCGGAAAAUCUUUAUAUAAGUAGAUAUAUUAUGGCAACUAAAAAAAAGCAUAAUAUUGGAAUUGUUUUAGUCUGUACAAUUUAAUCGAAUAAUUAAUUAUUAAUUUAAAUUUGUGACAGGUGUAUACACCUGUAAUGUUUACCCAUAAGUUACUUUAAUAAAUUAGUCGUCUUUAUCAAAUUUAAAUAAUAGAUAAAUAACAGAUAAAUAUACAUUUUUAUAUACGUAUAUACGUCAAUAUACGUUUUUUUCUAAUAAUUUAAUAUUACAAUUUAUUUACGAAAUUUUAAAUUUACGUAUAUGUUUCUUUAUGUACAUUUAAAUUUGCACAUAAUGUAAUUUUCUUCUGUGUAUUAUUUUGACUACUUGCGUAUCGGCAGAAGAGAAACGGCUUUCUCAUCAGAAAUGUGGUUUUUUUUUUGUACGACAAUGCUUAACUACUAUAAAGUAGCACCAACUCAAUAAAAACUGGAUGAAAUGAGGUGGACUCUUCUGAAACACUGAAGGGUAUUUCAUAGUAGUUUCUAUAGUCUAGACCUAUCAUCAUGUAACUAUCAUUUCUUUGGGCCUCUUUAAGAGGCACUUGGAGAGCAGCAUUUUGAGGGAUAACUAUGCUGUCAAGAUAUUGGUGUGAGAAUGGCUUACGAUUUAAUUUUCUUUAUACGAUAAAGACAUCAAGAACUUACAGAGCUCUGGAAAAAAAUGUAUUUCCAAAUUAGGAGCCACUUUAGAAAAAUCAUUAUAAUUUUGUAGUAACAUUUUUGUAUAUUUUUUCAUUAUGUUUUUAGACAAUAAUUUCAGUUUAUAUUUGAUUGCCCCUCGUAUUUAUAAUACAAGUUACAAUUUUCAAAAAAUUCAUAGGAGGGGUGAUCGCCACGUCCCACGCUUAUAUCCGCCACUGAAUUAUAUUUCAUUAUACUUAUAUUUAUAUUUUAUGGAUGUAAUGUGCAUGCUGACGAUGAUCCGUCAUUCUUUCUUUAGGUUAAUUUAUUAUUUCUGUUUUUACAUUUUCGUAUGUACUUUACCUUGUCAUCCUUUUUCGGGUUUGUCCGAUUAUUUUGUAAUCCAAUAGUCAGACUACCUACUAAUUAACCUUUACUUCUAACUGAAUCUUAGGCUAAUAUCUAACGUUUUUUUUGUUAUUAAUAAUUUAAUUACACUCGAAUUGUAUAUCACGAUGUAUUUUUGUUAAUAUGUGAUUUUUGUGAAUUGGGCUUCAGCUCGUUAUCUUUUAAAUAAAUAAAUAAAACAAAUAAUAUUCUAUAUAGUAUGAUAGUGGACACAUUAAAUUAAAUUAAGGAAAUAUAAUUCUAAAAACAUAGUUUAGCGGUCGGAAUUCACAAUUUAUCUUUUUAUGAGUUUGAAGUGAAUGUGGAAAAAAAUUGAACGGCGCAAAAAGUUUUGAUGUGGUAUUCUUCCCAUUGAGAGGAGUACGGGAUUUUAUAACUGCUCUUUGUUGGAUAAACUUUUCGCAUUACAUCCAUUGGUGGUAUACACCUAACAAUGUAUCCAACUAGAUACGUGAUGUGUUAUAACGCGUCGCAACAAAGAAAAUUCGAGUGACUUUUAUCUUGCAAAAAAAAAAAAAAAUAAUAAAAGAUAAAAAAUCACCAGUUAAAUUGAUUUAAAAUUUUAAAAAAGCCUGACAUACUUACUUCGCAGUUUGCACUAUGCAUAGUAGGCUAUUGUUGUAAGUCAGAAGUAGUGUAGGGAUAGGAAAUAGGUUAAUUUAGUUCAUAUUCUGAACGUAAUUAUGAAUUAAUGUAGUAAUCAAAAAGUGAUUCUGAGUGUAACUAGAUAAUUUGUUAAGGCUGUAAGUAUUUUUUCCUUGUAGCAAAGAAAACCAAGAAAUUGACAAAAUACAAACGAUAAAUUGCCUGGUUUUUAAUUUUUAAGAAAAACUGUUCAAAAUUUUAUAUAAAGAAUAACCGGGUGAAAUAUCUGCAUUUUUAAGGUUCGCUGAUGUAAAUAAUUAGAUUAAUUAUUAUCGACUGAAAAAGUAUUUCUACGAAAAAAUUUUAAUCUUCUUAUAAUCAUCUUAUUAUUAUUAUAGUGGGUUUACAGGUGUCCUAUGGACACCCAAUGUGAUUUCUUGGGAAGUAUUAAAUUAUUUUGAAAUUUUUUUUCUUCACAAUUUAAAAAACAAGCAGCAUUAAAAUAUUAUAUUUAUUUUUUUGCCACCAUUAUUUUAUAAAGUAAAGCAACUACCUACUUUUGAUUUUCAAAUGGAAAUUUACAUUAAAAAUUCCAUCAUCAGACGGAGUAUUUUAGUUAAAAUACAUUUCGGUAUUUAAAUUUUUAUUUCCGUUGACCCAUUUACAAGAUAUUCUACUUUAAAGUUUUGGCAGGGGGAGAGUAGUGAGAGCGCUGUUCAAACGCCACGCGCUGUGCUGUCACACAAAUGAUGCUGGGAUACGCAAUCGUGUAUUUUGUUUUAAUUAUCAGGUAUUAUGAGGCGUCUUACUAAAGUGUUCUGUGUAACUGUUUUAUUAUUAGGCAAUUGCGUGUUUGAGUUUAGUAUAGGCAUGCGUGUAUUAUACGAUUUUUUUUUGUAUUACCCGGUGAAUACAAAGUUAAAUUGAAAAAUUUUGGGUUGUUGAAUGUAAACAUGUAUGCCGGUAUUACCUAUACAUCUAACAAUAUAUAUUACAUUAAAACUGCUCGUGAGUUGGUAAUAUUUGUGGAAUGCGAUGUAUACAAUUUUCCCAACCUAAUAGUAUGUUGCGUAAAAUUAUUAAAUACUGCGUAAUUUCGGAUAUUAUGGAUGUUAAUGUUAUUAUUUUAUAUUUUAUAUGUGAAGGAACACUGAAAUUGUAUUAUUAAUACAGGGUAUACAUGGCGCAUUGAAAUUUAUGUUCGAUAAUUUUAUCAUGUAAAUAUCCAAAAUAUAGAAACAUUUUCAAUUAAAGAGAUUUUCGAUUAAUAGACAUCUAAAAUAAUUUGUCUAUUUUAUUUUAUUUAUAUUUUUACUGUCUUUUUUUUUUUGGAGGGGAGUUUAGUGGUUAAUUUUUGAAAUUCAAAUGAGAAUGUAUAUUAAAAAUUCUAUAAAUAGACGGAGUGUUACUUAAAAUACAUCAUUUUGGGAGAGAAAUUUUCGAUUUCCUUCAAUCCGUUAAAGAGAUAUUCCGUUUUUUAGUUUAGGUAGUGGAACGCUAUGCCCUGGUGUGAUUGCACAGCACGGUGUGUGGUGUUUGUAUAGUGAUAAUAGUCCAUUACUCUCCCCUUACUUAAAAUAAAAAAUUUAAUGACGGAUUGACGAGAUAUUCAUCAAAAUCAAAUAACAAAUGUCAACACAAAAAUUUAUUUUUUACUAAUACUUCAUUUAUUUAUGCAAUUUUGAAUAUAGUUUGUCGUUUGAAUUUUGAAAGUCGCCCCCCCUUCAAAAAACAAAACAAUGUACAAUUUAUUUUAGGUGUUUAUAAAUCGAAAAACUUUUGUCUCACACAUUUUUUUAUAGUUUGAAUAUUUAAAUGAUAAAAUGGUUUGUAACGCACAUUUUCUGUAUAAUACGCGACGACUUUAUUAAUUGCAUUUAAUACAAAUUAGACCAAAUAAAUGAUUCUGUACAUUAAAUGUACUUAGUUUACUGACAUUUUUUUCUCACGUGGGUUUCUAACCACUACAUACGUAUACUUUUUAUUCGUUACAACUUCAAAAAUGUACCUAUUAGAUUAUGUAAUAUAGUUAAUAAUAUCAAAAAAAAGAGUCGAUAGUGCUGAUGGGCGUGCCGUUGUUGUAGGAGAGAAAUUGCAGGGAAGAUAGGAUAGAGUAAAUCGAUUUAUAUCUGUAACCAAUAAUAAAUUAUUAGUUCAUUACUUACUAACGAAAAAAGAUUUUGAGAGAAGUUUAAUUAAACAUGUUUACGGUUUUCAUCAAAAUUUGAACUUAAAAUACUUCAAAAAAAAAUUACUGCCCACUCGGUGUUUUUUUGUUUUUUGAUUUUUGUUGAUAUCUGGGUUACCGCUUAUAAAGAGGGUACCACAAAGGGGAAAAACACAACUAACGUUUAGAAUCAUUUUCCGUUUACAAUGGUUUAAUUGUUGCAUACUGUUCAUAAACUAAUUUAAUCUGCAUAUUCCAUUUACCCAACUAUCCACCACUGUUGUAGGGCCCCCCAAUCACGGCUUCUUUGUGAUGAGCAGUAUUAAUUUUUAUUUGAUGUUAAUAUUCUUAAAAAAAUUCUAAAAUAUAAAAAUCAUGUAGCUAGUUAUCACAAAAAUGAAAAACUUAAAUAUAUUGAACAAAACAAAAGUUAUUGUGUUUGUCAGGUUUCCGUGGACGUAGUGACAUUUUGUUUUACCAAAAUGUGUUUAUAUCUAGGUGAAAAACAGUAUUUAUGUGAUGCGAAAUAAUGUGACUUCGGAUCUAUGGAGAUACACCAGAGAAUCGCUGGUGCUUUAUCAAGAUAAUUUCACAACAAAUGUCACCGCCCGGUUGGAGAAAUUCGAACAGGAUUUGAUUUACGCGAUCAGACGCAGUGGCUGGGAUGGCGAAGAGAGCACUGCUGUAAUGCAAUGGACAUUCACCGGUGCAUUAUUUUACUCGAUUAUUGUCAUCACGACUAUUGGUGAGUACCUAUAUAAUACUCAUAAGUGUAUCGUUUAGAUUUAUUGAAGUAUUAUUGAGAAAUAAUUUCGAUUUUCAAUAAUCCGAAUUAUUUGGUUCUCUUGCCAUGGUUACGGUUCAAAACGGUAAAAAAAAAAAAAUUAUUAAUAGUAACACGAUACCUACUAUUUUAAGUGAUAGUUUUAAAACGUAAAAUAAUAUAAUAAGUGCAUGACUGAUUAAACUGGACUUAAAGAUUUGAAUGAUCACAAUAUUUUGAUUUUCCAAGUAGUUUUUAUAAUAAUUAAGCAAAAUCCGGAAGAUACCUACAAAGAGCGGCAAAAUUUACGAAAAUAAUUCUUUUAUUAGGUAUUUAAAAAUUUGUUUUUUUAAUGUGAUUUAGUUAAAAAUAUUCGUAGAGAUUUGAAAUUUUGACAGAAAACUUAUCGUUAUUUUUUUAGGUGUGGGAAUAUUUUUAAGAAAUUUGAGCCAUUUUUGAUAUAUUUAUUGACAUUUUAAUAUUGCGAAUUUCUUCCGCAAAUUUUAUUUGGUAGGCAUCCCAGCUGUUGAUAAAAUUGCGAAACUUUACAGAAAUGCUUGAAAAUUUGAUGGAAGUUCAUUAUAAUUUAUAAGUCGUAAUUAGUGAACAUUAAAGAACAUUAUGUACCCUACCUUCUCAACUACCAAUAUAAAACAGUGGUCGCGCCCGUCACUAAUAUCAGCUCUUUUUUUUGUAUUGAAAAGUUUAUUAUUUUGCGCCCAUCACGGGUACUAGACUGAUCUGAGUCGAUUGUUUUUUUUUUUUAUUAUUAUAUUCUAAUAAAUGAAGUCGGUAAGGUGACUGUCUGUCAUGAUAGUUCACAUAAUGCCAACAAUUCCAACCAGCAAAAAAAAAAAAAAUGAGAGGACCUUAAAAAUUAGAGGUCCUGAGCAAAUCCCAUGAAAUAUCCGUCAAAACCCUGCCCCUGCCCGAUUUUAAUUCACUUAUUCACAGAAGAAGUUUUAAUCCCAAUCGAGAGCUUUAUAAUUUCUUUAUAUAUCUUCAUUACAAUUUAAAUUAUUGAUCGAUAAUUGUUUGAAAUUCAAACAUGCCAGGAACCUUGUUUUUAAUAUUUCGCUUCACAAUGAAUAUAUGCUAUUCGUAUAUAUAUUCUAUUAUUAUAAUAGUUAUUAUACAUAAUAUAGUUUAGUUACAGGGGUACAAAUCAAUGAACAUAUAAAAGUAUAUCGGUAUAUCUCAUGCAAUUAUAGUAAUUGUUAACAAAUUAAUUUAAUAUGUUAAAAAUAUCAUAAUAUUAACAUUAAUUAUUUGACCAGUCUAAUAAAAAUAUUAUAUUUCAUUAAAGUAAACCGACUGACGUUACAGCCAGGUAUCUUGUUAAUCGUUAGAAUAAAACUAGUAUAAUAUCGCACAAUCAUUUGAGAAUAUUUAUCUAUUUGGGUAAAGAUGGGUUAGUACGUAAGUACCAUUAUAGGAGCUUAAACGUUUAUACUGCAAUUUACGUAUCAAUUAAAUACCUUCGUUAUAAGCCUGAGACUUCAUGAAAUGCGUCAAGGACUAUAAUUAACAGCAGUCAACUAUAAACCAUACUCUAUAAUAAAUAUUAAUAGUAAGUAUAUCGACAAAAUACGGCCAUUAGACGGUCACAAUAACUACAAUAUGCGCUACAAAACUUUUAAGUCUAUCUAUAAUGUAAUUAAUUUUUAAUAAAAUAUAUGACAUAAACCUUGAUUAAAUACUAAUAUUGUAAAAAUACAUAUAAAUAUCUCUUAAUAUCAUAUAGAUAUAUGUAACAUAUGUAUAUAUUAUACGUUGAAAAAAAAAAAAUUUUUAAAAAUUUUACAGGAAGUCCAUAACAAUUGGAAUACAUUUUUUUUUAACAUUAGCCUUUUUUGCAGCAAGUCACAGAUAUAAUAUUUGUUAUAUAAAUCAUAUUAAAUUCUAAUGGAGAAAAUGGGGAGAGAGGUGAACGAUUUACUAGUUUUGCAACGUGACAUUUUACAUUUUUCCCGAGAAACUUUUUACGAGUAGUACAAAUACUAGAAAGUUUUACACGAUAACAUUAUAGAUAGGUAAUUGAACACAAAUGGUAGGUAAUACUUUAAAAAGUUUUUGAAUUUUCUUCUACGACUUCUUAAAAAUGAUUAAAUACUGAAUAACAACAAAGAGAAACCCACAAGCAAGUGGUAAAGUGUCAGUUCUGUUAUUUAUUUAUGAAAUAUAGUUUCCCGAAUGUGAUGGCUAAAUGCUUAAAAAUUAAAAUGUAUAAAAUAUUGUAUUCACACCUACUAAUGUUCAUCUAAAACUGUAUUCUGAAAAGUUUGACGCAAAUCUGUAAUUAUUUAUACUUUAUAGUAUCGAUUUAAAAGUUUAUAUUUUAAAAAUAGUAAUUUUAAACAGUGUUUUAAGCCUAUUCAAUUUUUAGUUUUUGGUCGUUAUUUUAUGAAAAAUCGUCUUUUACAUAGGUAGGUAAUAUUUUAUUUCUUUAAUGAUAAAUAUAACAUUACGUGAUAUUGUUUUUUUUUAAACAUUUUUAUUCUGUCUGAAUAAUUUUUCUGCCAGAAAUCUGAAUUUAAUCAUUAAGUAUGUAACUAGCAUCUUUUCUAAAAAUAAAUUUUGUCUAGUUUGUACAUUUUUUAGAUUUUCUUUGUAUUUUUUUAAUAAUUGGAAAAACCAGUAAAAUACGUUGUUAAAACCAACAAAUUUACAUAAAAACGGUUUUCAUUAUUUUUGAUUUUGUUUUUCUGUUGUAAUUUGGUUAAAAAUAAUUGUAAAGGCCUGACUAUUUCUCAUAAAAUGUACGUAUGUUAAGUUUUAAUAUACAACUUAUAAUACAUAAUACUUUCUAGACAAAAACAGAUCGACAAAGAAUACAUAAAACCUUUUUCAAUACACCGACCGAUAAUGAACUGUCCAUUUACAGUAAUUAUGACAAUAAAAAUCGAUUUAAUUAAUUUAAUCGCUCCAAAUACAUAUAGUUUUCCAACCACCCUUGUAUAUGCCGAUGUCUUUACGUUACUACAAAGUCCUUCAAUGGAGCACUAAUGGUUUUUUUUAGUAAAUUUAAUGAACUUCAAAUUCCAAUCAAAACAAUUUCACUUACAGUCUUAUGUGUAUAAGAGACUAAUUUUAAAAACGAUUACAUAACCAACGUACCAAAUUACAACAGCUAUCACAAAAAUCGUAAACACAGAGAUAAGGCCAACGGUGGCAUGAUAAUUUUUGUACAUAAAUCAUACCCAUCGUUACCUGCAACAAAAAUCACAUUAAAAAAACAAAUUACACUCUGCAAUCUUUAUCUACCUUAUAGUCAGGAUAUUAAUAAACAUGAUAUUAUGCAAAUAAUAAAUCAUUUAUUCGCUCCGUUCAUUUUGCUUGGUGACGUAAAUGCACAUAAUAUAAUAUGGGGCUUUAAAAAAAUUGACCCCAGAGGUAAAUUAUUCGAAAACAUAUUAGAUAAUGACAAUCUAAUUUUACUGAAUAACAACAAACCUACACAUUCAACUAUUAUAAUGACAAAACCUCGGCUUAUCAAUCGCAAGCUCAAUCAUCUCAACAUAUUUAGGAAGCCACGUACUUGAUGAAAUACACUCCAAUGAACACUGGCCCAUAAUUAAAGACAUUAAAUUCGACAAUAAUAAAAUUCCAGCUGAAGCAAACAACAAAUAGUGACUUAAAAACUAAAAUUGGCAGGUCUACUUGGAAAGGUUCAAUAAUGAAAUAGAAAAUAUAAUUAAUGCAAUAACUUACAAUUCUGAUAUAAAUGACGACAUUUCAACAUUUACAAAUGCAAUAAUUCACUUAGCUAACUUGGCAAUAGGUAAAACUCUGUACGAAGGAAAAAGAUCGCCUGUUCCUUGGUGGAACUCGGAAUGCGAUAGUAUUUUUAAAAAAAGAAGAGGGCAUUUAACAAAUUUUAAAACAAAUAAUAAUCUUUCUGACCUAAUUGCAUUCAAAAAAGUUAGAGCUAUGGUACGCAAUAUACUCAAAACUAGCAAAAUAACUGCAUGGCACAAUGUCACCUCCUCUCUUACAUCAUAAUCAAUAUCAAAAGAAUCGUGGACCAAGAUUAAAAUAUUCAAAGGCUCACCCAUUUAACAAAUUGAAAUAUCAAUAAAUGACGGUAAUGAAAUAUCGAAAUCGUUAAGCAUAUCAAAUACAUUCGCAGAAAAAUUCCAAUUAAAUAGCAGUAAUGAACAACUCAAUAAAUUUAUAGCAGUUAAAAAUAAAUACGAACAAAAUAAUCCAUUAAUAUAUGAACCCAGUAUUGAAAGUAAUAGUAUUGCGCUUAAUUAUAUAUUUACCUUAUUUGAACUAAUUAACAGUCUAAGUUUAUAGAUUUGCUAAAGAAAGAUCAAUAUAUCUACUAAAUAUAAUAAAAUUGUGCUAUGCGUUUAUCUAUAGGUGCUUUUAAAAGUAGAUCGGUCGCAAGCAUACUUUGUAUAACUGGUGAACCACCUCUUGCGUUAAGAAGAAGACUUAUCGAAAUAAAGUACAUUAUACAAAUAACCAAACAUCAAGAAAAUCCGGUCUACGUUAAAAUUAUUAAAAAAACCACUCUAGUUAAUCCGACAAGUUUAUCUCAUCUUGCACCACUGUAUGAAAGACAACAAUCAUUCAUUUCAAAAAAUAAAAUGUUAAUUAAAAAUAUAAUCCAUAUCACCGAAUUAAAUAUACUUCCUUGACAAUUCAGAAGAAAUCUAAUUAACUUGAACCUAAUAUACUUCCAUGAAAAUACAACGUAUAGAAAUACGUAUAAAACCCUCCAUAACGAACUGUUAAACUCGUACAAUAACCAUGAACAUAUAUAUACUGACGCAUCGAAAAUCGAUCAAAAGUCAGGUUUUGCCGUGAUAUUCACAGAUAAGAUCAUCGAAUUUAAAAACAAAUGACAUUUGUAGUAAUUUUUCCAUAGCAAUACUCACGGCCAUCCAAAAUAUCCACUUUAUUAAUAAUAAGAAAUAUCUAAUUAUGUCCGAUUUCCUGAGCACGUUAAUUAGCAUACUCAAUAUAAACACAUCCCAACCAAUUAUCAGUUAUAUAAUCAACGAACUUAAUGUUCACAAAAAUAAUGUAUCUUUAGUACGGGUUCUACGACAUGUCGUUAUAAUGGGUAAGGAGGAGGCUGACUCAAAAGCUAAAGAAAUGAUAGGUAACCCUUUUUUGAAGUAUACCCUUUAUAUUAGACCAAGACCUGCGCAGUAAAUCAAACUUAAUGAUUUGAAAGAAAGGCAAAGCCUCUGGGCUAGUGAAAAAAAAAAACAAGUUCGGAGAAAUCAAGGUCUUAGUAUUACUAUGGCCCGAACCAUAACAUUUUGUAUGUAAAUAUGGUUCCUGGCUAAUAAUCUUGGUGUUGAUGCCUAAAAAAAUUGUUUAAAAAAAACAUUUCUAGACAUGGUAAAAUGUUAAACUAAUUUUACAAUUUUUGAGCUAAUUGAAAUUGUUGAGGUUUUUUUUUUAGUUUUUAUUGGUUUUAUGUGGAUGAAAUUGGAUGGAUAGAAAUGGUUGAUAAAUACGAGGUUUAUUAAAAGUUGAACUUAGUGGUAAAAAAAAAAGUUGAGCGUAAUAUAGUUUUUUUUUUUUAAUGCGUUUAACUUCAAUUUUUGACGAAAAUCAUAAAUUCAUGGCAUUUUAAAACAUGUUCAAUCGAAUUUCCCUCAGAAACAAUUUUUUGUUUGCAAUAAUUUAGCAUUACAUAAUGUACUAAAGUUAAUAAUAUAAAAUAAACUACCCUGUCUAUCUUACCUUUCUGAUUAUUAACCUGCUUCAAUGACAGUGUACCCGUGGGUAUUAUGGCAUUUUGAAAUGUUUUAAUCAUUUUUUGUCAUACAUAUUUUCGGUUCAUUUUGUUCAUUAUUUAAAAAAAAUGGAUUGAAUUAAUUUUGAACAAAACAAUAAACAUUCUAAAUCGAUUAUGUAAUAAAUAGGUAUAGUUCUAUAUAGCAUAUUAUGUUCAGUUUCCUUAACCGGGUAGAAUUUAUUCAGAAAUUUACUCAGUACAUUCCAUUCAUCUACUGAAUAGAUAAAUGGAAUGUUGUAGGUAUUUACAUUUUCUUGAUAACACUCAUUAUACAAGUCAUGUACUAGUCCUUAUAAACUAUACAUUUAGUAAACUUAUAUGUCUAAAGUACCUUAGGCACGUAUAGACAAGUAUUUUCUCGAGCGUUUCUACUGCAUACUCUCACUGGCGUUGUUGGUUAAUUUUGUUUAAAUUUACAAUAUUAUAAUGAUGUCGGUAGAUGCCUAAAUUCCUAAAUAAAAAAUUCUUAUCAUUUUCUUCAAUGAUGAUUUAGGUUAAGGCUUAGAUUUUAUCAGUUACUGUUUUUAUAAUAUAUGUAUAGAAAAUGUGCCGUGGCGUACUUAGAGAUUAUUCAAAGAGAGAGGCUAAAUAUAUGAAAUUAAAUUUAUAUAUAAUUGUAAAAUAUGUAUACAUCUAUUGCAAAAGGGUUUUUUCUGAGGUUAUUUUGAAAAAUGCAUAGUGUAUAGUAAAUAAUGGUAUACGUAUUUCAAUUGUACAAAUAAUAAUUUGUAUUUAGUUGAGUAAUAUGUGUAAUGAUUAUUAUUUUUUUGGAAAUAAAUUUCACUGACGAAAGUUUAGAUUAUUUUUUGUAUUUUAACACGAUCAAUGGGGAGGGGGAGAAACCCACUUAGUCCCCCUACUGAGUAAAUUACUGUGUUUAGUGUAACUAUAAUAAAAUAUGUGUUUAGGUACAUGACAAAAAAUGUAUGAUAGUUGUGUUUCAAUUAAGAUAAUUUACAUUAAAUAUUAUACCGGGUCAUCAUGUCCAACAAAUAUUAUAAUUAUACCAUGCUCAUAUAAUAUUCAUUGCUUAAAAUAAUAAAUUAUUAUUUUAUAAAUUAGGUAUCUAUUAUAUAAGUACCUACCUAAAUAAUAUUCUUUGAUAUUGGUUUUAAAAGUAAAUAAAUAAGAGAAAUUUAGAAUAAAAUAAUUAUUACGAAAGUUAAAGAUGUGUUAUUUUAUUUAUUGUAAAAAUCACGUUUCGUUAGUAACGAAUCGUUACACUUUCCGUUUUCUAUAUUAUUUAAUAAAUAAUAGGUAUAUCUAACGAUGAUGGGUUUUGAUAGGUAUUAUCACGAAUAAUUUUCUGGGUUAGGAGUAAAAAAGAAAUACUGGAAGUAUAUUAUAAAAAAAUAUACCUCUUAACAUUUAUGUAUGGAGUAUCGAUUACAACGCGUAGACCAAUUUGUAUUCCUUCAAACUAUUUUUGUUUAGUAUAUUAUGUAGAGAAAUUCUGCAAGUAAACAUCUAAUGAAAAAAUUACUCGAAAAUCAGCUAAUAUUCUGUUCAAUAUAUUGUAACUAUUUCUGAAAAUACAUUCCCCCCCACUGUGUAAUCCAUUGGGGUAAUGGUUUAUUUUAAAUAUUUAUGUAUAUUUUUGUAUCGUUCGACAAAAAAUAAUGUAGGUAAGAAACUACAUGUCAAUUUUCAUAAUUUAGAACGUGAUAAAUGAACACAUGUUUAAUAUAAACUUACAAAAAACCUUCUUCAAUAUUGCUUAUCUUCAAUAUUUUUCUAAGGAAAAAAAACACAACUGAUAUAACAGGACGUGUCAGGUGUUGUCUAUUAUUGUACCUAUUGAUGUUUAAAGUUUAAAAUCGAUUAGAUCCAAACAUUCAUUUAGUCCUUAAAAACUACAUUUUUCAUUAUAUAUUUUUAUGUACUCAUAAAUAAUUUUAUUUUACUAGUUAUUUUCAUUUCGAGUAUUUAUAUAUUAUAUUCUUGUCAUGUUGGUAUUACAAUUACUUAAUAUAGUUUUCGGAUAAGCAUAUUUGUAUUUGUUUGUUAAUUAUUCUCCCUACACUAUGAACAUUUUUACCUACGUAGAUACUCUAUUACUCUCACCACCGUUUUUAAUUUAAUAGGACUAACGAAAAUUUGAGCAUAUUUUAUAGAUUAAUUAACUAUAUAGUUUUAAAGUUAAGUUAAAUUCAGCCGUAAUUAAUUUGAACAUACUGACUUUCUCGACCUAUUAACUGACGUGCAAUAUACCAUAAUAUUAAAGUAAUGUACAUAUUAGCCAGUAAUUUAUUAAAUGUUAAUAUGGGAUGUGCAUAGUUGUUUCGUACCACUUUAAUUUUAUGGCAUAAUAAAUUUAUUUUCGGAAUUUUCAGACCAAGUUUUACAUAACGCAAUCAAUUUUAAUAUUUUAAUAAAUUAUUUAGUAAUGAAAAAAAUGUAAAUUUUUUAUUAAAAACGAAUUGUACGGCUCAAUAGUUUAAUGUCGUCUGAUUAACACAGGUAUGUUAAAAUUACUAGAAUAUAGUAUACAUGCCUUAGAUAAAAUAUUAAGAUAGAUUUGGAAUAUAAUAGAAUAGAAGAUUUAGAUAAAUAUAAAACAAAAUAAAUCGGUACAUAAGAAAAACAGUUUUUAAUUAAAAUAUAGGGCGAUUUAAUUUGACUGGAACAGGCAACAUCUGUUUUGUUUGAUAUUUUUAUAUAAAAUUUAGUAAAUGUAACAUAAGAUAGAUUAACGCAAUAAAUGAAGUCGUUGAUAUGUUUUCCGUCAUUCGAUUCAUAACCUGAGAAUUAUUAUCAUUUGUGUUCAAUUUACAAGUAAAUAGAGAACUACUUCAUAUUGUAUUGUAUAAGUGAUUUGUGUCUGUUUUUUAUCAUUACCUUUAGACAUUUUUCGCGGCCCUUUCUGGAUCUCUUCACUUCAAACUUGGGAUUUAUAGUUGUCUUAUAGACGGAUUUACAAAAUUUGUGUUAAAUUUCAUUUUAUGAAUUACAUGUUGUAAGAGAAGUGUGAUUUUUUAGAUUUUAGCACCUCUAUAGACCCCUGAAAUGGAGCUAGGGGGUGACAUUUUAUGUAUGAAUAGCAUUAGGAUUAAGGAAGUGCUUUUUGAGGGUUUCAAAUUUCAAACCCCACCCCUAUAAUUUGUGUACUCAUAUUUUACAAUUUCUAUGGAUAAUAAUGAUAUAGUUAUACUAUCGUCCCCGUUCACAUAAAACGUGUUAAGUCCAAAAUAGCAAUGUUUGGACUUACAGUAACGUGUUUCACAUGUAUAGGUACAAUAUUAUAGUAUUGUAUUGGGUAUAUUACUGAAGUAUUCGGGUUUUUACUGUUUUACAAAGAAUAAUUUUAUAACUCAAAAUAAUAGAUGGGAAAUAAUUUGAAUUUAAUAUUAUAGUGAUGAUAUUUUGCUACACAAUAGUGUUUUUUUUUUUUGUUGAUAUUUUUGACUCCAGUAAAUAUUCCUGGUAAUUUAUUUGUGAUUGAACUCAGAUCGGUAAAUCACACGGCGAGGAUUAUUGGUACUGUUCGUCUUAUGUUCUUUGCGUUGCUUUGCUUUGCGUCGAAAUUUUCCAGUUUAUAAAAUAAAGCUCACCAAAAAUAAUUACUACGGCUGUGAAUUUUUGUUCAUUAUAUUGUAUGAAAAAAAGUUAAAUUUCGUUUUGAAUAGACCAGUUAAUUCAACAGAAACAGAGGUGAAACUACGGGAACCACAUGCUUAUUCAAGUGCAUAUACAUUAUACACCCAUUUCCGGGGGGGGGGGGAAACUGAAAAGGUUUUUACAAUCAUGUAUUUGUUUGGGUUUUAUUCUUUCGUGCGUUAAUUUUACCACUUUAGGUGGAAUGAGGUCUUUUUUUUAUAAGUAAUUCAUUAAAUCAAAUUGUUUGUGCGUUUUUAUAAUUAUUAAUUCGUUUGCUUGUAAAGGUACGCAUGUAAUUUGGGAAUUCUAAAAAUUUAUUCAAGACAUUUUUGUUUUAUUUUUCAGAGCUAUAGUAAUUUUGAAAACCAGAUGUAUCGUCUGGUUUUUAAUGCCCUCGAUCAUAAAAUGUUCUCAAAUUAAACUAAAAUGCUGGUAAUCAAUAAUAGAGUAUAUCUAUUAAAUAUUAUUGAUGAUACAUGUUGUGUAGUUAAUUUUUAGUUAAUUUUAUGAGGAUGAAAAUAGGUUUAGUCUUGGUAGAUAUAAUUAAAAACAAAAACAGCAUUUUAUAGAUGUAAUAUUAUGUAAUAUUAUGUAAAGUACUAUAAGAAAAAAAAAAAAAAAAUGUCUAAGUUGUUCGAAAUUCAAAAAAUAAGAUGCAUGACUUGUAAUAAUGUAUGGUCGUUUAUUUGAAUAGUCAUGUACAAUAUUUUUCUAACUAUAUUUCAGAUAUAUUUUUUUUUUACACUGUAAAUAACCGUUAGAAUAUAUUAAAUUAAUUUCGAUUCUGAGCAUGAAGUGAGCUUAUUGGUUUUACCAUAAAACUCUGUGUACUAUUCGUCAACUAGAAAUCGUAUUUCGAUAAUUCACUUAAGCAUUUUUUUCAAAAGAAAAUUUUGUCAAGUUGGUGCAUUGUGCAAUUCAUAUUUUUGAUUUUCUUUGGAGUUUUCUUAAUAAUUGGGAAUUCGUCAUUUUUUCGGUUGAUUUAGUUGGAAAAGUAAUUUUAGAGAUCUGCAAUUUUUGCCGAACACUUAUAUUAGCCCAUUCUAAAUGUUCUUUAACCUAUUUAUGUGCACUUAAAAUGUUUAAGUAAUUAUUUUUUAGAUUUGUUUUUUAUAGAGAACAUUUUUGAAAUCCAGUCAAAAUGUUCGGAAAUUGAAUAUAAAGAUUCAUCAUUAGUAAUUCACAAUGGUUUAUACAAUACUAUAAUUAUAUAAUCAAUUCAUAUGUAAUAGAAAACAAUAAUAAUUACAUUAUUUAUAAAACGUAGCGCCAUUUAUUAAAAAAUAUAUGUAUAUAUAUAUAUAUAUAAAUAAAUAAUUUAUAAUACCAUAGCAAUAUAUAACAUAUAAUAUAAACAAUUCUGAAGGUUUUUCUCGAAUAAAUUCGCUAUAUUUUAAUGUUUGUUUUAAAAAAAAAUCGUAUAAUAAAUUAAUUUACCUAUAAGUCAACAUUAUUUUAUAAUAUUUGGCUUUAUGAAUAAUAAUAUAGAAACAUUUAUUUUUCAAACAUAUUGAGUUAAACAUUUAAAAAUCAAAACAAAUGUACGAUUGAAUGUUUAAAAAUAUAAAAAUAUAUACGAAUAGUCUUCGUCCCAGUGUACCGAAAAUAAUAUUUAUAUUAUUUGCGUAAUAUAUAAAUAAACCAAACGUUUUAAAUAAUUUUAGUACUUAUAGAUACUAAAUAACUUGUAUAGUAUUUUACGAUAUAUUUUAUUUUGUUUUGUUUUUGUUUUUGUUUUUUUUCAUAAAAAAGUGUAUAUAAAAAAUUAUUAUAAAUAAGCAUUCGCUAAAAUUAAAAUACAAUAUUACAAAAACUACAAUAAUAAUAAUAAUAAUAAUACAUUUAAAAAAAAAUUUCUAUUUAAACUAUACCUACAAUUGUCUCGGAAUGAUAAACGGAUUAUUCCCAUACUCGUUUGGAUUUCUGUUGAAGUAAGGUUCGUUUGCAAAAGUGUUACCUACAAAUUCUCGUCGAUCGUUAAAUUCCUGAAAAUUCAAUCAAUUAUAUUAUAAACAAAUUAAAUAAGUGGGUAUACUCGAGCAUCGAGUCAGUAAUAUAGUAAUAAAUUAGUUCCAAUGUUAAUAAAUUAUAGGAAUUGUGCUUUAUAGUUUUAUUAUUCGAUAAUCUGAACGUUUUCCAAAAUAUAUUAUAUCCCCUAUAGUACAAUAUUUCUCUUUUUAAUUGUAGUGGGAAUUAUAGUAUAAAAUCGUUGGUUUUUUCUUAUAGAUCUUUUUUUUUGUUUCUUUUUAGAAUUAGCAUUAAUUUUGGGGUUUGUUAGAAAAACAGAAAAGAAAAAUUGUUAAAUACAUAAUAUCCUUUUUGAGAUCCCAGUACCUGAUAUUUAUAUAAUUCGGUACGACACAGUGCAUAACUUACCUCGCACACAAAAAAAUAAAAAAUAAAAAUAUCUACAUAAACCAAUACAUUUUUCAGAGUGUCGAACCAAAUAAAGGUUUAGAGCAGUGUUUCUCAAUCUUUUUACCGUCGCAACCGCCUAAAUGAAUAUUUAAUUUUUUAGCGACUAAAUUAUGAAAUGGUGACUCCUAAAAGGGUCGUGACUCCCAGGUUGAGAAAAACUACCAAACUACUAAAACUAGUUUUAGAAAUAAAACGCUUAAAACUACUAUCGGGUGGAUAUUUCACUUCUUUCAAGGAAUUGCGUUAAAAAAUUCAGAAGAGUAUUGAUAAUUUCAAAAAAUGUAUAUUGAGUAAAUGGCAUUAAUCAAAAAAUCACAUAUUUUUUUUACUUCUUCACCUUCAGUAUAUAUUAUCCUAGAUUACACCGGCUGUUCACGUAUCAUUCACAAUCGUACCCAACCACUUUACUUUUUGGACUUCCUCUUCCCUUCGUCUCACUUACGUUUAAUUUCACUAUCAUUCUGUCUAUUUUAUUUUAUUUUGUUCUCUGUCGAAGACUAUGAUACCUCUAUUAUACUCAUUCCUUAUUCUAUCUUCUCUCGUCACUUUAUUUAUCCACUUAAGAAUUUAUUUAAUUAUUAUUUAGACACAGAUAAACCUCUAACACGAAUUAAGAUACCUAUGACCUAUUUACCUAAAUGUAUAUUAUGAUUAUUUUUAUUUUAUAUUUUAAUCAGAGAUGUUAUUUCCCUUUUUAUCGUGGGAUGUAAAAUAAAUAUUGACAAUUUAAAUUAAUAUCAAAGCCGGCCUCUCCGUUACCAUAUUAAGCACGAAAUUAAUUAAUUUCCAUAUAGAAUUCUAAUUUUCAAUUAUAACAUAUUAUUAAAAUAUAAAGUGAUAUUUAAUUAAUUUAAAAAUUGAUUAUUUAUAUUAUAUUAAACUAAAACACAGAAGAGUUUUCUACUUAUUUAACAUGUUUGUUAUCAUUCAAAAAGAAUACUUAUAUUAUGUAUUAUAAAUAAACAAUUUAAUUGGGUAUUGAUAUAAGUCGACAGAUGUAUACGCGAAAAAACUUCAAAAAUAUGAAAAAAAUGUAUGAAUGUGUAUGCCGGUAAAUAUUUUGUAUUACAUUAAUGGAAAUCUUUUAAGAUUUUAUUUAACAAAAUAAUCUCUACCAUAUCUCUGUUCUAUAUUAUAUUAUCGAUUAGAUUAUAGAUAAAAUUAUAAGAGAUAACAGAACGGGCACUAAUUAAAUUGCCUAUAAUCCAUAGAUAUUAAACUUCAGUUUAAUAUCUAUGUGAUAACCGAUAAAAAUAUAUCGUGAUAAAAACACAAAAAAAGAAAUAUUUUUGUAAAAUUAUAAAAUGAUUGUUUUAUAUUAUAAAUUAUAUGCAACUAUCUACAUCUACACGUAAUUUUAAGUGUAUUUGGACAAAUUCACAAGAAACGUUUCCAUAUUCUUGUAUCUUGCAAAUGACGCCACUAAUUUUCAUUUUGUCACAUUACCCAUAUGACGUACGUAAUCAUUUAGGAAACUUUCACGCGCAAUGAAGUCCUAAAAUAUAAUUUGAUGUGCCAUAUAAUUUUAUGUGCCUAUUGAUAUUUUUUUAAAAUUUUUAAAAUUUUUUAAAAUAAUGUUUAGUCAUUGAGGAAACUAAUAUAUAUGUUAUAUAUCAUUUGUGCCAUGUAUUUUCAAAGAAAAUAUGAUAAAUAUUUCUAUUAUGAUGACACCGUUGAUAUUAAAUAAAUGUUAGUUAUCAAGCAAAGCGAGAAAAAAUUUGUUUAGUUUGAUAAAUUAAUGAAUAACCUAAAAAUAAUGUAUUGUAUGAAAUGUUCAAAAUUGGCUACUUAUUGAAUAUAAUUUUGAGCUCUAAGAUGGAUUAUUUUAAACAUUUUAAACAUAUUAAACACAGUUUUUUUUUUUACAAGAAUUUUAAAUUUGAAUUGCCUUAAAUAUUAAAACUUAUGAAUAAACGAUAAAUAUAUAUAUAUAUAUAUACGUCGCACCUAAGAAAGAUCAUUUGUAUCUAAAAUAUUUGAAUAAUAAUUAUAUUCAUUUUGAAUUUAUAUACAAUUUUUAAAACGGCAACCAAUCAAUCAUAUAAUACUCCUUUCUAAUUUAAAAAUAUCAUUCCAAUGGGCCAUCAUAUCAAAUAUGUAUACAUUUUAUUAAUGUGCCCAGUUUUUGUAAAAUUAAGUUAUUUCAAGAAAUAGCCUGAACUUAACAUUUUUAGGUAAUAUCAUGUAGCUCGAGUAAAGAAAAUUCGUAAUAUAAUAUUCUACGCGUUUAGAGAAUAUAUUUCGAAGAGUGUGGUAGGUAAUUUUCAAGCAACAUGGGAAUAAUAGUUUGAGUAUAUCUUUCAAAGAAAUUAGUCGAAGAAAUUAAACUUUUUUGAUGUAUGAAAAUGUAAUUAUUCUAUUCAAAUACUUUAGGUUUCAAUGCUCUGAAAUACUCAUGCUUGAAAAAUAUUAUCUAGAAAGGAGAAUAUCUCUGAGAAAUUAUUAUAAACCCAAUAUAGUUAGUAAUAAUAUAAAAAAUUCGUUAAUUUGAUAUUUUAAUAAUUUAUAGCUGAGAUUUUAGUUUAUAAUUUAUAAUUAAAAGUUGGUUAAAAGUUAAAAAAAUAAAUGAAAAAAAAAAAAAUAAACAGCAGAGUAGGUAGUUUCCGGCCAAAAUACAAAUAAUUACUUAAAAUAAUAUAAUGUAAUAAUAUAAUAUAAUGUUAAUACAAUGUAUAGGUAGUAUAGUACUAAAAUAUUAGGUUAUAAUUUGUAUAAAAUGUUCAGUCAAAUGUUAAGACGAUAUGUAUAAAAAAAAUAAUUAUAUACUACAUUGAGCAUUUAUUUGUAUCAAGCAAAGUAUCGCAUUAUCUCUUGUUUUUUUUCGUUUUUAUAGAAUAUUAAUAUGUUAUAUUAAAUUGUUACAUGAAAGCCAUAUUAAAUUUAAAUUAAUAUGUGUAAGUUAUCAGAUCAUGCACUUACAAUUUGUGGGUCUUACAUUUUUGUUGUUGGAAACUUGACCGUAGAUACCCGGCCUCAAACCGGCCGGUCUGUUAUUGUUGGGCCCCGGGCCAACUAAAAUGGACGGAAUCGGUUCGCUCCGGUCUCCUCCGUACUUGUCGACUUCUUUGCUCGCCGCGUUAGCCCCGUCGAAAUCGUUGUAACAACAAUAUUGUUUUCCUUCGUCGCAGCUACCCUGUUACAUCACAAUGCAUAUCAAUAAUUUUGUUCUUACUUAGUGAUUACGUAUGUAAUACCAAUGCUCGUGUGUUUAUAUUUUUAAUUUUGAAUAACAAUAGGGUACUACCUACAAAGUAUCGAUAUUUUUCAAGUCAAUUAUAGAAAACUAACAUUAAUAUAUUUAUGUCAACGUACGCAUAUUUUUCCUCUCAUUUAGUUUCGAAAGCAUAUUGUAUCGAUCAUCACAUAAAAAAUACCACGUUUACUACAAUUAUGCAUAAAAAUAGUCAGUGGUAUUUUCUUUGAUAGUAGGUAUAAUAAUAUUGCCUUAUGAUAUUUGUAUACAUUGUACAAAUUAAGCCGGUUCUAAAAAAAUAAAUUGAUCUUUAUACUUAAACGGGAAAAUUCAGUUAUUAACAUUGAUGUUUUUUAAUAGAAAUAACACCACCUCAAAAUUUCCACCCUGGACAUUGUCAUUUUGCCUUAAACUUCCCAUUAGUGUGCGCAUAGUUACCUUAAAGUCUAAAAACGACAAACAUAAUACGUGGUGUUAACGUCAUAAAUCGUUUUGUAGACAAAAAUAUUACGAAAGCUUUUCCGGCGGUUAAUUUAGAAGACGGCUGGAUAUUACACACCGUAAUCCGAUUUAUAAAUGCCGUUCGCGUGUGUAGUUGCCGUUAAUUUCACGUUCCCGCAAAAACGCACAUUGUCUCAUAAUGUAAUUGAGUAUCAAACGAUAAUCGUAACUACUAUGAGUACAAUAUGGUCGGUGGUUGGUCGUGCGGAAGCCAUCACAUACGUUAUUAUUAUAUACCUACAUUAUAAGUUGUACGAACCCGACAUAACAGUGCGAAGAAAUAAUUCCCAACGAAAUAAUAUACGCUAGCAGCCGGGAUAAUAAAGGAUGAGGUCUUAUUUUAUACGACCGAUAUAAGUGAAAUUUCUCCAGAAUACUAACAUAAGUAUUAGUCAUUUUAAUACUAUAAGUAUGUAAAUCCACCCUAAAAAUUAAAAAGAAAAAAAGUUCUAUACUGCUGAAGAUGAUCGGCAGGUCACUGUUAUCGUGUACUCGUCUCGGUCAGAAUUUAGAUUAAAUCCCGAUAAAAUUAAAUUGAAAGUUGGAAGUAUACCUAUUCAUUUUUGGUAAUUUGUUUGUGAUUUUUAUACACGUUUCGUCAAAUAGGCACUUUUAAAUCGUGACAUGAUUACGCUAAACUUUCUGAAACUUGUAUUAAAUUUUCGAGUACGUGGCCAAAAAUUUAGAUCGAAAGAAAAACUCGAAAAUUUUAAACAACUAUAAAUAACUUAAAUAGAGUAUAAAGCGUUUUAUAAAUUAUACCACGUCUGAUGCUAGAGAAUGUUGUCAUAUAAGUCUUCAGUGAAAACGCAUUAUUUCGAAAACUUUUUCGCAGACAAAAAAAAAAUAACGCAUGGAUCAAAGUAAAAACCAUACGAUACGUUCCUCGAUCCGCUCAGAAUCUAAAAUGGUUAAUUUGUCUAAAGGGACGAAUGGUUCCUAGUGAAUGUAUAAUUGUAUACUGUAUAUAUUAUAUUGUACCUAUUAUUUGAACUGUACGUAUUUUGCAAUUUCUCGUUUUGAAAACGCACAAUCUCCUUUUAUAUUUGAAUAUUAAUUUCGAAAAAGUACGUAAAUGAAUGCGUAUUAAUAAUAUAGAGAUACGUGUGAAAAAAAAAACAGUUAGUGGGUCAUCGCAGUCGGUUUAUUUUCGGUCUAUUCAUAAAACACACGUUAUGCAAUCGAGAAUAAUUAUCUAUUAUUUUAUACUUUUAAUUUCAUCAGUUGUAACAUUGCAAUAUUGUUACGCACUUACGUAGUGAUACUAUAUACAUUAUACAGAGUGAUCCAUUCAUCACGAACCACCGAUUUUCUUGAAGUAUUUCAAGUGAAUCUUAUUUCUGGCUUUUAAAUCAUUAUGGAAUCGUUAAAACUUUAUUUCAACACUGUUAUCAAUUGUUUACCACUACAGCUCUGACCUUAACACAAAUAUCGAAUUUACCUUUAGUAAGUUAUUACAGUUUAAAGUUUAGAUCGGUGGAAUUGGGAGGAGUUAUGAUCUACAAAUGUAUAAGAAUUUAAUUAUCAUUUUCUACUCUUCCGGUUCGAAUUUUAAACUGUUGUAGAUAAUAAACGGUAAAUCCGAUAUGCGUGUUAUGUGAAUCAGUAUUUUUAGAAAAAUAUUCCCUAUAUGAAUCUGUGUUAAAAGAGGAGGGGGUUCUCUAUAAAAACCAAACGUGUAUACUUACUUAUUUAAGUUAUAUGCGGUGUAGAGGUAUACAAUAUUGAAAUAAAGUGUUAAAAUAAUAUUUAAACGAUGCUACAAUGGUUGGCAAGAAAAAAAAAACAGACAUAAAAUUCAUUUAAAAUUUUCUUCAGGUCCAUAAAUGGAUCAUUCUGUAUAUAAAUACAUAAACGAACAAAUGUAUUUAACAUUUUUUUUUUUUCACUUAUUGAUGUAUUCCGUUAUUUUGGUGAAUUUUUAUUAAUUAUUAUAAAAUAUCAAUUUAGAGUUUUUGGUUGCAUUCUAGAAAUCAUUAAAAUACUAUUCAAUUUGUAUUUUAUUAAAUUUCGGAUGUAUUUUGUUCGUCGUGGUAACGUAAUAGAAUAUAAUGAAGCUCAUGAAUUAAAUAUAACGUAUCCAAUCGAUUCUUGUUCGAAAUAAAUGUCUCAUACAUAAAAUUAUAAAAAUUAAUAAGAGUUCUACGGAUUUUCCGUCCGAUAUUAAGCCCCCCCCCUGCCUAAGUUAUUCCGCAGUCGUCAAAUUACAUUUUAAAAACAGUAUCGCUGUUUAAUUAAAAUGAUUACGUUUUAUGAUACGGUCUUCGCCAGACAAUUCAUUUUAUUUCGUAUCUUCUUGUUCAGUUCAAUAUAUAUAUAAACGUUAAUCUGAUUUGAUACCUUAUUUAUAGAGUCUAUUUAUUAUAUAUUGAUCGCAUUCGUAUAUAUAUAUAUAUAUCUGUUAUAUACCUAUGUUCUGUAUUAUAAAUAUAGGUAACUCCGCUGUGUCUAUAAAUUAUAAAUUUCAACUGUACAAUUAACUCUAUAAAAGACCUACUACCCGUAUAUCUAAGGAUAUUAUUAUUUUUUGUGUUCGCGUAAAUAAAAUAACAAUACUCGUAUAUCGAUUUACACAGUAUAUCGUACUUACAAACUUGAUCCCGGGCGAUUUACAAUUGAACGAGAACGAGCAUUUGCACUUUUCGAAAUUCGUUGGGUCGCCGUUUUUGUGAACGGUCGGCCUUUGCCACGACGGUACCGGGCCGGUAAGUAUGCCUACGGCUGAGCCCUGGGGUUCGGUGGCCACGGACACUGGUUUCCUGGAGGGAGCGUGCACGGAAUCGACGUGGUGUGAGGGCUGCGGACGCAGUGAAGUCGGAUAACUGGCCAAAGAAGUCGGCCUUUGUGGUAACGAGGUGGGCUGUGACUGCGGUCUGACGUAAGGCGGCCUUUUGAUGAAAGUUUCCGACAAUUGGACCUGUUGUGUGAGUAAGGAGUCCCGGUCUGGAGUGUAUUCUUCGUUGACUUCAUACCGCCCGUUUCUAAUGGAUUCGUCCCUGCGGUCGGAUACAGAUAUAGUAAAUUUUCGUAUAGGGUUUUCGUAAAUUGUAUGCAACCGGCCGAAUGCUUUAGCACUCAUUUUUUUUAGAAUAACUCUAUGGUUAUACAAUCGCUGUGUAAUCGAAACCACACACUGUACAAAUAUUUCGUAUUUUUAUUAUUUAUCCCACGUAAAGAAUAAUACACGACAUACAUGUGAGUCGGUAAACUAAAUUAUCUCAACAAUACUUCCAUGCAAAUUCACAAUAGUAAAUCGCAUAUACAGAAAUAUUAAAAAAAAAAACCUUAGGUACAACUAAAAAGAAAAAUUUGCCAUAUGUGUUAUUUAUACUUUUAGUGGCUUUGUACAGACAUUUUUGAGGUUAAGUAAAUAUAGCAUAGUGCUUAAAAUCCUGAAUUUGCACAUAAGUACAUUAUUAUAUGAUAUGUAUAACAGCGGUUUCCAAACUUUUUGAAAGUACCCUUUUUCAAAUCAAAUUAAUUUGUGGUGUCCUACUAUAUGAACACCUUGAGUAACAUGGAUCAAAAAUGAAACUUCGUAGUUCCCAUUAAUAAUUGAAUAAACAAUUGAAAAAAUACAAACGAAAAAAUAGCAGAAUAACUGCUAAAAAAGAGAAAAAUUUCUCUGAUGUGAAUUAUGUUGCAAAUUUAAAUUAACAAAAAUAAAUUAUAAUAAAUUGGAAAUCAUUUAUUUUUUUGCAUGUGAUCCUUUAAAAUGGUUUCGCGGUGAACUGUUUGAAAAUAGUCUGAUUUAUAGUAUAAAUUUGUUCGAGGUACGGUUACUAUUCGAGUACCCGGGUGGCGAUUAAUUUUCUAGAAAAUUCGUUAAGAUGAUCGAUGUCAACAUUCUGCAUGAUGUGGUGUCAUUAUGUAUUGAAAACGAACGCUUUGGGUUGUUUAGGCCAUACAUGUACAUGCUUUGAGGCGGUCAAAGAGGAAGUGGCUAGAUGUUAAUAUAGGGGUGAUAUGAUGACAUCGUCGUGUUGUGGGGUAGACGAAGAAACAGUAUAAGAUAUUGGGAGAUGUUGAGAAGGGUAAGAUUAUCUGUAGAACUUGCGAGUGGGCUAAAUAUAAUGAUUGAGACGAAGGAGACAUGUUCGAGAUGGACGAUUUGUCUGGUUAAACUAAUGAGUCACUCAUCAGUGUUGACCAACAAAAAAGAAAACAAUAUUAUGUUAUUAAUAACUUCUGUUUUUUUUCCACCUGUAAUGUUUGGAGUCCGGUCGAGGAUUUCCGGCAGGCUGGAAUAAUGGAUUAGGUUUUUGGUUGGGCUGUUCGCGCAAUAGUGGUUUGACUACUCGGAUCACCUCGUCGGAAGCAGAGCCGAUUCUCGAGUCGGCUCUCGGUUGCUCGUUGGAUCUGCCCCAUACCCAUUUAUCGUCGUCGGCCAAAGCAAUACCACCGGUUAACACUACGAACGCUAAAAACGCCGUGGACAGUGACCCGUGAAUACCUGAAAUAGAAAAAAAACGCGACCAUAAUAAUAUAUUUUUGUAAUAGCAUUUCACGUAAAAACAUUUCACAUAUAUUAUGUCCCUAACUAAACCGUUGUCACUACACCUCCAAAAUCUAAGUUUAAAAUUUAAGUUCAAAAUUUACGAUAGAAGUAAUAAAUAAUAAAAUGCACUAUAAUAUAAGUAAAAUAUAUAAUUCGAUUAAUAUAGCUGCAGACACUUUAAAAGUGAAACUUUCAUUUUGUAUUUUUUGCCGUUUUUUUAUUAUUGAUCACAUUUAAAGUACAUAUAAUUAAUGGAAAAUUACAUUUUUUGGCUACUUUAAGAGAAUUUUUUUUUAUAGUUUAAUAUAUUUUUCUAUUUCACCACAAGUAAGAAACAAUUUAUUUAUAUAUAGUUCUCUUGCUUUAUAUGAAGUUGAUACACGAUUAUAUUCUAUUAUUAUGUGGAUUUUCGCAGGAAUAAUUUAGGUUAAUUGUUGAGCGUUUAGUUAAAAAAAUAUAUAUAGAGAGAGUAUAGCGUGUAGUCUUCCACAAGUUUGCCACAUUUAUAGAGUUUUAAUAAAUUUGGCUUCGGUUAUAUUAUUGUUUCGAGUGUUUUGAUAAAAUAUAAAUUAUAAUUCGAUGAGUUAUUGGGUACAUUUGCUUUCAUCUACAGAUACCUAGUCCAUUUUUAAUCAUUUUAUUUUACAUACCUACAAAAAAUUGUUUUUGUCAUUGAAUUGUUAUUUAUUAUUUGAAAAUAAAAAAACCCGUGUUAUGUUAAAUUUGGAUAAUAUUUUCAGCGGCAAAACAGAAUAUUAUAAUAAUGUUUUUACUGUCAACAAUAACAAAUAAAUAGUAUGUUUUCAUAAUUUAAAAACGCUAUUAUCUAUCGUGGGAUCUCACGGUAGCAUAUUUUGUGUACAAACGAUCCCGUGUUAAGAUACCAUGACAUAAUAUUAGUGUUGAAACAGACUGUAAUCCACAAACGUUCCAUAACAAUUUUGAUGUUAUAUAGGUACCUAAAUAUUUAUGCUGCCGGAACAAAUGUCCCAAAUAUUCUGGUUGCCUGGACAACAUUUAUCAAUUUUGUGUAUUUAUUAUUCGCGUUGAAUAUUUUAUAUAGUCUAUACAGCCGAGUUUUUUUUUGAUAUGUUAUGUAAUUAUGUAGGAUGUAAAAUAUUGGUUAAUAAAACUAUAUUAUAUACUUUCGAUUAGACUAAAGUUGCAUUUGAAAACUAUAGCCCGAUUGGUAUAUAGUUAUACAAAAAGGCUGAUACUAAAGAUGAGUGCAGUGCUACUGUUUUAGGAGGGAUAUUGGAUGGGAGGAUAUAUAGAGCAAUUUAAUCUAUAUCUUUGCGCAAUGAUAAACGAAAAACGAUUCUGAGCAUAGUUUUAUUAGACGUACAUUUUUUCUGUUACCAACUAACCCAGAAAUCGACAAAAAUUAUAAAAAAAAUUGUUAGUAUUUUUAUUUAUUAAGAAAACUACCAAGAAAAUAAUAAAAAUAAGCACUUCAAUAUAUAAAAUAGAUAAAAAAUGUUACAAGAAAGUACAUUACUUCUUAGCUUCAUUCAGAACUUAAAACAAUAAAAAAUACAAGUUUAAAGAAUUAUUAAUAUAGGUAUAUAGUAGGUAUUUUAAUUUAUAUUCUAUUAUAACUACAAAUUUAACCAAUGGAAAUCUUAUAUCAUUAUAUUAUUAUAUAUUAUGAAAUUAAUCUAUUCCAACGUAUUAUUAUUAAAACUAAAAUGACGUGCAAAAUAAAUAUUUCGUUAUAAAUUUGAAUUUUUUUUUUUAGUUAUUUAAAUUAUUAGAAAAAAAAAGGUUUUUUAAAUUUUAUUUUCAAGCUGGGAAACUAAAUAAACACACUUUAUUAAAAAAAAAUCUACACAAUAUACAUUUUUUAAUAACGGACAACGUAAGAUUUUAUUAAUAAUAAUGCUUUCGUCAGUGCCAUAGUCAGGUGGUGGAUUUACAAGUUCAAGCUCCCCUCCCCUCGAAAUGUCAGACGACAAUAAUAUUUGUUUAAGUGAUUUAUAAAUAUAAUUUUAUUUGUGUAAUAUCGUAAUAGCCUGACGCUUGCUGCCCCAGAUACGGAACAGCUGAUGAUUUAGUUAUUUAAUAACAGCUUUAGAAUCAGUUAAAUUAACUAUGGAAACACUACAAGACUGGAGUAAAUAUUCGUUGUGAUUUUCCAUCAAGCUAGUAAAAUCGGAUACCUACUCAAAAACACAGUUCAAACUAUGCGAUACAUAGUAAUGACUGCAUUUCAUAUUUUAUUUUCUUAUCUAUUGUUUUUUUUCCAUAUUUAUAUGAUAUGAAAAAUUUAAAAUUAAUUCAAAUAUUAUAAUUUCAUUAUCUUGUGUAUUGCCGAAUAGUAUAGGAAAUAUGCAGUGAUGCAGUUAGUCAAAAAAAUUACGGAAAUUAUAAGUUAAAAGGAUAGUUGGGGUCAAUUUUUACUCUCCCCCGCAAAACUUUUUUUUUAGAUUCAUAAAUUUAAAUAUUUUAAUUAUUACAGUCUUAAAAUACCUACGUCUGUUGAAACUAGUGGUACCAGUAGACGCGGCACAAAAUUGCAUCGUACAAAGCGUUAAUAUGAAAUAUGAACAAAUUCGACUUGAGCUCUUUUGCACAAAAACCGUUCAAUUAGAGACCUAAUAUUAAAUAGGUAGGUAACAUUUUCUAUAGGUGUAAUAAAAUACCUAUCGCUUGCAUUGAAACUUGAACUCGCAUUACGGAUUAUUACCAUAGGCCAUCAUAUAGAGUCGAUGCAGGCAGAAACAUUAUUGUUCUCCCAUGAGACAGUGUAAUAUAUAUAUUUAUGAGUAUACUUAUAUCUAUACGUAAACGAUUAUCAUUUACUCAUCAAUAAAUCAAACAUUAAGUAAAUAAUAAUAAUAAAAAUAUCUAUACUGGAUUUUAGGCUGAAAGUUAGGAAACGAUUGUGUAUUCCUAAUCACUUUCAACCAUUACAUAGUUCAACAUUUUGAUGCGCAAAUGAUCUAUGAUCUAACCAUUUAACGAUGCGCAAAUAUCUUAUGAAAAAGGUCGAAAAGAGUUAUAGUGACGCACAAUCGAUAUACGUUCCUAUGCAUAACACAUUUUAAAAUGAGUAUGUAUAAAUGAAAAAAUGAAAAAAUCGUUAUACGCCGUGUACCCUCGACUACACCAUUGAUAAUAUGUCGUUUAAUGAUUUGAAACCAGUAAUUGAUUUUCAUAAAGGAAAUUUAAAAAUCCAUAACACUAAUUUUAAUAUAUAUAAGGAAUUACUAGACAAUGAAUUUGAAUUUCGGAGAGACAAAUGGUCUGUCAUGAAGAAUUAUUUUCAAUCAUACAUAUUUUGCUGAAUAUUAUAUCCAUAAUACCAAUUUCAACAGCAUUAGUUGAAAGGAAUUUCUAAAUGUUAAAACGAAUAAAAAGCUAUUUAAGGAACUCGACAAGUGAGACGAGGCUAAAUGGCCUAGCACUUAUGAAUAUUCACAGGCAAAUAAUUAUUGAUCCCGAAACAAUAAUUAAUAUGUUCGCUUCAAAAAAAGGAAGACGUUUAGAUUUUAAGUUGUAUCUAAUCAAUUUUUUUUAAAUACAAAUUAUUAAAAUAAUAUAUAUAUAUUUAUGUAUAAACUUUAUGGCAUUGUCAGCAGUUCAGUAAUAACUUAAUUUUUUAUCUUCAUUAUUUCAUUAUAAAAAACUGAAGUCCCCUCCGAAAAAAAUCCUGGCUGUAGUACUGGCUUUCGUAAUGUAUGUGGAGUUAAUACGUUUCAUCACAACUCAAAUAUAAUAUUAUUUCAUAACCAUUGCAAAAUAUACUAUACUGCAGGGGUGGUCAAACUUUUUUUGGUAGAGAUUUGGUAGAGAAUAUAUUUUUCUUUUAGGAUCGAUUCCCAUAAAAAAAAAUUACAUACAUAUUAAUUAUUAACUGAAUAGAUAUUAAUAAUAAACAGUCAUCACACUCUUACUAUAAGACACUAAUGUAAUAUUAUGAAUUAAACCAGAAAUACAAUAAAUUGUCAUCAUAAAAACUGUUGAACUUACUGUUAAUUGAUAAACUGACAACAAAAUGAUCGAAUAAGAUAUAAAUUAUCGGUAAUUAUGAUUUAUCUACCAAUUAUAUAAUAUCGUUCGCGAUCUAUCGGUCGAUCCGUUUGACCGCCCAUGUCGUGUUGUGUUUCUGUCGUUUGUGAGAAUUUUUUCGGUUAUUAUAAUUUGUUCUAAGAACGUAUUAUUGAUUAAACUUGAAUCCAAUUUUCGUUUUUUUUUUAUUAAAAAUAUUUAAUAAUUUGUUAAGUUGAAUAAAAAAUUGUUUUUAUUGAAACUUAAUCUUUUAAGAAUAUUAAAAAAAAAAUAUCAACUGAUCAAGAGUUUUUAAAUCCUCAAUUACAAAUCAUUGUUUAUAAUUUGAAUUUUGUGAAUAGUUGAGAAAUAAUUGAAAUGAAUUUCAUAUAAAAUAAAUGUAACAUAAAUUUAAAUUGUUUUCAUUUUGUUUCAGGUGUUUAUCGAAUAAUGUCAAUAAUUAUAAAAUUAAAAUUUAUUUGUUUAAUUUAUCGUCUUGUUUUCUCAACAUUUUAUAAUAGUUUGUACAAUUUUCUUUUUAUGAACAAUUAUUAUUUACAGACAUAUCAAUAUUGGUAUGUCAAAAUCAUUAUACAUUCUCGGGUGUUACAUAUAUUUAUGCUUUCAAACAAAUAUUAACUUUAUGUUUUUCAGUUUUUCUUUUCAGUACUAUAAGAAUAUAAGAAUAUUAUAAAACUUGUCGGGCGGGUAAGGUAAUUUGUAUUUUUUAGUUUUUAAUAUUUGAUAUUGUUUGACGUUUGUCUGGCAACUCGGUUUGUGAAUAAUUUACAUCGUUUAAUCAAAAACAAUAUAAAUAUCUAAUAUGUACACCUAAUAUGAUACUUAUAGAGUAUAACUAUAGUUAUAUAUUUAUAUAUACGUGUUAUUAUCCAUACUUCGAAAUGUACUCGAAAAAACAUUUUUUUUAUUUUAUUUUGACACUUUUCUUCGUGACAGUUUUUAAAUUUCAUCUAAAUAAUGAAAUCCGAAAGAAAAAAUAGAAAAGAAAGUAACUAUUAGUUAUAUGUAGGUAUAGGUAAAUUAUAUAUAUUGGCAAUUGAGUAAUAAUUUCGAAUCGUGAACAAACGGAGACAUAAAUACAAAAACAAAGCGAGUUUAUGGUUAUGUGCUGUUAUUAGUUUAAUUGGUUUGUCGUUUUGAUUUUGAACAGCAGUAUAAUGAAGAUAAUUGUCACGUCGCCGUAAGACUGAAAUGUGAAAACAAAAUGUUAUUAUUUCCCGCGCAGUUUAUUCAAAUAUUAUUAAUCAUCAAAUAUAAUAUUAUUUCCGUAGAGUAUAGUUUAAGUAGACUUAGGCAAUAUACUAUAUUGGUAUAUAAAUCAAUAAUUUUUUUUCCUGUACAAUUAAAAUAUUCUGAGCGAAGCCAAUAAGGCGAGUAAUAACAGGGAGUUUUUUUUUUUUUUAAAUUUUUUUGUUUGUAUUCUGUGAAUAAUUUUUUACCGAAAAUAUAUCUCCAAUUAAAAAAUGUAUAGAAACUCUCUCGUGGAAUUUUUGAUUUAAUUGGUGCAUUGCGGAGGUCUUCUUUUUAUAUUUGUUUUGUAUUUUUCCUAAUAAGUGGGGAAAUUCGACAAUUUUGUGCAUAAUUCUUGUUGAUAUUUGGGUUAGCUCAAUAAUAAAGGAAAAUAUAGGUUUAAUAGUACUUUAUGAAUCGUUUUUCGUUUGUAAUGGUUUAUCGUAGCAUACAGAUAUAAAUUAAAUUAUUUUAUAUAUUAUUUUCUCUCUCAAUAUUCCUCCUAAAACAUUUAUCAGCACACUUAUCAACAAUAUCGACAUUUGUUUUCUUUAUAAAAUGCAAUUAUUAAAUUAUGUUAUUGAAUUUCGUUUUAAAUUUUACUUACACAAUUUCGUCUAGCGUUGAUUUUAAGUUAAAAAAGGACAUGCAAGGCCCAUCAUAAACAUGAUUCGUCCAUUAUUGUUUGCACACACAAGAGACCAGAAAUAUGGCCAUUCUAGAUUUCUAUAUAAUAUUAUUCUGUAUGGGCUUCGCAGUACAAAUGUAUAAAAUGUAUUUCUGUUUUAUUGUUUGAGUGUGAAUAUUGUCAGUUAGUGUAUAGGUUAGUAAAGGUUUAAAGGAAAACCAUUAACGGGGCCGUUUCGUAGUGUAUAUCUAUGGAGAGACGAACGAUCAUAAAACCACCGCUGAAGUAGAUUUUGUUCUCGUUAAAUUUUUGUAGUGUGGGCUGCAUUUGUUUAUUUUUUCUUAUUAUUAACACGUUUUGCUACAACCUUAGUUUUCAUAUAUUUCGUGCUUUUACAGUUUUUAUUCAAUCGAACACAUUUUUUAAUCGUUAUACAGUAGGUACCAAAGUGAUGCCAAAACUAUUGUAAGAUGAAUGAUGAUUUUAAUUGAAAUUAUUAUGACGAUCGUUGUGAGAUUUUAAGGUAAACGUACAAUUUUUGAAAAUAAUGUUUGUCACCCUUUGUGAAUAGUGAUGUUUUGCAAAUUUUGAAAAAAAAAUAUGCGUUAAAAAUUGAUCGGAACAUCACUAAUAAUAGUUAUAUAUCAAUCUAUCAUAUAACACUCAUUAUUUCGAAAAGUAUUAACGUUUUUCGGAAUUUGUUUUAGAAAACAUUUAAGGAACAAAUAGAUUUAAUAUUUUCCAUCCACAUUUUUUUUCACCCUUAUUUGAGGUAUAUUGAGGGUGAAACUACUAUCUAAUUUUGAUUUUAAAAUAGCAACAUGCAUUAAAAAUUCCAAAUAUAGAUGGAGUAUUAGAUAAAAUAAAUUUUGGAUUUUCGUCAAUCCGUUUUAAACGAUAUAUUCAUUUUUUAAAUUUUGGUCCGGGAAGUGUAGUGGAGCAUCAUUUGUGUGGCGACAUGGCGUGCGGCGUUUCAUUAAUACACCAUUACUCUUUCCCGUUACAAUUUCCAGUUGAAAUUUAGACCUGUGCGUUUUGUAACGAAUUGAUUACAGAAUCGGAUUUACCUCUGAAAAUCCCAUAGAACUUUGUUCUUUUUUUUUUUUUUUUCGGAAUAUGUAAAUUCUGAUUCUAGGCUAAUUGACUGUAGUAUAGAUAUUGUGUACUGCAGUUAUUUUUUCCGUAAUGACAGUAUCAACACAAAAAUGCAAUAAAUGUUAUUGGAUUCUAUAAUAUUAUAAUAACAUUAACGAUAUCGGAUCCUACGCGCGGGCGUAGCAGUGCAGAUUUAGAAACGUUAUUGUGUGUUUUUGUCGGCCGUUAAUCAUCGUGUAUAUAAUUCGGACAUUUGCCGUGGCAUUGCGUUAUCGCGAUGGUCAUCCUAUGGGUUUUCCCGCUUACGCCCUUGACACCGAAUUUCAUUGCCCAUGUAACUUCUGACUCGUUAUUAUUAACGUCCCAUAACUACUCGCUAUCUAAUCGUAUCACGGUAACGUCUUGACGCCGCGAACUCCUACACGAGACGUAGGUAAUGUAAAUUCGCGGAUGCACGCGAGGUUGCGCGGACCUUGUCCGACCCGAUCCGUUUGUCCUCGACGAUUGCAAUUUUAUCGUAUUAACAAUGUAUUAUGCAAAUGAUGUUUACGUCUGGUACUUUUAACCGUUUCCGAUACGACACCCGAAGUGUCCGAACAGACGCCUAUACGAGUUAGUUCCCAACUACCGAAUUGGUUCCCGGGUUGUCUAAACGGGUAAAAUAUGUCAUACACAUUCGUAUAUACGAAUUGGUUUCAAUAAACUGCCAUGCUUGCCUGUCUGUCCAGUUUGUUUUAAAAUAUAUAUUUUUUUACGGUUGUGCUCGAAGUAAAUUUCUUCAAUAUUAUUCAAACCAUUUGUUUACAAAAAUAAUUUACAUUCAUUUUCUGUAUAAAUUCACCUUUCGGUGUACCUCUAAAAUUUAUUUUUUCGGGAUCUGUUUACUCAACACCAUUAAUCUUUGCCAAUUAACCAAGUACUAUAUUCACUUCUAUAUAAUACACAUUUAAGUACAACAAGUUCACGUGUGACCAAUCACGUUUUUUUUGUUUUUUUGUUAACCCUGGAGUUAUUCUGUAGUUUUUCUAUUCCGUAUGACUCAGUUUCCUGUUUUAGGGGAGGAAAGAUUACCUUAUCUAUGUUCAAGGAGCGAAAAUUGUUGUUUUUGUCGAUUAAAAUGAAUGGUAAAUUUAUAUCGACACAGCAUUAUGCUGGUGUAUUAAUUUUAUCAACAGAAAAAAUUAUUAGUUAUAUGUAUGUAUGUUUAGAUUCCGAACAAAUUUUGAUGUAGGAAUUUUGUUUGGUCCAGCAUUGUUUGUAAGAACAAAACUGUGGUUUCGAAAAGUUCGAAAAGUUUUUGGGAUGCGGCUAAUGUACGUUAAUAUUUUUUUAACUUUUAAACCUUGUUGAAUAGUUAAUUAUAUUUACGUUUUAAGUCAAUAGUAAUUAUCCUAGUAAUUUGUAUAUUGUACGAAUUAAGCUUUUUACGGGUUAAUUUUUACACCCACAUCCAGUUAAGUCAACGAGUGCUGAAAACACACGCCUAAACCUGUUUUUUGUUUUAUUUUGAAUUAUUUCGUGUAAAUAGUUAAAACGGAUCAAUCUGUCCUAAUGUUUGACAUAAGUCAUAAGUUUCUGUAUUAUUUAUGCUACAAAACAUCAAAUAAAAUAAAUAAUUUUAUACCAUAUUUGCGAAAAACAUGUGAACGACUAUUUUAUUUCGAGAGUGUAGUAUAUGAUUAUAAAAACAUAAUUAAAAACUGUUCUCAUUUUAAUAGAGGAGCAAUAUUAAUAAUAAUAAUAUUAUUAAGCACACGAAUCACGCGUUCUGUAGUUUUUUAUUUUUUUAUUUUCGUUUUUUUGCCCAAAGCUAUUAAAAAAAAAUUAAAGCACUUCGUAAAAAAUAAUUAACCAUCGGAAAUAUUAUACGGGUUAGGUAUACUCAUAAAUCUCAAACCGACCUUAUUCGGUAUAUAUUCGUUUAUAAAGUUCAAUUUUAUCAAUAUUAUAUAUACUUUUUCGCCGCCAUUAUAUUUUAGAAUAUACAUUAUUUAGGAUUGCGGCUGUAUAAAAUUGUAAUUAGUGCGAUAAAUAAUUACAGAAAAAUCACUCUUUUCGUAUCUUUUUUCUCUCUCUCUCUCUCUUUAUACAUAAACACAUUAAUAAAUAAACGUUCAAUAAUGCCCCGGUUAUGUAUUAUUUUUAUAAUUUUUUUUUUUUGGAUUGUGUGUGUGUGUGUGUGUGAAUGGGUUUUUGUAAGUGAAUACAUGAAAUUAAUCAUUUAGAAAGACUAUUUGAACAACAUUUCAUAUCGAAAAAAAAAAAAACAACCCCAUAUACAUUUUAAUUGACUGAUUUUUAAUGCGUCGGUAAAAAAAUUAUUAUUUAUGCACAUUAUUUAGUUUUUGUAAAAUUUAUUAAUUAUUUUUUUUUUGUUUGAUUUAUUAGUGUAAAUUUAUAAUAUAUUACAUUUUUUGAAAAAAAAAUUACCAUCAAAAUUAAUAAUCAUAAAUAACUAUAAUAGAUGACAAUAUAAUAGUAUUCUAAUAGAAUAUGAUUACAUACACAUGAUUAUAUACACUUAUAUAUGUAUGUAAAAAAUAAAUAAAUACGAUACACUGCGGACGUGGUCGAAAAAUUAAAACUGUCACAAUUUCCUGGGAAAUAUAAUUUAAUAUACAUAGGUAGACCGUUUGUGUUGUAAUUUUUUUAUUUGUUUUUGAUUAAUUCAAUUGUUUUAUGUACACGCGUUCUUUGAAUAUCUAAUAAAUCAAAUAUAUAGUAUAAAGCGUCAUACCUAAAACGAAAAACAUAAUUCACAUAACGCACUAUCAGAACGGUAUUGUAAUAUAGUUCCUGAACAAAUUUGAUAGUUAAAAUAUAAAUAUUAUAAACGGUUAUACAAUUUUUCGUACGGUAAUAAUGCAGUUUUUUACGAUGCACUAUUGUAUUUCUUUUAUCCAUAAAAUUAAAUAAAUUAAAUGAAAAAAUUUAGUAAGGAAUUAAAAAAAAUGAUAUAAAUUAGGAUGCUCUAAACGCAAUAGUGUAGCUUCUCAAUACUGUGAUAUAAAAAUUAAUUUAAAUAGUGCUCUUUUAGCCCAUUAAAAUAUAGUAUAUCAUCUUAAAAAAAAAAAAAAAAAAAAAAAAAAAACGUUAAAUUUGGUUAUGAGAUAUUUUUAUAAUUAUACAAUGUGUAUCAUAAUAUUAUCAUAAGGUGUGUUAUUUAUGAACUAGGCAAAUCCAAAAUUUGAUGAUGAUAGAUAUUUGUUGUAUAUUGAAACUCGUUUUUGUCAAAAAGUGGUUUUCGAAUUCUUUAAUAUACACUCAACAACUAGUGUCUUGAUAUUGCGAAUUAAUACCGAUUGCGAAACGACGUUAUGUUGGGUUAAACUGAGUUUUCGAACCAAAUAAUAUAUUAGGUGAACAAAUAGAUAUCAUCCGAUUUAUUACGAGUAAUACGGAAUGUAUCGACGGAUUGUAUUUUAGUAAAAUGUUGUAUUGUUCAACAAUACCAAACAAGAGCAUGCGCAUUAUGGCAUCGUGUUUUAUCUGUCUAACGGACGUGUGAUUGUUUAAAAACAUGACAUUUAUGACAAAAAAAAAAAAAAAAAAAAUGCACCGUCAUAAAACAUCAUGCACUUAACGCGGUCUGUUUUCGAAAGAAACCUCUAACAUGUCCUCAAAAGCAUUAUUAUUCUAUAUCUACAGUAAUACUAUUUAGAGCUAACAAAAAUUAUUUUAUAAUUCCGCUGCAGGAUAAACUCGAUAAGCCUUGUGCAACGCGCGCUUUAAGUUGUCAAACGUUCAAUCCACUAUAAAUAAAUAAAUCCCGAGAAAACUUUCAUCUCUUUUAUACAUCGUUGUGGUUAUGAACUAUGUUAGAGAACGUGAAAAAUAAUAAUACACGCGCGCAAUUCGCAAACGUUUUCAAUCAAGAGUAUGUAAUAUUAUUAUUAAGUAAAUAGCGUAAAUAUAAUUUCUAUGCAGUAAUAUUCAGUUAGGUACUCACUCAUUAUUGUUGUUGUUCUUUUAAACUACUUUUUCGUCUUCGGUCUGUAUAUCGGUCGAUGAUCAGUGCACUGCUGUGUCUCGGUACACGCGGUUCGACUUACAUAAGACAAGUGAGCUCUGUCGGGCUCGGAUGUUUCGGACGUAGCCGUCGUUGCCGUCGGCAUGGAAAAGAGAGCGUUAAAACGCGUAGAGGUAUUGCAGGAAUCGGAUAGAAGGGGACUACACUAUAUACCUAACUUAAAUCCAUGUUUACGCGAUUCGGCGGUAAAAAAAAAAAAAAAAUCUCGUGGGAAUGGAUUUAUAUUUCACUGUGAUUAUUAUAAUAUAUUGCACGUAUGUAUAGAUAUUUUAGAGCGGUGGAAAUUUGCAGGACGCAUUUGAAAAUGUGCACUAAAUGAUAUGUACCUACUGUAAUAAUACACAACGAUUGUCCGAAACGUACACCUAUAUCGUAUACUGACCUCGAAACCGCUAGUCCAAAGGACGGUCGCUGAUUGUGACAAUGUCAUCAUAAUAUGUGUACCAUAUGACAUUGAACCCGUAAAAUAGCUACUCGGAACACGACGCCUUCAGAAUGGAGCACGGGAAAAACGGUGACACUAUCCGUAGUGUGAUCCUCGUUGGACUCGACGAUCGAUCAGAUUAAAAAUCCGAUGUGUUUUGAUGUUCUACAAACGUUUUAAACACCGUUUAAACAACACGUUUAAACUUGACGGACUCGAUAGCGAUAUGGAAUUGAUGAAGUCAAUUGUUAUCAAUAUAAUGAAUUCGGAUGGUCUACCUGAAUGAAAAAUAGAUGGAGAAAAUUGCUUGAAGUAUGAUUGUGUGUUUCGAUAAUAAUAAUUCUAACGGGAUCAAAUGGGAUUUAUUAAAUAAUAUCCUCGUUGGACAUAAUAAUAUUAUUACCAUCAUAAUAAAAUAAAAUAAAAAUUCGCCGAGCCCGUGUUAUUAUUAUUGUUUGGAGUAAACGGUCUUUCCAUUCUGUAACGCCGUUACGGGUAUUAAAAAUUAUUUAUGUUAUAAAAGCACGUAAUUUUUCAGUCAAAUCUCUACACAUAUUAUAAUCUGUAUUGCUAUAAAUUUUUAUUUUUUUUGUCUAAAGUAGUUGUCUCGCGAAGUAUCUUAUAAAAUUAGUUUUCUAAUAGUAGGUAUUUUAAGUACAGGCAAUCAGCAUAUGAAAAGGGGUUUCAUUGUAGCACCUGCAUCGCCUUCCCCUUCGAUCGUACAAACAUAAUAUGCGUUUUGCAUACAUUAAGUGGAUGCCAUACUCGAUGAGACAAUAGAUGUUACUGUUUCAGUUUAGUUAACGGACAACGUAAUAAAAUAUUACGUUGCAUAAAACGUAAAUAACAUUCAGGUUGAAAUUAGACUUUUUACACACGUUUAUAAAUAUUUCUAAAUUUCUAAUAGGAAAAUAAAUUGUUUAAAAAUAAUUUUGAAUACAAUUAAGAAGAGUACAAAAAUAUAUUUAGUGACUAGGUAUUCGGCGGCUUUGCGCUAAGUAGUUAUUAAAUACAUUUUUUUAUAUUUCUAAGUCUAAGUCUAAAUCGACAGUUUUUUAAACAAUUUAUUCGCCCUAAAAAAUACAGGGUGGUGUAGAUUUUAAUAUAACUGCAAGCCCAACAACUAUUGCGUUAGGUUAGGUUACGUUCGCAUUACGUUCUACAAAAUUAGCAUUUAACAAUCAUGGAUUGUUGGACAUUUUAUCUAAAUGGUUUUAGUUAAACGAUAGCACGGCGUAUUUUCCCCACCCAUUUCGGCAUUAAUCGUAAUCGCCCAGUACCGUCAGAUCGCGUAAUAAAAUUGCGGUUGAACAAAACAGUGUUGUGAAUAUUUUUUGGCUGUUAUUUAUAUAAAUAAAUAUAUCGUCCGUAACUUAUGGAUGAGUGACGAGGUUUAUUUUCACCUCUCCUGUAUACGUCAAUAAAUAAAAAUUUAGAUACUUGAGUGACAAGUCCUGGUAAACUUCAUCAAAGACUUGUGUAUUACAACAUUCAUACACAAGAGCUGUAUAGUAAACAAAGAGUACGAGAAUAGGUGACACAAAUCUCUCGGGAAAAGUUACGAAAUAUCAUGUCCAGUUUUAAAAAACGUCUUGACGAAUGACUGGAAAUCGCAAAUCCAUUACUUCGAAAUAUACGUUAACUUACGGAUAUCAUUUAUAAAAACGGACGAAUAUAUAUACUUCACACCAAGGGUGGGCCACUGUUGUAGGUUAAGAAGUUGGAAAGGUAGGAUAUAGAGGGGAAUUUAAUUUAUAUCUGUACGCAAUGAUUAAUCACUGCUAACAAAAAACGAUUCUGAGCGGAGCUCAGCUUUUUCACGACAAUGAUUGUUUAAAAAAAAUUAAAAGAUUAAAAUAAUGAAAACUUAAUAAUAACAAAAAAUAAAAAACGGUUGUCAAUUAUAACAACCUUUUUUUUAAUAUCUUAAUCUUUUUUUAACCAAAAAGAACCAGCUUUCCCUCAUUAUCUCGAAUAUUAUUGAGAAUUUCAAAAAUUGACCUUCUUUAAAAUAUAAACUAGAGCCAAAAUGCAACAAAAAAGGUCUCUUGUCAUGUUUCGAUUGGAGCAUAGUAUUUAAGAGAGAUUUUGUUCUCAGCACGAAAAACAAUAAACAUCAUUUUAAAAACAAUACAUUCCUCGUUUCACUCAGAAUCUAAAAUACACACUUUUUAAACGAUUUGUUUGUAUACUUUCAGAUGGUAUGAAUAAAGUCAUUAAACAGAUUAUUGUUAGGUUUUUAUAGCUAUUUUGAAUCGCUUGUCUCACUGCCUUACCAUGUAUUGAUUUAAUCUAACCUGAUUCUAAGUGAUGGUAGUUAAAAUCGGUUUACAGAUAAUACAUUAGAGGUUAGCUAAAUUUAGUUUUAGUUGGCUCAUUUAUAUUUUAGUUUUAUUGAAACCUAAAAAAACCACAUUGUUAUCUUCUUUGAAAACAUUUACCUAGCGUAGGUAUUCUACCAGUGAUUCAACCGAUGGGUUAUAAUUUGUUUACGCAAUUUAUGAAAUAUACGUAUAUUUGCAUAAUUUGUAUUGCAAUUUCAGACAUUUUCUUGUAAUUUUGCAAGCACAUGUAAUUCGUGCACUACACCUAUUUAGUAAUUUAUUAUCCGAAAAACCUGUCCAAAAAUGUGUAUGAAGUGCAUAACUCCCUCGGUCUUUCUCAUAAUUUUGUAUUUUUGUUUGGCUUGUGCAAUGUGCAGUACCUUACAAUAAUUGUUCGAGGAUUAUUCAAAAACUCAUGUAGUGUGGUUGAUAACUCCCACCUCCCACAUGGGAAUUUAUUGUCUUGUUAUUUUAAUCCAUCAACUUCUCGUACUCUUUAGUUAUUCAAUUUCCAAUAGUUAAUACCUAUGCAUAAAAACGGUAGGUACAAUAUAUUUUUAUUCAUUAUAAAUCAAUUGCGCUUUUAAAAUCUCGAACUCGUUUCGUCAGUUUUCCAGUGGGCAAAUUUUAGUUUAAUAAAAUAUAUAUUUUAACGUAUGCGUAUGAAAUUAAUUCAUUUUUACGAGGCCGAUCGUUUGAUAAGCUGCAUAAUCUAUUAUGCAACAAUAUGUUUAGAUUUUUAAACCACAUAUCAAUUAUAGGUACCUGUAUAAUACUUACUAUUAAAAGUAUUUCAAUAGUUAUUUAAUAUAUUACUAUCUUUAUAACACACCGUGUGGUAAUCGUGAACGAAAAUGAAUUAUACAUCAUUCGCAGACGGUACGGUAACGGCAUUAUUUACCUUUUAAAAUCGUCUAUUACGAUCGGUUAAAAUUUAUACAUAUACAGAAUAUAAUGGUAUAUUGUUAAACUAAAGAUUGAUUGUGUUUAAAACUUAUUAUUAUUUUUUUUUUCGCGCGCGCGCGCGCGCGUGUGUGUGUGACAAUAAUUAACGUAUUCCGUUUUUGGGUGUCUUCGAUACACAUUAUAGUUGUUCUCACUAGUUCAGCAACGGUUAUUGUAUCUACAGUAUACGCGCAGACUGCUUAUCAGACCACGGCGGGCUAAAUAUUUAGGGAACCGAACGAGUCGGGAGACCGUAAUAUUAGACGGUAGUCACGUUGGUAUUAUGUUCGUUGUUUUAGACAAAAAUCAAACGCUUUCUUUCAAAACGCUGCGGCGGCCACAUUGUUCGCGUCGUCGACGGUCGGCUCUGUAAGAUGGCAUCUUCACGAUUAUUCUGUUCAGCAGAAUCGCACGGGUCGUGUAUUAAUAUUAUUACUAUCGUUGCGUCUUGGUCCAGUGACCAGAACCAGCGUACCUACUACGUUUAUUUUAUUUUGAAAUCGUCGUUGAAGUAUAAACAUAUCCGUCUGAAAUAUUUUUAAAUAAGAUUUCGUUUUUUGAUUAUUUACCUAUACUUUUAAAUGUUCCGCCCGGGUGGAGGGGAGCGAUAAAUAGUCAAACAAAUUAUAGUAACGAGGAGCGCAUUGAUUUUACUAUGAUGUGUGUGCUCUUUUUUUUUUCUGUUAACAACUUACAACUUUUCUACUAGAAAUCUUGCUCCGAUUUUCAAGUGUAGCAUUUUUUCUGUAAGUAAAUUUCAUCUAGCUGGUGCAUUGACGAAGUCUUUUUGAUUUUUAUGUAGCUGUCUUAAUAAUUGAGAAAAAUUGGGGAAGAAAAAACCACAGGCAAAUUAACCGCAAUAACGGUUUCAUUAUUUUUUUUUAUUUUUGUUUUUGUUUUUUUUUGUAAUUUGGUUACAAAUAACCGUAGAAACCUGUAAUUUUCACAGAAUAGCCUUAAAUUACCUAGUACUUUCUAGACGUGGUCAAAUGUUUAUAACAUUUAAAGGAUUUUCGAGCUAUUAUUAUACGGAUUCGAUAUUUUAAAGUAUUAUUUUUUUUGGUUUCGUUGUUGUCGUGUUUGUUGAUGUAUAUUUAACCGUAAUAAUUCUGCUCUUCUUAUUUAUGUGAAUUGUUGUCGAGCCGAUUUUUUUUCCAUUGCGCAAUACUCAAAACGAUAUUAUAAUUCUCGAACUGUCGCGAUGGUUUUAAUCCUUACUCGUGGAAUCAAUAAACUAUACACUGGUGUAAUUCAUAACUACAGGGAUACAAAGUACAUUGUUCGUGUAUCGAAAACACGGUUACAAUAUUGUUCUAAAACACCAAAACACUUCCAAUAUAUUAUUAUUGAUAUUAGGAAUGCCGAUCUAAUGGGAAUAAUUGUGUUAAAACAUAAUAUUAUUAUCGUCGGCCGAAUGUAUAUGGUGUGUUCGCGACCGGAAAUUUUCAAAAUAUGAGUGAAUUGUGACAAAAUUGACAUUUUCCUAAAAGUCGAUAUGUAAAUUAUGAUAGAAAAAAAACAAUUAUGCAAACCGCGAUAAAACCGAAAAUAUUUAUAUGUAUACUAACUGUGACAAUUUUACUAAUAUUUAUAAAUGUGAAAGUUUGUUUGGAUAUAUGAAUAUGUAUGCUUGUUACUACUUUUCAUCUAAAUUUUCGAACGGAUUGAGCUGAGAUUUUGCAUAGUUCUAGACCUCAGGACAUUUGGGCUACUUUUUCUCCUUGUAUUCAAACCCUAAAUUCUAAAAGUUGAUACGCUUUAAAAUGAGCAAAACUGCUGUUUUUCGAGGUGAGAUCCAGCCAUGUGGAAGUUUAGAACGAAGAUGGCUGACUUCUAAUAGUCAGGAUAAAGUCGAAGAAGAAUAAGAAGAACAAGAUUUAGCCUUUAAUAGAAGGGCAAGGGUGACACAGGAUUAUUGGUAUUUUCAGUAUGAAAAUUGAAUUAUUUUUUUUGAUUUAUGUUUUGGUUACCUUAUCGAUAUGAAUGGAAUUAAAAAAAAGGAAGGGCAUGCUUCGCACGUGAGUGCAGAUACUGUUAUAGGUGAGAAGUUGGGAAGGUUGGAUACAGAUGGGAAUUUAAUGUAUAUCUGUAAGCAACGAUAACCAUUGAUAACGAAAAAACGAUUCUGAACGGACUUUAGUCGAUAGUGUUGCGUUGUCAACAAUAUAUAUGUCAUAUCAUAGUCAAAUUAUUAUAACAAUGUGCGUUUCUAUAACAACAAUGAUUGUUUAAAAAAGGUUUAAAAUAAUAAAAAUUUAAUAAUAUCAAAAAAUAAAAAAAACGGUUGCCAAUGACAAGCUAAUUUUUAAUUAUUCAAUAUUUUUUACUUAAAGAACAAGAUUUUCCUCAUUAUCUCGAAUAUUAAUGAGAACCUUAAAAAAUUACCUCUUUAAAGUACUGUCCAGAGAACAUUUUCUUUUAGAAGAGAAACUAAACUUGAAAAUCAGAGUUAAAUUUAUAGUAGAAAAAUUGUUCAAAUAAAAAAAAAAUAAACAUCUUUUUAAAAUAUUCUUCUCUAAACUCAGAAUCUAAAAAAAGUAUAUAAAUAAAUAAUAAUGUAAUGCGUGGAAGGGCCACUCUAGUUACCAUAGAAACUGAUUACUUAGUUCUUUGUUGAAUAUUGUUAGUAAUUAUAUUGCAACUUCAUUUAAACAAUAGGAAGAUCGUUGUUUACUUUUUGUAGCCAAAAAUUCAACCACUAAUUUAUUGUUGUCUGCACCGGAUUUUUGGUAUUAUUAGAACGAGAAUUUAAAAUUUUUUUUUUUUGUUGAUUUAUUUAAGUUACCUCAGUGACACAGAUCCAAAAAUAAACAGUUUUAAUUGGUUCAUUUGGUCGUCACUGACAAGAAUAAGCAUAUUUUUUAAAUUUACGGUCGACAACUAUUAUAACUGCAGUUAAAGAGAUGGGGAUGGUAACGGGGAGUCUCGGGGAAAAACUUUAAUAUUUUUUUUUCCUGUUCAAUAUUGACGCAAAUCCGCUGCGAAACAGCUAGUUUAUUAUAAAACCGGAAUGCAUCAAUAAUUUAGCAUAACAAAUAAUUUGAUAUUCAUAAAGUACAAUACAAAUUAUCAUGAAAACAUGAAAUUAUAAAAUACUCCGUACUCCAUACUCUUAUAUUACGCACGGUUAGUUAUUUUAUAAAUUAAAAAUUAUAUGAAAUCGGAAAUUAUAAAUAUUACUUAUUAUAUCUAUAUUAUAUAAGAGCAUAUACACAUUCAUGAGUAUAUUCAGAAAUCAGAGGUGCUAGUGAAACUGUUACUCCCUCACCUAUAGCCAUAGUAUUUUACGAUUUAAGUGUUAAAUAAAUUUCCAAUUAUUUCUUCUACUACUGAACGAACGUUUUUCACACUGAAUCGUUUGAAAAAGAAUUCAAGUAGUCCAACUGUCAGAAGAUGGACUUAAUAAGUUAAUCAUGAUCAAUAAAAAUAGGAUUUUAUUUUAAAUAUGAUAUAUAAUUAAUGCUUUUGCUGAAAAUUCUCCCAGGAAGACGCAACUGUUAGGGGAGUGUAUUUUUUAUAGUAUAUAAGCGGCUUUUUUUUUUUUAUCAUAAACUAUAUAUUUUUUCGUAGGAUUUUAAGUGAAUUUGUUUUUUAAUUUUAUAAUCAUUUUGGAAUCAUUUAAGCUUUAUUUCAAAAAUAUUUUUAAUUAUUUACCCCUACUCCAUGUACCUUAAAUAAGCAUAUAUUUCUUUUACAAAUGGGAACCCCACUUUUUGAACACAAAAUUGAAUACAGAAUAUUUUUUAGAAAUGCUGGUAAAUCUAAUAUUGGUAUUAUGCAUUUAAAAUGUCUAAAAAAAUAUUAUUUAUUUGAAUCUAUGUUUAAAAGGGGGAUGGGUGUUUCUUUUUGAUAAAUAAAAGUAUAUACUUAUUUAAGGUUUAUGGAGGGUUGAAAAAGUAAAAAUGGUUUUAAAAUAUAGCUCAAACGACUCCAGAAUGACGGAAAAAUUGGUAAAUAAUAUAACUAAGUACUAACCCUAUAAUACUGUGUCUUUCGAAAAUUGUCGCAGUUGCUACACUUUUAAUUAUCGCAGUUUUUAUAGUAAUUUUUUUUUUUUGUCUUAGUUUAGGUACCAUCUUUCCAAACAAUACUUCUGCUAAUGUGUAUCAAAAUUGAACAACGCCUGAGUGUAUUAUAAUUUCAGAAUAAAUUAUUAUACGAGGGGACAUAAUAAGAUUAUCUCUAUAGUCUAUAAGGCGAAAAGAAAUUUUAAUUCGUUAUUAAUUGUACUUUUUUAUACAAUAUUGUAUCUACGUACUAAAUCUACUGCAUCAAACUGUUUGUUGUUUAUAUGUAUUUUUUCGUGAAAAUAUGCAAUUAUGUUGAUUUAUAAAAAAGAAAAAAAACCGUAAUCGAACCGGACUAUACCUAUGUAUACGUACCUCGUGGGGUGCCGAGAAAAUAUACAUAUUACGUAUUUUAUUUUUUCCAAUAUGAUUUUUUUUUUUAUUUUAUUAUUGUUUUUGUUUUUACCGCGGGCAUGCGUGUGACAUCCGGAUUAGUAUAUUAUUAUAAUGCUUACCUAUCCAUUGGGUUUUUACAAUAACCAACAACAGCGCGGUGUUCGUUUUUGUUUGGCCGUUUGAUAUCAAAAUUAAUUUAUACCACUGCGCAACGCCUUUGCGCUGCACUAACCCUUAUAAUACGCCUCAUAUUCUUUGAAUUUUGAAUGGUUAAUGUUCGUAAUGAAUUUAACACGUUUUCCCAUAUAGGUGUACUGUACACUGUACUUAUACGUGUAGGCUACGGCGUCGUAUGAAUUUGCCUCCGUUUAAUAUAGAAAAUUAAUGCGCUCUGUAAAGACCAAUUGAAUUAGAGUAUAUUUAUGUACGAGAGCUGCACACAGGUACUUAAUAGGUAAUCGCAGUCACCUAAAACACAGAGAGAAUCCCGUUUUGUCAGCUUGGAAAUGGAAUAUUACGCUAACGCGCGACGUACGAUUGCGUUAUAUAAUAAUAAUAAUAAUAAUAAUAAUAAUAAUACAAUUAAUUUAUAAUGAUUUUAAAGUCGGUGUUCGUUAUUAAUAGAUGUAUUUCGCUUACGUUUGUACUUUCGAGAUUUUUCUCGAUUUCACAACGUCGAAAUAAUAUGUUAACUGCGCUUGAUAACAGCGCAGUUAAAUAUAAUCGGAAAGAAAGAAAUAAUCGAAGCUUUAAAAGAGGCAACAACCCUGGAAGAUAUUGCCAUUCCAUUAGAAAUCACCCGUAGGAUAAUGGAAAAUUACCGAAGAAGGUUCAAUCAGUGUGUUCACUUAAGUGAUUCAAGUUUUAAAAUUUAUAAUUGUUAAAAGCACACAUAAAUUAUUCAGAAAUGAUAUUUAUUUUUUUCUAUUUAUUACUUUUUAUAGUUUCCAAAUUCGAGUAAUUUGUUCAUCCAAAUCCUGUAAUUUAUAAGAAACAGCUCCGAGACAUACAAUCGUUUUAUUCCGAUGAGUUAAAUCGAACGAUUUUGUAGGGUUUUUUUUUUUUUUAUCGAUAAUUGAUAAUCGACUGACUGACAUAAUAUAAACACACAGUCCUAAUUGUUGGUUUUAGAAACUUGACAUUUUGCAUAGACUAGGUUCCUUGUAAUGUAUAAUAUGAUACUGGUACUUAAAUAGUUAAUUUGAAUUCCUAUUAAAAAAAAAAAAAUAGUUUUUUUUUAGAACUAUUGCUCUUAUUAUUUUAAAUUUCGACAAAAACUUAUCUUGACUUUUCUAGACGUCGUUAAAUGUUUAAAAAAUUUGUGGCAUUUUUGAGAUAUGUAUAGAUAUUUUAAUUUUGUGAGUUUUUACGUAAUUUUUAUUUAGCAGAUACUAUGUGAAUGUCAUAGUUUGAUCUAACUCCAAUGCUUGCAAAGUUAACAAGAGAUUCAUUCUAGGCCUGUACUUAGUGGUAAAAAAAAAAAAAAAUUGAGUAUAAUGUAGUAUUUUUUUGUUACAAGGGUUUUAAUAUUAAAUUGUUCCAAAAAUAUUACGGCCUUUCAAAACACGUGUAACGGAACUUCGCUCCAAAUCGUUUUUUGUUAGCAGCGGUUUGUCGUUGCUUUCAGAUAUAAACUAACUAUCAUACAUUCUCAGUUCUCCAUCUAUAAUAGUGGUAUACUCAUACCUGGUACGAGCUUUUUUUAUAAUUUGCAUUUUUUUAGAUUCUAAAUGCAUUUUUUUAAUAUCCCACCGAUAUAAUUUAUAUUUAGGGAUACGUUUAAUAAAUGCCGACGACCGCGGGGAAUGCUGCAGUUUCAAUGUAGAACACGGUACCGUAAUUAAACUCAAUGCGAUAAAACCAACCAGCCUUUUGGUAUCCCCUCGGCUGUAAUAUUAUGCACUAGGUAUACGACAACCACAACAACCACACUGUUAACGUGCUCGUGAAUAAUAAUAAUAAUUAUUAUUGGUGUUGAAGUACGUCGGCGAUGACCUCUGGUGUGUAAAUGUGUGUGUGCGAAGGGGGUAUCAGGAGUCAUGGUUUUUGAAAUCUUCUCCGAGUUUGUAAAAUUUAUACAUUCUUUUUUCUUUUUAUAUUUUAAUAACAUAAAUGAUACGUUUUUUCUCCAUCAAUCUAAUGUACGAUCAUGUUUGAUCAAAUGUAUAUCAGGGGUUCGGCCGAGUACGAUGCUAUUUUAGAUCGAAAAGCCGAAGAAAAACGUGUAAGGAUUGGUUUGAGGGAUUUUAAUUUUGAGCAAUGAAUUUCGAUUAAUUAAUAGUUUACUGUAAUGUUAUGACAGUGAUGGUUUUAAAUUUAUAUUUAUUUUUUUCAGUUGCAGCGAUAACGAUUAACAAAAUUAUGUUGUUUUUAUAUUUAUACAUUCUUCGUAAACUAGAGAAUAUAAUCUCGCGAAAUACUUUUACAAUUCCGGAAUUCCGGGAUAUUUUCAAACCAAUCCCGAGAUUUUAUUUCAAAUUGGUAAAAACAUAAAAAAGAUAAAACAAAAUUUUAACAAUUUAAUAUUACAGAAAAAAAAUAUGAAUAAUUAAUAUAUAAAUAAAAAAAUAGAUAAAAUGAUUUAUUGAAAAGGAAUAUUUUGAAAGUAAUAUGGGAGAAAUAUCGGAUCGUCUAAUGUUUCGCCUCCGAGUCUGCUUCUUAAUUUAUUUUCUAUGUAUGUAGCUGCCGAAGACGCACGUUCGGGUUCUAUGCUAAUGAGAGGGGAAUGGACAUAACAUAAUUAAAUUAUAAUUUUAUCUGGUGACCGUGCGUCUCUCCAUUCUCAUACAGAAUCAUCUCUUAGAUUAUGGUUUUUAUUAGAGAAUAUGUUUUUGGGACAAAUGCUAAACAAAUGUUAUACUAAUAUUUAAUGGCAUUUGUGAUAACCGGGUAAAACUACACAUUUACAAAAUAUUCUAUUUAAUAAUAUUAUGUUUAUUGUUUAUAUUAAUUAUUUAUUGUUUUUUUCUAUGUUACUACAUUAAAUACUUAAUCAUAAAAAUCCCGGGGUUAGUUAUUUGUCAAUCCCGGGAUUUCCAGGAUCAAAAAAGGGUCGGGAUCCGGGAUCCCGGGAUUGUCUUCCUAUAGUUAUAACACAUACGAUUUUAGGAAUAUUUAUAAUCGCGUCAUUCAAAACCUAUAGCAAACUUAUUAAUCAAUCCGAAUCCGUUUUUAAAAUUAAAAACCGUCAAAUCCAAACCUUAUGGUUUUCAGUCUAAAUACUACUUUUUUUCAACGGCUGAAAUCUCCUGAAGUACCCAUAUUCGAAGUAUCAUAUUUCUAACUAUCUAAGUAAUAACAUUUUAAUAUAAAAAUCGCUCUCGAGUUUUGAUGGUAAACUGAAAUAAUAUUAACGGGGUGCGUAUAACACUCUCAGAAGUCAAAAUUUGAUUAAUACACGCCGUAAUACAAGAAGAAAUUAUUAGUUUCGAUUUUAUAAUAUUAAACGUAAUGUAAUAGUCGUAGUUUCCAUCAUAAUAUACAGUGCGUUUCAUUUUAAAAGUACCAUUACGAAAUAAUAUUUCUGUCCGAUCAAGUUAGUUUUUGAUUUUUAUUAAUAAAAAAUCCUAUACAACUCUAAAUGUACAUGCAGAUAUGCAAUAAAUAUACUAAAAUAUGCUAUAAAAAAAAUAAAAUAGAUAUAAUUGGAAAUUAAAAACAAUAUUAAUAUUUUGUUGCCAGUGGUGUAAAUAUAAAAAUCUGGCCCCGACGUAAAAAACUAAAAGGGUAUUUUAUUUAAAUGAGUAGAAGAAAAAUAAAAUACAAAACCUCUUAUAGUGUAUUUGCAAAAUUGUAUUGUAUUUAAUAUAUAAGUACACGUAUAUCAUAUAUAUUCUAAAAUAAAACAGUUCAAAUUUUCGAGCUUUUAAAUAACACAGUUAUAUCAAUUUAAGCAACGAUCAGUUCUGUUUUUUCAGCGUUUUAUUUUUGAUUAUUUUGUUUCAAUUAUAGUAGUAAUCAGUACAUUUCAAUAUUUUUUUUAAUAAAAAAAAAAAAAUAUUCAGUGUUCUGUAAGGUUUUUUUUGUUUGUUUUUGUUUUAACCGAUUUAAAGGAUUUUUUCGACAUAUUAUGACCCCAAAGCAGCUGCAUUGACUUCUGUAUUUCUCUAAUUACGAUAUUUAAUAACUCCCAUGUAUUUUCUUAAAAUUGUUGUUUACUCGUAAGUUUGUAAUCAUAAUACAUUUAAUAUAAUUUAUACAACCAAUUAUAUUUUUAUCCUUUAUGUAUCAUUUUGAAAAAGGGUUUUCAAUAAGUUAUUAAAUUAACACUAUAAUAUAAUUUAUCUGUACAAAAAGUUGGCAUACAUGAAAUUAUGAACAAAAAAAUUAUCGACCUAUUAUGUUGAAAAAUUUGAUAAAUCGGUUUAAAUUGAAAACUAAACUCAUAACUUAAUUGUCGUUCAGUCGAUAUAAUACGUCACAUGAGCUAAAAAAAAAAAGUAGUCUACUCAAUUCGUUGCCACUAUAAAGAAGAAAAAAAUUAAAAAAAGAACGGACAUUUUUCGCACGUUGGUGCAGCUACUGUUGUAGGUGAAAAUUUGGGAAGGUAAGAUACAGAUGGAAAUUUAGUGUAUAUUUGUAAGCAACAAUAAACUAUUCCUAACGAAAAAACAACUCUGAGCGAAGUUCAGUAGGUAGUGUUGUUUUGUUUACAUAUGGUCAAAUAUAUAUAAAAUUAUCAUAAAAUGAUUACAAUGUACGUUUUCAUGACGAAAAUGAUUGUAUAAAAAAGAUUAAAAUAAUAAAACUUAAUAAAAACAAAAAAUAAAUAAAAACGGUUGCCAAUGACAACCUUAUUUUUAAUCUUUCAAUCUUUUUUUACCUAAAGACCGAGGUUUUCCUCAUUAUCUCGAAUAUGAAUGAGAAUUUCAAAAAAUGACUUCUUUAAAGUACCAUCCAAAGAAAAUUUCCUUUCGGAAAAAGUGCUUUACUUGAUAAGCGGAGUAUGCUUUCUCAUAGAAAAUGUGUUCACUUAAAAAAAAAAAAAAUAAAUAAAUAAAUGUCAAAGUUAUUUUAAGAACGUACAAAAACAUUACAAUUUAAAAAAAAAAAAUGCUUAUCUGAUUAACAGUUAUUUUUGUUAAAAUAUAUUAAAAAUAGUAUGCAUUUUAAUAUAGAUAUAGGUGAUAAGUGAUAACUAAUACAUAGAAACAUAAUGUACACACAUUUAGCGACUAAAUUAAUAAACUGAUUAGUAAAAAUAUUUUAUAAAUAUUUUCUGGAGGUUCUCGUUUAGUGUUCAGAUUGUUUAUUUCCCGGACCUUAUUUUAUGGACAUUUAAAAUUAUUAUUGUACAUUAGGUCCUGGACACAUACAUGUACCGGAGACCGUAUUUUUUGAACAUUUCAGCUAUCGGUCAUUUUAACUGAAUACCAUUAUUAUAAUAAUACCGCGUGCCGAUACCUAUAUAUUUAAAAGGAAACGCACAACUGUAUAUUAUCCUACUGUAUGGUAGAUUUCAACGGUUCCGAAAUGGAAAAAAAAAAAUACAAAAAAACCCCAACCCGUAACCCCCCCCCCCUCCUUCACCAUAGUCGGGUACGCAUUUAUUCAUACACUCGUCGUCGUAUAUUAUUAUUGUAUCCGAGUCUUUUACAUUUUAAUGUAUUAUUAUCGUUUUGGCCGAACACACAUGUGUACAUAAUAUACAGUGUAUUUUUAUCGUUUCGUACCUGUAAUACUACAAGCACGUAUAAUUUCGAGCCCGAAUUUUCAGCCAGUUUCCCGGUCGCCGCUACCGGUCGGAUCCCGGGUAGCGCCCCGGGUUGUCGGGGUCGCGGUAUAAUCAGCGAACACGCGUCUUUCAAAUUAUCCGAGUUGGAUGCGUUUAAAAAUCUACGCUUGUCGGGUCCCGGGCUUACACGCGUAGUGUACUGGUUGGAUACCGGGUUUAUGCGGCCAGUUUACUAGUCGUCUAUUAACCGUGAUAUUAAUAUUAAUUGAUGUAAUAGUUUAGAUGUUUAGAAAAAAUAAAACGCAAUGUGUCCAUCCGACUGUCUGCCGAUCGAUAGAAUUUUAAAAAAGUACCCGAAUAGAUGAUAGUUGUAUUAAAAUGAAAAGUUCAACAAAAAAAAAACCGCUGUCCCGGGAUAACGGGGACGGGCGUAGCCACGGUUAUAGGCGAAAAGUUGGAAAGGUAAUCGAGGGAAAAUUUAAUGCACGUCUGUCGUUAUUAUUAUUACGACGGCGUAUUAUACGAGUACGAGUAUUGUUUAUCGUCGUGUCGUUGUUUCAACAACAUAAGCCCGCGGCAGUCGGUUACAUUAUACGCACUAUUAUUAUUUUUUAUUAUUGUUAUACCAUCUCGCCGCCACGCACCAUUUCGACGGGCCCGCGCUCGAAACGAUAUUCGAUAAUAACGUUAUCACUGUUACACGGGUAAUAGAGGCCGGCGGAAAACGACCGUGAACCGGAGAUCCCGGAUUUUGGGUCCGACACGGAGCGCCGCGGCCGCGCGGCCCGACGCGACCCGCGCACGGUUCGAUAAUUAUUGUUGUCGUCUCGCGGCUGAGAAUAAUAAAAUCGCAAUAGUUCGACCGACGGCGCGGUUUAAUUAUUAACAUAAUAUUAUCAAAAUAUAUAUUAUAACAACCGUUACAAUACAGCGGCGUCGUUAUGCAGUGGCGGAUAUAUCCCAGUUUUCAGGGAGAGGGGGGUGGGAGCGAUUUUUGAAAAUCACACAGGUUACGGGGUUUAGUCUCUCCGGUGAUUUUUUCAGACCUCCGUCCCCGGGGGUGGGAGGGAGUAUCGUAAAUGUCCAAAAUGUCCUGUGUGUUCGUAUAAAUUCCCAAAUAUUGAAUUUUAGAUAAUGAAAUAUAGCGGUGAAAAUAAUCCCAAAGGGGGGGGGGGGGCGAUUGGGGGAUCAUCCCCCCCCCCCCCCUCCUCGAUAUCUGCCACUGUCGUUAUGAACCGUUUCGUAUACAGCGCGAAAACGUCGCGUUAUGUCAUACCCACGUUUACAGGCUAUACUGUUGCAGGUUAUAUAGGUUAGACAGUAUACGCGUAACGUAGGCGCGACCAUCGUGAUUCGGGUGAGGGGCUAGCGAGGCCAAGUGCUCCGUAGAGACGGCAACGUGCUUAUGGAAAAAAAAAAAAAAAUUAUAUUUAUAAAAUAUUUGUAUAUUAUUGCACAUUAAUAUUAAUAAUAAUUUAAAAUUAACGAAGAAUUAUUCGGCAAAAGUUAAUCAUAUUAUACUUUGGUAUCACCCGUUGGCUGUUAUUAUCAUUUUCGCUAUCACUGUUCUCUUACCAUUUUUGCACCCUUGUGUCUUGUGAGUUGUUUCGCUAUCACUGUGUGAUCACAAUUUAGUGUGCAACUUCUCAAUGGUUGAGAAAUAAUCGUAAUAUAUCAGUGUGCUGGACUCCCACAGGUUUGUGUGUUUGGCAUACAUUUAUCUAGCACUCCCCCAAUUAAAAAUUAAAAUUUCGUCUAUGCAGCGAUUGUAAACCGAAAAUUCGAUUUCGUUAUCAUAAUUUUAUCUCACAUUCCUCGAGUAAUUUUUCCAAGCAGAUAAGUCUGUUAUGUAUAUUUUUUUCACUACCUAUAUUUGUUAUUAAAUCGGUUAGAUUGUUCCUUUGUAAACAGAUGGCUGCCCUCUAUCUAAUGAUUUACAAAUAUACAAUAUUUUUUACACAAACAUUUUUUUAGUACCUAACCAACUAUAAGUUUUUUAUGAAAAUAUCGAAUUUUGAAAAUAAAACUUUACAAUUAGACUCUUGGAUUUUAAUGAAAUGUGCAUGGGUCUUAAGACAAUAUGCUUUCCACGUACAUAAUUCGACUUUUUUUUUUUAAUUAUUCGCUGUUUUUUCAUUUUUGUGUACAUAUUUUUUAGCAUUUUUGGAUAAAUAUUUGAAGAGUAUUGUUUUUCUAAAAUUAAUUUUUUUUUUCACAGGGAAUCUUUUGCUAUUUUUUUGUACCAUUUUUCGAUAGUUUUAGAGCAUUAUUAAUUUCGGGUAUUUUUCGUUCAUGAUUAUAAUAUGACAUAUUCUUAAAAAAAAAACUAUUUUUCAGCCUGUUGAGUAAAAAAAUAAAACCAUGUAUACCUUUUUUGGAGUGCUCAUAUCGUGUUUAUAGUGCAACAAUAUUAUUAUUAUACACGUAACUCGUAUGUAACAAAAUAUUAUCAUUAACAUUAAAACAAUAAGACUCGUGACUGUUUUAGUAACUCAAAAAAAUUAAUUGUAUGCUUUUAAAAACAUAAUAUUACGUAUUCAAAUACAAUAUGCGUUGAAAAAUGUUGAAAUAAGCCAAAACAAAUUAAAAUAUUGUAAUCUACAACAGUACUACUGUGUUUUCAAAUAAUAUUAAUGUGCUCAUUAAAUUUUUAACGACUAGUUGUGAAAAUUGGCUUUACGUCGUUCACUAUAUCAUUCGCUCUUAUUCUCUUAAAGUAAUGUGACGUACACCAAUGUAUUUUCGGUCCCAGGGAUAAAGAGCUUAGUCAAUUUCGUAGAGUUUUGAAUAAAUGCAAAAUUACAUUUUGAAAAUUGUGUAUAGUAGUAUGACAUAAUUAAUAAAUUGCCCUUUUCAGAAAAUUAUGAAAAGCCGAACAAAAAGUCGUUGUAGUCACAGGGUUUUACAGUUAAACAAUUCCCCGUUUACUUAUGGGAAAUUGUCAAAUCCUUAAUAUAAUGUAUAUUAUACAGUAUUGUACGUCCUGUAUAUAUUACACUUUCAAAUUACAGCAAUGAAAUACCUAUACAUAUUUAUUUCAAGUCCGAAGGUCCGAAGGUUACGGCUCUUCAUUUAGGUACUAUAACAACAUUAUAGAACUAUACCUAUUUAGAUACCUUGUGUAUAUAUAUGGAUAUCUACAUAAGUACUUGCAUUAAUUUUGUAUUAUUCGUUAAAGUUUCUCGUUUUAAUUAAAAAUUUUAAAACCCAACUCUAUUAACUACAAAAUCUGUGUUGACGAGUUUUCAAACUUAGAGGGCACUUGUUUAAUAUAAUUAAUUAUUCGGCGCAAACUUAUAUAUCAUUAUAAAAAGACAGAUUUGUAUUUUCAUGCCGACUUUUAUAUUUUCUCGUCGUUAUUCAAUUUGUCAGGUUUACUUAUAUUAUUGUUAUUGGAGACAGGUAUGUUUAGAUACGUAUAAUAAUAUAAUCCAUACAGUUUGAAUUUAUUGAUAAAUGGCAUUCUCUGAACAUUUUUUUUUUUUUUUUACCCUAAGUAGUUACUAAUCAAGUUUUCUCUUUGGAACAUUCGGAGUCGCAGAUUUGAUUUGUAGUGUAAAAACGAUUGAAAUGUUGUGAAAUUCUUGUUAUUUUGUAGUUUCCGCAGCAAUACAAACGCACAAAGGAUUUUUUUUUUUGAACUACAAAAUAUAAAUAAUAAUUAUCGCGACAAUAAAUGAGAAAAAUUGAUUCUAUUUUUUCUUUUGAUCUUCUAAUUUUCUAAAAAAACGGUUUGAUCCGCAGCUAUAGUAUUUACUUCAUUAUUUCGAAUUCAUAUUUUAUACUCGGAAAAUGUUUGUAUUAAAUAUCCAAUAUCAUAUAAUAUAUAAGGGAAAUAUCAAUAUGUACAUGUAUAUUAUAUGGACAGUAUGUGAAUUUUGAGUUAUAAUGAAAAUCGUUCGUUGUCUACAGUGUUGUAUUCUAUUUAGGUAAAUUGUCAAAAUAUAGGUAUACUUUUAUCUGUUCUCUGUCUAGAUAAACACAAAAUAAGUUAUCUGAGAUAAAUCGUUGAACCGUUUAAGCAAAUAUUUUUAAACAGUCAUUUAUAUAAUAUUAAAAGUAAUAGCUAAAAUAGUCAAUUUAUAUUAACGUAUGGUUUAAUAAAUAAAUUAUUAAGUUACAUCAUUCAUAAAACCUUUUGCGAAAUCUAGAUGUGUACCAAAACUGGGGCACUUUUGUGCAUUAGCACAAUGGCAGAUAAUGAACUGAUAUUGAAUAAAAUUAUCUUUUUUCCUAGAUAAAACGUUCCUGUUUAUUUGUCUUUAUCAAGACAAUUACUCUAGAAAUCAUUUCUUAUAUCUUUAUAGAGACAGUGUAGUAUUGUGUACAAUACUGGUCGUCUGAAAUCGAAUUAUUUUUGGUCGCGUUCAGUAUCGUGUUUUCAAUUCGACGUGCAACAAUUUCCCAUCGUUUGAAAUAUUUAAAAUGAAAUUACACACGCACCGUUCAUUCGAGAGUUAAAACCGCACUGCGUGAAAUAGAUAAUAGUUUUAUUGGCGAAAUACUUUGGCUGAUCCUUUUCUAUACCUACGUCUAUUGGCCCAUCAUUAAAUAAAACGUUUUCUCUCGUAUACGUUUGCCGAAAAUGGAAAUCGUUACCAUAUAAUCGUGGCCAAUUCUCGGAUUCGGUAAAUAAAUACAACCCUGUUUGGUCGUAUUUAUUUUUAUUUGCCGUACAAAUUCGCUAUAUUUUUUUGUUUUUAGAGGCAUUUUCGCAGUUAGGUGUUCAUUUUGGAACCUUAUAUUUUUUUUUCUUUAUGGUUUUUCGCAUAUUGGUUAUUAACUAUGGUGUGCAUUUUUAUUAUGUUACAUUCUUUCUAUCUAUAAACACGACCUGCUAAAAAUUCGUAUCAGUUCUGCAGGAGUUCCGUAUGGGAGAUUUCUAUGUUGAAAAUUCGGUAAAACAGGAAAUAUUAAAUAUGACGUAUUUGGUACACACGAUACCGCUGCUUUUGUAAAAAAGAUAUUUUAGUUCUUUAUCUAUUAUAAAUCAAAGUGCUAAGUGCGAAGAUAGUAAAAGUGUAUCAGAUCUGGUACACAUCUAAAUUUCCCAUAAAGAUUGUGUGAUUGAUUACUUUAUUUAACUGUUAUUUAUUAAACACUAUAUUAAAUUAAUAUUAAGUAUACUAAUAAUAUAAAUGAUGAUUUUAAGAGAUUUAUUUAGAUUAUUCAAUUUAUUCGUCUUAGAUAACUAAGGUAGUAUUUUUCUCUAGAUAUAAAAUAUACAUAUCUAAAGAAAGCACAACACUGGUUUUAUACCUUCUGUUUUGUACUGAUAUUUUCUCAUGUCUAUCGUUCACGAGACGGUUUUUCAAACAAAAUAAUAAUAAACUGCACGCAAUUAUGUUAUCGGAAGGCGUUGGUCCGUGCAAACGUCGUCGUAAUAUUACAAAUAAUAUGUCACUCGGUUGUGUCUGACGUCCUCGGCUGGAGUCGGAGGUCAUCAUUCGCCCACGACCUUCUUCGAUUCAAAAUAUACAUUUACUAUUAUUAUAAUUAUUAUUAUACAGCUCAUUACAGUCACACGAGACGAUGUUUCAGUCAUUUUUGGCCCUACCCCACGCAUUUCCGUAUUUUCGUUCACUGCACGUCAAAUUAUACAUACAAUGUAACAAUAAUAAUUAGGGAACGGAUUUAUUAUUAAAAAAAAAAUAAAAUUUGUUACAGAAUUCGCAGUAGUAUCUUCUAGUUUUUACUGAAAUAAGUAAAAAAGAAAAGAAAAAAAAAAACGGAUACGGCUGAUAGGUAUGCCACUGUUGUGGUUGGGAAGUGUGAAGGUAGUACACAUAAAGUUAUAUAAUCUAUCGAUAAAUCAUUGCUAACGAAAUACAAUUUUGAGCAAAGUUCGUUUAUACCCUAUAUAACUUGUUUUUAAAUACAGUAAUUUUUACGAUUUCCAAUUAAAUUUAAUAUUAAAAACAUUUAUAAAAACUUAUUAAAAAACUAAAAGUAUUAUGUAAUUAAGAUAGAAUCCGUUUCUUAGAAUUCAUCAUAUUUCUGCAUAUUAAUUUGGCGUACAUAACUUCAAAGUUUUGACGGAAGCUAGGAUCUUAUUAUUUUAUUAUGACGUGUUUUUUUUAUAUCUGUAAACAAAUUUAUGGUCAGAAAUCUUUCUUUUAUCAAAAACUUUAAAGAGAUUUAAAUUGUAAAAUUUUUGAUCUAGUUAGUGUGUUGGAAAGGUAAUUUUUUGACUUCCUUGAAGUUUUUUUUAAUAAAUGGGAAAAACUGGUCAUUUGUUUUAUAAUUUUUGUUGCAUUCUGUAUUACAACGGAAAAAAAUAUAACUAAUAAUAACUUCGGUCAAGAAACAUGUUUCAUUAAUUUUUCUUUGCUUACACAUAUAAAUUAAAUUAUUCUAUAAAUAAUUACUCUUUUUACUCUUUACCUCUUUACCUUUCUCCUAAAAUAGUGUCAUACACACCAGCUGUAUUAACUUUUUAUACAUACUCGAAAGUGGCACGAAAUGACAAAGGAUACAUAGAGGUUUAGGAUACGUUUGAUAAGCUUGACGUCGAAUUUUCCCGGACGCGAUAAUCUCGACGAAAAUAAAACCGUAGUUCGAUAAUUCGCUAAAUAAGAAAAAUAUAUUUAAGUAUACAAUAAGUACGAUAUACCCUAUACGAAUUCUAAAUGAGAACUUCCGAACGGUUUAAGUCUUAUCUCCCGUUGAAUACCGUCACGUUCUUUGAACAGCCUUAUGUUGAAAGUUUACCGUUCAAAUUUAUUUAAGUUGAGAAUCCAUUUUAAUCAUACGAAAUAGUAAUAAUUGUAGUAACCGCGUGAUGCACAUCGAUAUCAUUAUUAUUAUCUAUAACUCGUGGUUCAUUAAAUUUUGUGAACUCCAUAUUAUUAUUUGCGCAGUCGUCACUCGUCGUACCUAAUUCAGUAACUUUGCUGUUGAAUAAUAAUAUUAUAUUUUAUAUUAACGCGCGUGCGAGAGAAAAUUAAGUGUAGACUACCACCGCGAGUAACGCAAGCGGAAAGUCGGACGUUCGAGUGAAAAAGUGCCAUCUAGAUUCUUGUGUAUAACUUUUCGGGGGCGAGAGUGUUUUUAAAUUAAGACGUGAAUAACAAAAACAACGACAAAAAAAACCUAUCACCGCUUGUAGUAUUUUAAACAAAAACUUGGACCAAAAGAUUUAUUUAAGAAACUUCUCUCGUAACGAUUCAAUUUAUAUUAUUUUGGGAUACAGGACGGCGGUGGUGCACCUAAUAAUAAAAAGAAAAUGUGCGUUAAAAACAAAAACAAAAUGACUGAUGCUGCUGAUGGGUGUGCUACUGUUUUAGGCGGGAAGUUUUGAGGAAGGAUAUACAGAGUAAUUUAAUUUAUAUAUGUACCCAACCAUAAGCCAUCGCGAAUGAAAGACGAUUCUGAACAAAGUAUUAGUAAUCGUAUUUUUUCUUCAGUCAAAGUUACUCAGAAAUCAACAAAAAUGAUAAAAAUUGUCCAGAAAAUCAAAAAAUCUUAUCAAUUAGAUGAAAAAUGCUAAAAGAAAGUUUCUACGAAGUUUUGUCCGGAGCAUAAUUUUUAGUGAAAAAGUUAUUUACAGACACAAAAAAUAAUAAAAAAAAAAAAUCAUCCUAGUAAAACUAAUAUGAUCAUCGCUUCACUCAGAAUUUAAAAAUUCAAUUGAACAUUUUUGUUUUGUAUUUUAUAAAUGUAAUAAUUUAUAUUAUUACUAUAAUAUAAAACAUAGGUACAAACAUUUUAAAACGUUAAGCGCUUAAAAUAAUUUCAAGUCAAUUAAAGUGUGUGGAGUUAUUUUUUUGGAAAAAAAAAAAAUAUAAAAAUUCGUCGAUACGGUGCUUUUUAGGUGUUCGCAAAGUACCUUAGGUAGUUAUCCGAUAGUCGAAAAAUGUCCCCGUAGUCGAGGCGUAUAGGUAGGUAAUUGUGCGAGAAAACGAUGCGCAAUAUAUAUAUGCACAUUGUAUAUAUAAAGUAAAUAAACUAUAGCGAUAAAAAAAAUAAAAAACACACGGUUCGACAAAAACGAAGACUAGGUAUUAUAUACGCCACCACGUAUAAUAUAUUAUUUCACCGAGGUCGCAAUGUUUUUAUCGCGAAUACACUUAACCGUCGAAAACGGAUAUCACCGCCCACGACCGUUAUAAAAAAGAAAGGGAAAAAAAAAAGAUCCUAACUAAAUCGAGUCGAGGCCGCACAGACCUACGCGAGACCGACUUAAAGGAUACGUAAAAGUUCCUAUAUACCAGCGAAAACGCGAAUCGUAAAAUGCAAAUGCCGGGCAAUUGACCAAUUUUGUUUGAAACUAGUUUAACACAUAGCUACCGUGUUACUGAUUAUUUAUACAUAUAUAAUAUUUACCAUUUAUACUUGAUAAGGGCUUAAUUUUCAAGGAUUUUUUUCUCCAAGUCAAUUAGUGGUGGUCUACCUAUUCAGGGUUGUUGUUCUGCUGGAGGGGGAGGGAUUUAAGUCCCAAAUCAUGUAUUUUUUUUCAAAGUCAAUAAUUAUUCCUAAAUAAUAGUGUUUUUUUUAAAAUUUUUUUAUAUUAUUUACAUAUUAAAAACAUUGUUGUGAUAAUUUGUAAAAUUAUAUUAAUAUUACAUGACAAUUAUUGUAUGUCACAUAAUAUACUAUACGACUCGUGGUCUAAAAAUAUACACAAUUUUGUAGUUAUUUAUAAAUUAUUAGUUGAAUUUUUGCAUUAUGUAAGUGUUGUUUAUUUAUGUCUUUUGUUAAAUCGUUCUCAAUAUUGACUAAAGCCAAAUUAUCAAAACUAUUUUGUUCCGUCGAAAAACUGAACAAUGUUUUUAUUUUUCUCAUAGCCGAAUUAGUUAGUUUACGAGUAGCAGCGGGUCAUAGGAAGAAUUAAAGCUACGUUUAUCAUUUGCUUUACAUUUGGUAAUACUAAUCUUUUUGCAACUUGUAUGAGAUUAUCAAGCUGUCAUUCGUCUUUCGCUAUUAUAUUUUUCUCAAAACAUUAAUUUCUGCUUGUUGUAUGUUCUAAUCAAUUUUCAAAUAGCUUUUGUUGUUAUCAAUGAAAAAGUCUGAUUUAUGAAUGUUUAAUUUCAAAAAAUUACCAAGAUCAUUCGACACAAAUAACCUUUCAUUGAAAUCGUUAUUCUUUAAUUCAAAAACUAUAUUGUCCACGAUAGUAUACUGCAAAUGGCUAUUUAUUAAUGUAGUAUUGAUGUACGUACAUUAUCUACUUAUAGGAGUACUUAUUAUUUAAUUUAGCCAUGUUAGAUGACACCUAACUGAUAAGAUAAAAUCUAAUUAUGUAAUUCGUAAUUUAUGUUAUCUAUACGUAUAAUGUUUAACUCUUCAUUAAGAGGACACUAAAUUAGUCCCCUUUAAAUACGGCUACAAUUAUUUGAAAGUCACAUUGACAACUGUAUUUUUGUUUUUCGUUAAUACUGCGUUCGGGCAAAACUGUACGGAGCAGCUAGUUGUUUUAAUAAGAUAUUUUUUUGCUAAUGAAAUAUUAAUACAACGAAAUUUAUAUUUGCAAAUACGUAUACUAUAGAAAAGUAGGUCGUAAUAAUAGUAUACUAUAAAAUUUAUAAUUAUAUUUUUAUUCAUGUUUACCCUGCGCGAAAACUUACGAAUCAUCGUCCAGAAAAGCGUGAAGUUUGUUUUCGCGGUUAUUCGGGUCGACAGCAGGAGACCUGCAGUGUAGUGUAUAUAUAUAUAUACAUAUAUUUUAUUAUUAAUAUUAUAGGGUUUUUUUCACUGGUUUUUUUCUUUUUUUCCUCCACUGUCCAUCCGCGAAAUUUGUUCUCCGUGUCCAUAAAACGCUCGUGUGAUGUCUACUCUGGAAUCUUCUGACGGCCGUAAACGUGCACGUGGAGCGUUACAAAUCUCUGGGUCUCGUGUACUGCUCGCACGUGUGACAUGUGUAUUUUUUUUCUUCAGUUUUUUUUUUCCAAGCCACGGCUAAUUAUUAAUGUAAAAUAAUAAUAGUAAGAAUAAUUGCAUCACGAACAGACUGUGUCGUCGCAGUGUUUUCACUUCAGAAAAAGUGAAUGAAAAUCGAUUUGUUCGCUGUAUAUUUAUUUUUCAAAUCACAUUUGUAUUAGAUUAGCUGUGACAAAAAUAACAACAACAAAUUAUCACGCUCAUAUAUUAGAUUCUGUAUAAUAUUUUGUCAAUAAUGAAACUAAAUUAGUUUUAUGGUAGGUAUUCGAGAUUUUAAAUAUUGCAGUUUACGAUUACACAAUUAGUUCUCAGAUACUCAGUCAUCGUUUAUCGAUUUCUUUUUCGUAUAAUUUUUCGAGAAUAACACGUUUACAGUCUUGUAAAUAGUACUUUUGUAACAUUAUUUAAAUAUCAAUCAGUUAUGAACCAGCGAAAAAGGGUAUAAAAUUAUGUACUUAAUUUUAGGACAAGUGAAUACUGCCAAAGGUUAAGCCACUCCUGUGAGUCGGUAGCUACGAAUACAUAGCUAUGGUAUACAAGAUAAUCGUUGUACUUCUAUACUGUAUGCAAUAAUUAGUGAAAUAUAAACGGUUCUAAACGAAGAAGAAUCAGUUGCGUUUAUUUCCUUGUUACCUGGAUAACCCAAAAAUCAAUAAAAAUCAAAAAACAAAAAGAGCUGAUACUGGAGACGAGCGCAGCCACUGAUGUAGGGGGGUGUAGGAAAAGUAGGAUACAUAAAGUUAUUUAAUUUAUAUACAUACGUCAUAAAUCAUUGCUAAAGAAAAACGAUUCGUAUAGACAUAUUUUGAAAUGCCGUAGUUUUAACGAUACAAAUUAUAAAAAUUAUACUUGUUAAAUCAGAGCGAGAUAUCUGGCAGAAAAGUUGCUUGCAAAUACAAAACACAAAUUAUUGUAAAAGUAUUUAAAUCCCAGCACUCGAAUACUAUGCAUUAAUCAAAUACUUUACUAGGAUAUAAAUCGAGUAAAAAGAAACCGACUAUUAUACAAUUAUAAUAUACCUAUAGUUAAUAAGUGAAUUUAAUUUUUUGUGUUUUAAUUUUAAUUGAAUAACCGAAAUACUUUCGCAGUAGGUACAACCACGUUGCAGUUGGCACUAAAAAUUUAACUAAAUAAGUUAUGGAAAACUUUCGAAUUAACAUACGAACGUCAACAUUAAUUAUCAUUUAACGUUAAUUUAACAUCUUAAUAAUAUUAUAUUAAUUUAUCGUACCAUUUGUUUACGAGUUAAAUCAAUUAAGAAUCGUUUUAUUUAUUUUAUUUAAUUUGUUUAAAUUGAUUCAAUAAAUAAAACUCUACUUAAGCGUGUGUGUUUUAAAAUAACGAACGCAUCCGAGCGGAAUAUUAUAAUUGUAUGCAGCUAUAUAAAGUGUUUAUAAUUUUUUGAUUAGGCGGUGAAAUACAAUUUUAAUUUUUCAUGGAAUACCUAUCUCAGCAAAUUAAGGUUUAAAACACACCUAGCUGUUUACUGUCAAAAAAAAAACUCGAAGACGAAUAAUUAUUUAGUAUACCAGUUAUAAUAUAAUAACGUGUUGUGUAUACGUUUUGUGUUCUGUUUGGUUACAUAAUGUACCCAAAUAUUGUAAAAUGAAUUCAGGACCUCGUGUAGUUCUUUUUCCGUUAUAACAAAAAAGCAAAAAUUCCACGAAAGAAGUGAAAACAUUUUUUCCCUCUGACCUAUAUGGUUACAAAUCUAGGGUUAUUUUCGAUUAAAUUCCAACGUGAGGAAGCGAUGGCCCCGGGAAAAGUAAUAUUGGAAAAUAUGAGGUUUUAUUCUCAAUUUUCAUUUUCCUGUCAGGCGUACAUUGAAACAGUUUUUUGAUAUUCCGUGUAGUUUUCUUAAAAAUAGGAAAAAUGGAGAAAACAUUUAAGAAAAACAAUACAAUUUACAAAAACAGUGGUUUUAUUAUUAUUUAUUAUUUGUUUUGAUUGUUAUUCAAUUAAAAAUAUUAGUAGAAAUCUGAAAUUUUCCUAUAAUUUAUUAGCCUUUUUUUCACAUUUUAUUAUUAUUUAUAUAUAUUUUAUAUUAAUGAGUUUUUUUCUUUUUUAGCUUUAAUUUAGUAACUGCGUACUAUGCAAACAAAAUUAUGCGAAUAUUCAGAAAUGUUUGAAAAUUUAACAGGAGGUUCACUAUAAGUUGUACUUAGGGGUUGAUAAAAAAAAGUUAAGCGUAAUGUAGUGGGUAGUUUAUUUCAGAAGGCAUUGCAGUGGCUCGUUUUUUUUUUUUUUUUUUUGUCAAUUUGUUCUGGCUAUUAUGAUUUCAAGCGAUAUAAAAUAAAGUUGAUUCUUUAAUUACACAACGCACGUGUACAAAUACAGGCUGUUAAAAGUUAUACGAAAGCUAUCGCUAACGAUAUAUUGAUGGACCCUUUGAGUUCAAUUCUAAUUAGAACGGUUUUUCAAAACCACUUGUUCAUUCUUCGUGAAAGUCACUAAAAUUGCAAAUUAUUAUUUCGUAUUUAUGGUAAUUUUCAACUAAAUUUUAUAAAACGUAUAUAUAUACAUAAAAAAAAAAAUUGAAUAUCAGAUUAUUACAAUUAAAUAUUCUAAGUAUAACGAAGAAAUUAUUAGGGUUUUAUAAAGGCGUGUUUAAUUUUUUUCGGGAAAUACUUUUUUCGGUUAGUAUAUAAAUGCUCCAAUAUUUCCAUACCAUAUCUUCAAAGGAUGCGGAUUUUCCGCUUGAUAAUAUGCUUUAUUUAAAUAUUCUUCUCAAGUUCUCAAUUAUUUUUUUAAUUAAAUCAUAUAACUCGACAGCAAAUGUCGAUAAAUUGGUUUUAAUUUGUUGAUUUCUGGACUCCCUGUUCGCUAAAAUACCAUAUCAGUUAACCGAACUCCGUAAACAUCUUCAUUUGAUUGCAAAUAUUUAUCGUUUCUUUUAGUAUGUAUACUUUAUCUUAAAUAUUAUAAACGUUUCUCCUAUAACAUGAUGGUCUGUAGUUUGCCGACAAGAUACUUCAAUAUUCGUACCUGUAUAAACAUCAAUAUAAAAAUAUAUUGAUUUUCAGUAUUUAGAUACACGAUAUUAGAUACUUAUGUAUAUAAUUGUUGCUAGAUACAUACAUUUGAUAUAUUUAAAUACUUAUAGUUACUCGAUACUCGUUAUUAGAUACAUCAAAAUAAAAAUAUUAAAUAUCUUAAAUGAUACGAUUGUUAUUUAUUUGAAAACUUUUUCGAAAUUCUCAACAAUUCCCUUUAUUUUCAUUCACUUUCAACUUUUAAUGAAUUUUUAGAAAUAUCAGUGAGGAAAUGAUGCAAUUCGGAUCCAGAAAGGACCAAGUACCUAUCUAGAUUCUAGAAAUAUUUAUUUCAGUACCGCAAUACAAGAUGCUCGAUUAUUUCUAAAACUGUAAUAUCGCAGUAAGAUAUGAUUGUAUUUUAAAAUAUGUAUUUAAGAUACUCUUGUAUUGAACAUACGUAUUUCCAAAGCUUACCUACUGACGAUGCGAAGUGUAUUCGGAUUUUUUUAAUUUUAAUUUUUUGCACAUGUUUCAGGUUACGGCCAUAUCGCUCCGAAAACUUUGAACGGAAAAAUCGUAACGAUAUUCUACGCUAUUGUCGGCAUACCUCUGAUGCUGUUGUGCCUGUCCAACAUCGGCGACAUAAUGGCCCAUUCUUUCAGGUUCCUUUACUGGAAAGUAUGUUGCUACACGUGCACUAGACGACAGAGACGAGUGCAGUCCCUGCGGAGGUCUCGUAGUCAAAGAUCAACUACGCGCUCUCAUGGGUAAGAUUUUAUACUAACUCGGCCUCCGUUUCAUAUUUGCAUAUGAUUAUAUUUUAACGUACAGCUACACCGUACUAGCUGCAGUCGAGUCACGUUUUGCUUAAUUCCCUAAUGACCGGUAGCGAAAUGUUAUAUGCGGUCGGUUACCAGUUACUAUUAUAAUAAUAUACGAGUUAUAAUUCGAUGUAUUUAUCGGUUGUGCUGCAGUAUAUUCGAACAUUUGGUAGCACAUGAAAACAAGAGGCUUUAGGAGGACAUGAUAAUUACCUAGGGAUAAACUCUUAUACAAAUAAAUAACCUUUUCAAAAUAUUAUAUAGAUACGUGUAAACUGCGUGUAGUGAAUAAGCCAUUUAUAGUUUUACUAUAAAUACGUGUUUUUUCCCCUCAGAAAACACUAUUGCGGUUUGUAAAAAGUUUAUACACCAUACCUUAAAAAAAAGUGGAUUUUUGCCCAAUAGUUGAAUUCCCAAUAGUUUUUAUAAAUCGAUAAUAAAUGAAGAUAUAUUGCAAGUACUAUGCGGGUAUUAUUUUUGUUGAUUUAUCAGUUAUCUUGGCUACAAGGAAAAACACGACCAAUUGACCUACUCAGAAUUGUUUUUUAUUGUAAUAAUUCAUUAUUGCUUUUAGUUUAUAAACUAAUUUACUCUAUACUUUCUGAACUUCCCACAACAGUGACAAGUGUAUACCUUGUAUUUUUUUCUAAACAUAUUUUAAUUGAGACAUUAGAUAAUAAGUUUAACAAAAAAAAAAAAAAAAUUCAAUGGAAUAAAACUUAUGCUUAAAACUUAACUAACGAAUUACAUUAUUUAUUAUAAUUAUUUCAUACGUUUGUUAAAAUUUUUUCACCAGAUCGAGGGCCACGUCGCUCAAGAGAACGGGACGAAUAUCGCAAAGAUCAGCGGACAGCGCUCUCGGAAUGUCCGAUUGUUACACCAGGUCGUCGUAUUCGGACACCGAGUGCAGGUAAGUACACUAUAUAUGCGUAUAUAAUCCAAUAUACCUACUACCGCAAUAGAGUUUUUGAGUAAAACGCGAUCGAUACUUUUGUUUUGUUAUUUUAUUUUAUUUUUUUUAAAUUGCGUUAUUUUGACCAUUCCGCAGGUACUACGACCGAAUGGAAAGAGAAUACGCGAUGUUCGGGGGCGUUAUGCCCGGAAAGGCGGCCCCAAAUCGAUACUCACAGCAAUCCAGGUACUCGGACACGGUGCCGUUACGCAGACAUUCUCCGGCCAUUAAGCCCAGAUCGACCAGCCAAAACAGCGGUCCCCGAAAUAACGCCAACUAUUACCACGGCCGGUACCGAGUACCAGGUAUGGUAUAUAAUAUUGUUAUGAUCGUUUUACACGCGGUUUUUUUUUAUGAUUAUUACUAUGUCGCAUAUAUAAUUCGCGGAAAAUACGUAAAUAGGUGUAUUAAUAUUUGUCAACUCGUAAUUAUUAUUGUUCGGCAUUGGCAGGCUUGUUCGCUUUGUAAAUACUAUACAACGCACAUACAGUAAAGGCAUACACACUAUUAGUAUGUUAGUAUACUACUCUAUCGUUUUGUUUUAAUAUUGUUAUACAAAUGCGAUACAAGUCAAAUAAGUCCGGUAAUGACGUGAAAUAAAUAUACAAAUCUGUACAUGAUACACAUAAUGAACAUAUUAUAAUAUAUUGUCAUAAAAAUCGGAUGGUGUUAAAUUUUGUUCCACUGGUUUUAAUAUUAAAUGGAAUAUGGCCUACGGUAUCAAACUUAAAUGAAAGAAAAAACAUUGCCUGUGUUUGUAUUUAAGUUUGUUUAUUUUUUUUCGGAAUUUGAUUUUUAAGCGAUCCACAGAUUUUUUUUAAUUGUAAUAUUUCACAUACCCGCGUCUCGCUUGAAAAUUAAAAUAUCGAAAAAACAUCAACGCACAAACACGGAUGAUAUUCUUACCUUUAAGUUUUAUAACAAUCAAAUGUAUUCAAAUAUAAAAAAUUAACAACCUAAAAUUAGAUGUAUUGAAUCAAAAUUUGACAUUAUUCAAUGUUCAACAAUAUAGCCGUGACAAAUUAUAAUAUAUCCUGUUUUAUUUCACAAAGUGGAUGAAAAAAUUGAUGAAAAUCAUACCGUGUCAUAUAGAUGGUAUAUAUUACACGUUCAUUUGUCUAAAAACAUCAACAAUGAAAAAUAAAAAUGAUUUACACAUCGGUAAACUCGUAGUAACUCGGGCGUGUUAAUAGGAAUAUUAAAAUAUUACAAUAUAAUUAUAAUAAAUUAAAGGUUUUUUUUUUUUUUUUUUAUUUGAAAAUAAAAAGGAAUAAUAAAUCUAAUAUACAAAAAUACAAUUUCGAGACUUUGCCGGGCGGCGACGGAAUAUUUUUUACAAUCUCAUUUCCAACAAAAAUAACGUCUUAUUUUUCAUCAUUUAUUACAACGUAAAGCGUAUAAAUGAGGAACGACUUUGCUGUAAUAUAGGUACGGUACGAGAACGCCGUGUAUUUAAAGAAGAAGUUUACUUCCCCCUCGGCGCACAAUUUGUAAAAUACUCGUAUACCUACAAAUACAUCGUGUACAUCUAUUAUAAUACUUAUUUACGAAUACACGUUAGGUACAACACGAAUUUAUACAUAAUACACAGGUAACGUACAAAUAUUUAAUAUAAUUAAAAUGGCGGAGUAAUAGUACAAAAUAAUAUACACGUGUACGCAUAUUAGGUAGGUACGUUUAUAUUGCGUUAAAGUUUAUUUCCAUAAGUCACUUUCAUGUAUGAAUAAAUUAUUAUCAAUAUAUAUAUAUAUAAAAUAUAAAUCUACACCCGUAUUAUAAUAAUUAAUACUAUUCUAUGAAUUUAAAUACCAUAUGAAAUAAUCUCUUUUGACGUGCCCCCUGCCUUCCCAUUAGUUAACCGCAGUUCAUGAUUGAGUUGGUUUUCCUGUUAAAUCGCAACAUGGUAUAUUUAUUAGUGAAUGUCCUUUUAAAAAAAUUCACCAAGAGCGGACAAACUAAACCUUCAGGUUAAAUUGUGGACGUUCUCCGGUUAUCACUCGCCCUGCCGUGGCGCGUCAUUGAAGAUAGUUAUUUUAUAGAGUUUAUUUUUCCGAUAGUUUAACGUACCAAGUUUUUAUUUUUUAUUAAAAUUUGUGAUUUUUAAUAAUUCUUUAAAAUUCAACGAAAAGGAGUGUACAGUAAAUUAAUCGUAAUAAUAAUAAUAAUAAUCUAUUAGAGAAUGCGAUUACAGCCUGCUGCAUAGUCGUAGAUACUUUUCUCUAAACUUUAAAAAAUUAUUAAAAAUCACAAAUUUAGUGAACAUUAAAAGUUGAUACAUUAAAAUUUUCAGAAAAAUAAAUUCUAUAAAAUGACUAUCUUCAAGUUUUCAAAAAUAAUAAAAUAAAAAGUUAUCUUUUCAAGUUUUGAUCAAAGCUUAAAAAAUGAAUUGCAAUAUAAAUAUUUGUAGUCAUUAUCUCUGUGAGAAAUAAAAAAAACAGAAUUUGAUCAGCUUUAUUAUCUCCGGAGACAUUACAAUGGGUAUGACCUUCUUGGGAUACCCUAUAUAUAAUUAAAUUGUUUGGUACAAAAUCGAACAGUUCAUUCGUUUACUAUGUAUUUGUUAUAGUAGGAAGCGGGUAAGCAAAAUUUCACUGCACUUGAUGCAUAACGAACUUUUUACUGUUUAUCCGCUUGAACACAGAUAACCUCUUUUGAAAAAAUUUCCUGAAUCGCGAUAUUAUUAAAAUGUGUUAAUUAGUGAUACUUAAAACUCUAAGGGCACUUCAAUAGUGAAGACAGAAUGCAUAUUGUGUUUACUCACUGUAAGUUAUAAAAUAUUUAUUAUUAUUAUUAACCUAUACGUUUAUACAUGCCACAAUUGUAAUAGUACAACAGUAGUAUAGAUUGACAUUUUACGAGAAAAUAUUAUGUACGCUUUUAAAAAUUUUAACUGUAGGGCAAUUAGAUUAUGUUUAACAUUCCUUUCCUCCCGGAAAUACAAUUACCAAUUUAUAUAUAUGUUUUUUGGUUUUAAUAUGUUGUGUUUUUUUUUCUCGGAAAACACUUUUUUAACUAGUAAAAAUGCACCAAGUUUCUUAUAAUAUAUCUGGAAAGAUGAAUUAUUUUCGCCUGUUAGUACUUUCUUUGAAAUUUUUUUGGAAAUUCUCAAUAUUUUUCCAAAAAAUAGAUUUUAAUGUUAUGUUUUUUUUUUUUAAACACUUUAUUAAUUAGAUACAUUUUCGAAUUUGUUUACGCAAUAUCUCGAAAUAUGCGCGAUCCAUGACCGACAGUACUUGGUAUUACUAUAGUUGCUUUUUGUGACACAUAUAUUGUAGGUAUAUUAAAUUCCCGUCUGUAUCCUACCUUCCCAACGUUUUGUCUGCAACAGUGGCUGCGAUCACGCGCAAAGAAUGUUCGUCCUUUUUUAAAUUUUGUUUUUUUUUUUAAAUGGAAUUUAAUUUGAAAUAUGUAUAGAGACUUAAAAUAUUUAUAUAUGCUUUUUUUAGAUGUGGUCAAAUUUUCAAAAUAUUUGAGUCAUUUAUAUGCAUUUAUUGUCUGCAAAUUUUACAUGUCUUUUUUAUGUGGUGAAUGUUUUGUGAAAGAAAUUAGUUAGACUAAAAGUUUUUAAGUCAGACUAAAAUUGUAAAUAUUACGACCUUUUAAAAAAUGUAUAACCUAACUUCGUUCCGAAUCGUUUUUCGUAGGAAAUGGUUUAUCAUUGGUUAUAGGUAUAAAUUAAAUAACUUUAUUUAUCCCACCUUCCCGAAUACCCACCCGUCUUCAGUAUCAGCUCUUUUUUUGUUCUUUUCGGAAAAUAUUUUUGUUUUGUAAAAAGGCCCUAUAUUAUUCACAUUGUAUUUUAAAAUAUGCGGGAUUUUCGCCCAAGAGUAUUAAACAAAUAUCUAGAUUUCCAACUUUUCAACAUGGUUUUAUUUGAGCAGGCUAGAAUCAAAGCUCUCGCAUGUUUCAGAUAAAUGGGAAAAUGAGUUAGCGACAAUGUUUUACAGGACUUUUGAAAAUGAAUCCUAGUCUGUACCAAACGAUUCGUAUCCAAAACGCACCAGACCAAGUUUAAAAUUAACCGGAUUAUAAUAGCUUGUUAUGUAUUCAUGAGUUUUUAUUAAUAGAAUGAAAACAAUAUAUUCCAUUUCAUUAUUUUAAACUGUUAUUAUCAACCUGAGUGAUUUUUCGUUUGCAAUAAUUUAUCGUCGUAUACGGUAUACGAUUGACCAUUGACCACUUACAACAGUAUUCUAUGGUUUAUAUCGAAUAAUACAUUUAUAAAUAAUCGAACUUAGCCUCCACGACCUAACCUACUCUCGACGAAAUAUUAAUUUUUGCGCGUACGCUCGUCAUCGUGUUCAAAACUAUAACGCGUAAUAAUUUAUGCGUUCGUGUACCUACCUAUUUUAUUUUUGUCUGCGCGUUAACAUCGUCGUAAAUUUCUUUUUUUCUGGAAAACGUGUACAGUUUUUCUCCGUUUUCCCCGGCGCAUACGGAGAGUACGACAUUAUAUUAUUAUAUUUAAACACGAGAUACGUUUUAUUCGUACACCUAGGUACAUAAAUAUUAUUAUUAUUAUUGUUAUACCCGCCGACCAAAAUAUGAACUACUGAGCAAUACAGCACAGCUAUAUUGUAAUAUAGUAUUCCAUGUACAGUAAAAACGAGGUAGCUGGUAUAGCUGGUAUCUAACACGUAAAUUGCAUUAAACGCAAUAAACGCGCUUUUUACGUGAAACGAAUUUUAAAUUGACGUUAUAAAUUUCGAAUUUCAAUAUAAUAAUACUUGCGCCCGUUGAUACGAUCGCAAAUGUAACGUUCUAUUGUCAUCAUCAUAAUAUAAUAUUGUUGGACUUUUCAAUUUUGUUCAAUCGUUUGAAAUUCGACCGUUCGCGUUUUUUUUUUUUAAUAUUCCGUAUCGUCCUUACGCACCUUUAUUAUUACGAGUAUUAAUAAGUCAUAGUUAGCGAUGUGCCACUAGAAAUAUUCCCAGUGGAAUUUCCCUAGGAUCAAAAUAUAUUUCGGAAAUAUUCUCCUACUUCUUGGACAUUUUCUCGUGUUUCAUAAGUGUUGUUAAAAGUCGAAAUGAAAAGUAUUUUAGUAUGUUUUUCGAUUUUUUUUUUUUUACGAUUAUUUUUAUGUGCAUUUUUUUUAAAAUUUAUUUAUAUUUAUACUGAAGAAUGAAAUUUAAAUGUAGCAACUGGGGUGAAUAAUAUUAUAUCAAUGACUCGUAGAAUAUAUUAAUAUAUAUAUAUGUAGUUUUUUGUAACUAAUCAAUUGUUUUACUUCAAUAAUAUCCAUCGACGAUGCCAACGAAUAAUGACGCAACUCACUUUUAUCAUUUUUCAAGUCAGCAGUUUAAAGUUUAUAAUUUCAAAUUUGAAUUAUGAAUUUCAAUUUUUAUUUUUUUAAAUAUUUUUUAAUAUUAAACGGAAAGGUGUUAUUGUGUUUUUAUAUUAUAUUUCGAUAACUUAUGGAUAGUUAAUUUCUACAAAUGAAAUAAAAAUAAAUAAAAAGUUAAUUUUCGGUAGAUAAGACAAUAUUGUAGUUUUAUAAAUUAUUUUAUUGAAAAGCUAUUUGGAUAGUUACAGAUAUUAUCGUUUUCGUAGAAAAAAGUGAAAAAGAAUGAAGCCUGAAAAAGUGCACGAUGAUAAAAAGUUAGUUACGUCAUUUUUCGUUGCCAGCGUUUAUGACAAGGCACCGGGGUUAUUUUAGACAAUCGGUGGAAAUAUUUCGAUGGAAGUAGAGUAGAUUAUUCCUCGGCAAUUUAAAUAUGAAUUCUUCAAAAACAAACAAAAAAGUCGACUGGGAUUAAGCGAUUUUUUUUUGGCGUUCAUUUUCUCUUUUUUCUAAAAUUCAUAUCCUUAGUUUUAUUCAGUAAAAAUUAUACUAAUAUUUUUUUAAAGAAAGCCCUAAAACAAAUCAGUGUCGAAAAAAAAAUAAUUGUCUAUAUUUUUAAAAAUAAGUGUUUUUAUUUAUUUAUUUUAGAUUUUGAAUGGAUGGAGAAAUAUAUUGGUUUUAUAAUGACGUUUAUUUUUUUUUUUACAAAGAACACUUUUUCUGUCAGAAAGUUUACACAGAUUAUCAAGUAUAGCACUUCUUCUGAAAGGAAAUUAUCUCUGGGUGGUACUUAAAAGAUGUAAUUUUUUGAAAUUAUCAUUAAUAUUUGAGAGAUGAGAAUAACCUGGUUCUUUAUGUUAAAACAGAUCGGGAGUUUAAAAAUAAGGUUAUAAAUGGCAACCGUUUUUAAUUUUUUUUUGUUAUUAUUAAGUUUUUAUUAUUUUAAUAUUUUUUAAACAAUCAUUAUUGUCAUGAAAAUGUAAAUUGUCGUAAUCAUUUUACCAUAAUAUGACAUACAUGAUGUUGACAAAGCAAGACUGUCAACCGAAGUCCACUCAGAAUCGUUUUUCUGUUAGCAAUGGUUUGUUGUUUCUUAUAGAUAUAUAGGGACAUUAAAUUUUUGUUUGUAUCCUACCUUCCCAACUUGCCACCUAUAACAGAGACUGCAUUAAUGUGCGAAUUAGGUCUGUCCUUUUCUUAAUACUUUUUAUGUACUGUAACUGUAUGUUAACUGUAGAGUUUUGUUUUAAAUCAAUUUUUUCUCCCUUCGUGGUACAUUGAAGAAACUAUGUAAAAAUGAAAUUCAACACAUUUUAAAAUUUGUCUCUGAUAACUUAAGUCUUAUUUUGUAGUACUAGAGCUAAUUAGUGAGCUCUAGCUAGACUAAAUUUAACUAUGUUUAUUUUUACUUGGUAGAUUCAUAAAUAUCCAUAAAUAUUCAAGCAUACAAUUAUUUAAUCUUUGGGCUAUAAAACUAAAAUCAUAAAAUGACCAAUUUGUUUUUUUUUUUUUAAUGCGCAUAAGGUAUAUAAUUAAAACAAUAUUUUUUAUUCUUCUUUAAACACAUAUUGUUUUUUAUGAAAAAGUUGUUGGAAACAAUCUGUUUAAAACAGCUAACCCUGUUAAAACGUUAAUUAUUAGAAAGCUCUAUAGUUUUGUUUAUAUAGGGUGAAAAUUUGUAUUUUAGAUUUUGAGUAGAACGAGGAAUGUAUUGGUUUUACAAUGAUGGUUUUUUUAAAUUUUUGUGAACACUUUUUCUAUCAGAAAACAUACUCUGAUUCUCAAGUACCAGCACCAGUUCUGAAAGUAAAUGUUCUCUGGGUGGUACUCUAGAGAGUUUUUGAAAUUCUCAUUAAUAUUCGAGAUAAUGAUGAAAACCUCGGUCUUGAGGUUAAAAAUAAUUGAAAGAUUAAAAAUAUAGUUGUCAUUGGCAACCGUUUUUAUUUAUUUUAUUAUUUUAAAUCUUUUUAAACAAUCAUAGUUGUCAUAGAAACGCACAUUGAUAUAAUCAUUUUAUUAUGACAUAAGUAUAUAUUGUUGUCAACUGAACUCCGCUCAGAAUCGUUUUUUAUUUAGCAAUAAGUUUAUUGUUGCUUACAGAUAUACAUUAAAUUUCCGUCUAUAGUAUACCAUCGAAUUUCCCACUUACAACAGUGACUGCAUCUACGUGCGAAGUACAUCCGUCCUUUUUAUUUUUAUUAUUAUUUUUAAAAUGAAAAUUAGAAUGUUAAACUUUUAACUAGGGGACAGUUCAUGAAUUUAUGAAGUACCUGACGCUGAGGGAAAUAACUGUUAAUUGUGUGAUUUUGGAUUAAAUAUGUACUCCGAUGAUGGCACAUUAAUUUAAGUGCCUACAGCGACAGAGAACCAACACGCAGACCAUUUUAUAUUGAUAACAAUAUACGGAUGGGAUUGAUUUAAUUUUUUAUAAAACGUUAGUGUUUCAAAGUAGUUUUUGGUUUUUUUUUCAGAUCCAAAUUAUUCGGACGGCGAUCAAUUGGACGGGCCCGAAAUGAUGCAGCAAGUACCGUCAAUUUUGUUCAACAAAUACGCGCUGGACAGAGACGAAUCUAGGAGAAGUGAGUUUUUUUUUAAACAAGAUUUUUUUCGUCGCAGUGAUUUUAAUUUUCAACGAUAUGGUGAUUUAUAAUUUAUAAUAAAUAAUGAUAGUUCACAAAUAUAUGAGGUGAAUGCUAUAAAUGAAAUAAUGUUAAAAUUGCGAUUUGACAAAAAGUUAUUUAAAAAAAAUAAGUAUAGAUUUAAAGCUGAUCGUUUAAUUUGUUGGUACACACCGUUUAAAAAAAAUCCUUCAAAUAAACAAUCGUAGAAAGUAAACAAAAAUUAGCAAACUAAACAAUAUUUAAAAGUUUGCUGAAUCAUGCUUGUCUAUGUAGUAAUAUUUUUAAUUGUACAACUUUGUAUAAACUUUUUUUUUUUAAUUGAAUAGAAUUUGCGUCCAAAGAGUUAAAAAAUAAGUCUUUUCGAGUUUUACAUUGAAAGGAAAAAAAUUAAAUUAAUUAUAUAAUCGAAUAAUCACGCUAACAAGGAUAAUAAUGUAAAGAAUUUGGAUUUUAAUUAAAACUAGCUGAACCUAUUUCAAUAAUUUAAAAAAUCAUAAUACAUAAAAGAAAUUCAAUUUAACGGUUUUGUCUAUUUCCGCCCUUAUCUCUAAAGUAAAAUGUUCAUAGAAUUAUAGAAUUAUAUUAUUGUUAAAAAAAAAAAAUUCCGAUAUGAUUUAUAACAAGUUAUUAAAAAUACUAGAAAAAAAUUAAAUUUACAUUUAUAUAAAUGUAAAUUGUCUAUUUAUCAUGAAAAAAAAAAAAUCCCUGUAUAGUGUAUAUAUUGUUAAAUAUAAUAUUUGAUUGUAUAUUAUUUUCAUGAACAUAUUUUAGUUACGUGUAGGCUUUCAUAAUAUUAAUACAAUGUCACAAAUAUGUUUUCGUAUAGAGGGGCGACCUUGUAAAUAAAUUAUAAUAUUAGUACCUACGAGCGACUUCCUUAUUUUUCCGCAAUAAUAUUCGAAAUUAUUAUGCGUUUCGAGUUAUUUUUUGAAUUAUUAUUAUAUUCAAUUCAAAAAUAUCGCCGAGUUUAUGCGUAAGUGUACUAUGACGAUAUCAUAUCGUGAUAAGGUUUAUAUGGUUAUAAUCAUUAGGACCCUGAUGUUGCAGUUGUAUUUUGCAACGUUUAUUUCUACUACGGGUUAUAAAUUUACUGCCUAUUACGGUGGUAUUAAAUAUUUUUAGAACCACGACGCAAAUUUUCCCUUGAAAAUUUAUCGCAAACCAUAUGGUUUCAUUUUACAAAAAAGCGUUCAUGAAAACGGCUUGGAGAAUCAAAAAAUUACUUCGGUAAAAUACCACUCUAAUCAGAUUUCUUUUCAGAAAAAGUGCCACAUUUGAAAAUCAGAGUAAAAUUGCCGGUAGAAAAGUUGUCCACAGAUAAAAUACACCACAAAAAAAAAAAAAAAAACAUUACUGCAAAACCAAUAUAUUACUCGCUACGCUCAGAAUCUAAAAAAAUUAAUUUCUUAGGGUCUUUAUAAUUCAAAAUACUUACGUCAUAUAUGUUGUCCCGUUUCAUUUUUCUUUUUUUUCACUAAGUAGAACGAAGUUUUUCAGAAACUUUUUUCAAGAAAUGCCAUGUAUAUGAACGGUAAAGCCGUCGCGCAAAAUUAUAAUGGCUUAUAUAUGUAUAAAUGGAAAAAAAAAAAUAUGUUCUAUAUUACACUUUCAUGUGUGCCGACCACGUUGGCUUAAAACAUAAAUAGCACCAUCACGGCGACAUUCUCGUUUCGUGCGUGUAUGCAUAAUGUGAUUGUUUCGCGCUCAUUUGGCUCCCUCGUAAAGCAAAAUAUUUAAGCGUUCCGAACCGAACGCAAUAAAUUUCAGUAUUAUAACAACUUGAACAGCGUAUACGUUUUAUCGAGAUUCAAAGGCGGGUUUUGGGGAUUUGAGUUUUAAAAUAGUCAAGUAUUAGAAACACAACAAUAAUAUGUUUUAAAGAAUACCAAACUUCCCGAGAUAAUUCGAUUAAAAUAGAUAUUACGUUAUAAUCUAGAUACGAAUCGUUCACGAUUUAUUGUUGCUUACAAAUAUAAAUUAAAUAACUUUAUGUAUACCAUACCUUCUCAACUCUCCACCCUCGAUAGUGGCCCGCCCGUCACCGGUAUCUGUACGAAUUCGCUUAAAAAUAAUUAAUAAUUUAAUGCUUAUUUACUCAUAAUAUUUAUAUUAUAGGUGCAGAAACCCCUUGCCAUUUUACCCCGUUUCCUUAAAUAAAAAUUAUACUUUUAAUUCUACUCUUAACAUUUGGAUAAACGCUGGUAAUACUUAUGCGUUUGAUUUUAUGUAAUAUUUAUUGUCAAUGAUUUGUCUUUAAUUUAAUUGAUUUGUUAUGCAUAUUUCUAAUUCAGUUGAUAUUACAACAUAAUACUAACAAUGUAACUUAUAUUAUGCACUACGAUAACACUCAAUCAUCCUAGUGUUCUAUCAUAAAUAGCACACUAGUCCGUUUAUAUUUAUGAAAUAAAUAUAAAAAACAAUAAAAUCAGCCUGAAAAAUUAUCCUCCAUUUUCAACAUCGGUUUGAAACGUUUUUCUAAAGAUUUCGAUGUACAUAGCACUAAUAUUUCGAAUUUACCGUUUUCAAAAAUUCAUACAUUUCAAGAGAACUUUUAAUUUUUUUUUGCUGAAAGAACCACCUUGUAGGUUAAAUAAGUCGUUUACCGCAAUAUUUUUCGACACCGUGAAAAGAGUAGUGAGUAUCGCUGACUACUUUAUGAUAAUGACAAUGCCGAACACGAGCAAUAUUUCUAAAUGUCAUACGCAAAGGUUUUCUAUUUGUUUAUUUAUUUUUUUUAAAUCGAUCGAAAGUGUUUAUGUAUUAUUUUUACGGUCGAAUACGUUUCGCGAUCAUAUACGAAUUAAAUAUUAUAACACUUUAAUGGCACGGGUAAUUUAUAGGCGUAAAAUAUAGACGAAUAAUCAACGAACAAAAAAAUAAGUUUUCGAGUAGUAUUUUGUACUGUAUAUAUACUUGUGAUCGGUCCACUUUCCUUGGGGACAUAUUAUUAUUAUUUUGUACCUAAUAGAUACUGCCUAUACAAUAUUAUUGGCAAAAAAAACAUGAUAUUAGUUUGUUUUUUUUUAAUUUUUAUUUCAUAACUGUAUUUCAUUUUCAAUUGAUAUGUAUACAGGUAGAUAUUAAUGUAUUAUGCGGAUACAGAUGACUUGCGAUAAAUAUUUUUGAUAUUUGUACCUUUUUUUGUGUACAUGAUUUUUGUUUUCAUAUAAAAUUAAUUUCCGAGAAACUGUGUUUUACGUCCGGUUUUAAUAAUAUAUAUUAUACUAUGUAGUUAAUAGCUAAAAGUAAAACAAAAACUAAACAAAUAUGCUACGUUAAAUUAUUGCAGAUGAAAAACGAUUUUGAGUAGUUCCGCUAGAAUAUUUCUGUUUUGAUGAAAUUUAAUAUUAAAUAUUGUAUUAAUUUGUGGUUGAACAAUAAAUUACAACUGUUCGUGUUUUAAACGUUUUUUUUUUUCAUAUAAAUUUGAAUGAAAAAAAAACGGACAUACUUCACACGAUGGGUAGGCCAUUGUUGUAGUUGAGAAGUUGGGGUAGUAGUGAGGAAAUUUAAUGUAUAUCUGUACGCAACGAUUAACCUUUGAUAAUGAAAAACAAUUCUGAGCAGAGUUCGGCUGUAUAUGUUUUGAAAAUCCGUUAAAUUUACGAUUCAAAAAUAAUAUAUUUUGUGAAUUUUCCCGUUUUUCACGGUUAUUACGAAAACCUCUGGAAACAAUCAAAAUGAAAAUAUCCUCUUUAAAGUAUCACCCCAGUAAGAUUUCUUUUCAGAAAAUGUGGUACACUUGAAAAUAGGAGUAAGAUUUCUGGUAACAAAGUUGUUCAAAAAAAAAUAAAAUACCAAUGUAAAAUCAAUGUAUUCCUCGCUCUACUCUUAAUCUAAAAUAAAUUAUAAAAAUGUUCUUCAUCCAUAAAGCAAAACAAAAUAUUAAGUUGCUAUACAAAUAACUCGUUAAAUGUCAGAAGUUGGAAUGUUUUACCACAAAUCUAGAAAAUCCAGCUGAUACAAGACGCAUUCGGUGAAAGUUUUCUGGUCUAGACAAUUUUUUUUUCAUUGAAUUAUAACACAAAAAAAAAAAAAAAUAAAAACAAAACCGGUGGAAAACAUUUGGUAUAUUUACAUCACGUAUGAUAUACAGAGAUCGCGGUUUAUAGUGAUCGAAUUCGUCCGAGAGUAUUUUGAUCACUUUAAGCGGCGACUCCGAAAAAAAAUAAUCGUUCAUUAAUGAAAAAUAAUUGCGCACAACUAUAUGCAACUAUAUACAUACACACAUACAUAAGUUUUAGGUUCUUUCAAAAAAGACGGUGACGUGCACCGGUUUUUUUUUUUUUGGUGUAGAGACCGUCAUGAUUUGUUCUUAUAUUGUUCAACGUAGCAAAGUAGUUUGGGCCUAUGCCGUGCUCUUGUAUUAAUCGCGUUGUGUACUUCACUCUUGAUAACUGCAAGUACCCGUUCCAAACAUAAAUCGUCGCUCAUUACGGUUACAUUAGAUUAGAUUUGGUCCGUAAACUAAUAAUCGUCAGGGUGUCCCUCCUUUUGUGUAUUGUGUAAUUUCUAUUUCUGGUAUGAUUAUUUCUGAUCGCUGUGACCGAAAACCUGAACACAGUAAGUGGCGAAAAAUGAACUGACAACGGCUGUUUGUUUCGUUCUUGGCAUUUCUGAUUACUAUAUUAUCAUAACCAGUGAACACUAUACGUGGCGACCAUUGUGUAUACAUAUAGAUACUGUAUAGUCGUGUUGCCAAAGGAUUAUUAAAACCACAAGAACAUCAGCGAACACGGGACGAUGGCGUAUUUACGAAAAGGAUUAAUGUGUAUAAUAUAUAUACAUGUAUAAAAUUAAACCGAAAGGGAGGGGGACACCGAUACACAAUACACAAUACACCUACAUACACACACACACAUAUAUAUAUAUACAAAAACCUACUGGAGCAUAUCGCGAAAUUGGAUUAGGUAUUAAUAUGAUUAUAUGGAACUAUUUUAGUAAAGCAGCAUCGCCUCCUCGUAUAUAAUAUAGAAAUGUCUCGAACGUCCUCCCUUGAUGAUAAGUCUAUAACAGCGUUACCGAUGUUAAGCUUUACGAAACGCUCCGAAUUAUCCGAUCCCCGUGCCUAGUCGUUCACCGUGACCUGUUAAGUAUUAUUAUAAGAGCUCUCUUUCAUAAUCAAUGCGCCGUUACGGUUAUGUAUAAUAACAAUGCCGGUGUUUGGAAAUAAUGCAUUCGUUAAAUUCAAUUCCUUUUUGGAGCGAUGCACAAACGCUAAAUCCGAAACCUAGCCUAACCAGUCUUUAUCUCGUACCUUUUAUUAGUUGAUUGCAAUUUCGUUAUUGUAGAAAAUAAAAUAGUACUUUUUUAAGAAAUUGUUUGAUAAGGGUUACAUUUUUUUAAUGCUCAUGAAAACUCAUUCUUAUGUACGUGUGUGUUUCGCGUGCGUGCAAACGUUUGUGAGCGGGAAAGUUAAAGGAAAUAUAUCUUCACGAAAAGCUUCCAGGGGGAAAAUUAUUUCGAGCAAAAUAAGAUUAAUGCGUUAACUGGUCGUUAUGCUAAUAGAUUUCGUAUCUUAUAAUAUCACUAUGUGCAUGUACUUGGUGUCUCUGUCUUACAAGCGUACGGCAAACGCAAACUUGUGUUCGGCAAAACCACUUUAAAACUGUUAAUUUUGGUAUUAGAGUGAAUUAUCAAAUUUAAACGGAAGAACACUAUUUGUGUUGGUACGUUGGUUUUUCCGUUAAACAAUUUUGACAUCUCGUUUAAAUGUGUACGAUAAAUUCGGGGGGAACCCAACUUUCAAAUACAGAUAAUGUUCUUACCUUUAUGUUUGAAAUAACGGGUCAAUUCACUGUUAUAUUGAAACUGGAUUGAUACGAUUCGCAUGCGUGGUGUGGUUUUAAGAAGACAGAGACAACAAAUGUGCUCUAUGAGUUAAAAAAAAAAAAAAAAACCUAUACAAUUAUCGCUACACUAUAUAUUUUUUUUCAUAAUUCGGUUUUUGUGUUUUCGCAGUUCGUCCGAAACAAGGCGAAGAGAUCCGCCGGAACCUACGUGGCCAUUCGGCCGCCCCGAACCUGGCUACGGAAAAGUCGUCCACGCUACCGCACGGCGCGGGCACAUCGCGAGCGAACAGUAGCCGGAGCAAAACGCCGCAGCACCUGGCCGUGGACAUGCCGCCCAUGAUGGACGACCACGACCCGGACGAUUACAACCCGAGACCGAAAUUCCGGUCGAGACACCGGAAUUCCAAUCAGAGUAAGUCGCCGCCGCGAUUCGUGACGGAAUUUUCCGGCUUUGGCGACUGGUGGUGGGGGGGGAGGGGUUGUACGCGGGUUCCAUACGAAAAUUUCGCCGUCGCGCGUCGCGAAGAAAACACGCGGGAAAGUCACCCGCACGGGCCCAAUUGUUUUCCGGGGUUCAUUACGCAUAUACAGGAUGAUUCGCUAUGCGAGCUCACCCUGUUUUUUGGUGAAAUUUUGCACGUAUUCGAAUUCUGAUUUUUGAAUUUCUGAAAUUUUAAUUGUCCUUAAUGCCGAUAUUUUCAAAUACUUAUAUUUGUUUACAACAUUUUAAGAGUUUCCUGUGGCGAUACUAACUUUGGUUUUUCAAAUGAGAGUCUAUAUUAAAAAAUGCCAUAAAUAUACGGAGUGUUAAUUUAAAUACAUUUUGGUGUCAACAUUUUCGAUUUUCGUCAACCCGUUCACGAGAUAAUCCACUUUUUAGUUAAGGUAGGGGGAGAGUGGUAGAGUACGUCUAAUAAAAUGCAGAGCGUCGAGCCGCCACACAAAUGAUACUCCGUUAAUAGAUAGAGUAUCACUUUAAAUAAAUUUUGGUGUCAAAAUGUUUGAUUUUCGUCAACCCGUUAACAAGAUAUUUCACUUUUAAAUUUAUGUAGGGGAGAGUAGUGGAGUAUUAUUUGUGUGAUGGCACGAUGCUCUGCGUUUUAUUAUACGUGAUCAACUACUCCCCCCCUACCAAAUCUAAAAAGUGAAAUAUCUCGUUAACGGGUUGAUGAAAAUCAAAAACGUCGACACCAAAAUGUAUAUAAAGUAAUAUUAUAUCUAUUUAUGGAAUCCAUAAUGUAGGUUCUCAUUUGAUAAACCUGCAAAAUUGGUAUCGCCACAGAGUAUAUCGAUUUUAACUACCUACUCUUAAAAAUUACAAAAAUCAGUGUUUGAAUACAUGCAAAAUUUAACCGAAACAAUGUGGUGAGCACGUUUAGUGAAUCACCCUGUAUAAUGUGUAUAUAUAUAUCUGUACAGUACGUCCGUUUUAUUUUCGGCCGACCGCCGUUCUCGCGGAAUCUCGUCCGUCGUGAUAAUAUCAUUUAUUACAUUGUGCGAUAAUAAUAAUAUUAUACGCCUACCCGAGUUUGUUGUAUACCCGCGAAUCCGUGGGAAAUUUGACACGGGUUAAUGAAUUUAGAAUGUGGCGGCCCGUGACCAAGUAACUGUUCCGGGGACAGUAAUUAUAGAGAUUUUCUAGGGGAAAAAAAUGGUAUAGCUGAUGGGUGUGCAACUGUUUCAGAAUGAAUGUUAAAAGGGAGGAUAUAUUAUGUGGUAAUUUAGUUUAUACCCGUACUCAACGAAAAACCAUUUACUAACUAAAAGUGUGUUAAUAGCCGUAUACUUUUCUUUGUUGCUAAGAUAACCCGGAAAACAACAAACAUUUAAUGAAAAAUUGUCGGCUUUUCCCAUUUUUUAAGAUAACUACGAGCUAAAAACAAAAAAUUAUCUGCUCAAUGCACCGACUAAAGUUCCUAUAAAGUUUUUUAUUGGUACAAAAUGUCUGGUAGAAAAGUUGUUACAGACACACUACACAUACUCACAAAGUUAAUAAUGUUCUUUUCGUUUCCUUAGAGUCUAAAACGCGGGUAAAUGUAUAAUAUUAUUAUGUAUUCAAGGGCUAAAAUAAAAAUAAAUGUGUUAAAGAAAAUGUAUACGUUCAAACGUGUAAUCGAUUAUUUUUCACGUUGUGAAUGAUACACGGUAAGCUGCUAAAAUAUUGUCUAGGGUCCCUUUUCUUGCUCUUUUAGCCUCCCCGCCUCUUAAUUUAACUCUAAAAACGAAUGCCAGUCCCGUGACUGUUAGCAAUGGAAUUCGAAAUUAUAUUAUCCUGAAAUGUUCUCGUUCUGAAAAUCCUCGUAUUUUUUUUCCCAACAAAUGUUCAGAUAAUAUUUUAUCGGUUAUUCAGAAUUCAGUACAUUAACCAUCGCUCAUGUAUGCUCGUAAUAUUUUUAAUGCAGAAAAAAUAAUAUAGCUAUCGUUUCGAUUUAUGUUUUCUGAAAAAAAAUCAUCUGGACAAAACAAUAUACCUGGAUGUUGAUUAUAGGACAUAUUCUUUUCGUGGAAACAAUUUUUUUUUUUUUUUUUUAAAUAUAAUUUGCAUUAUUUGUACGUUAUUGUCGCAUAUUAUAAUAAUCUUUUCAAACAUUGAAAACGCAGUUUUUUUUUUAUUAUAAUCAAUUUCAAAUAGAAAUCGCACACUUACAUGUCAUUAUCCACUGAUUCCGGAUAAAUCAUUAAAAAAAAAAAAAAAAAACGUUUCGGUUUGGAUGUACGAUUCUAAAGAAAUUUUCGAAAUGUUUAUUGAUUCGUAUAACGUUAUUGCAACGUUAAUGAACCAACAAGUGGCUAAUAAGAUUUCCUCGGUCUUUCAUCAACACGAUAUUGCAUGUUGUACAUAAUAUCACAGUCGGUUCGGAUUAGAACCUCUAAUCUUAUAUCCUACCUACGUAAUUUGCUCGGCGCUCGAAUAAUAUAAUAUAAUAUACGUUUCACCCUUCGAAUAAAUUUAUAAUCAAGCGGAGUAAAAUUAUCGAACGAAAUCGGUCGGACAGUGGCGUUUACGGUGGUGCAGUAUCUAAAGGAUCGUUGCGGUUCUUUUAUGUCAUUUUAUCUGUGAUUUGUAAGUGCACGUAAAUAGCGAGUCUCUGCGGUCGUAUAAUUGCGGGUUUCGGGUUUAGCGUUUUCAUCGCGAAUAUUGCGCGUGCGGUAAACCGUUGUCGGUUCUACACACACACACACACACACACACAUACACACACACACACGUAUAUGUAUGUAUAAAAUACAUAUUAUUUCAAACAAAGGAAGGAUAAUAUUAUGUAUACAUACAGUUGAUCCGUCGGUCGUGCGCUAGCGUGGACCGAGGGUUACCUACGAAUUAUACCGCGGUGCUCGAGAAAACGGUUUUCGAGGGGCGCACGUGCACGGUGUAAACACCGAACAGUAUAAUAAUUACGUAUAUUAUGUAUAAAUAGCGUUUUAAUUCACUGGCAACCCGUUUCGCCAUUAACCCAGAGAUUUUAUAACUGUACUCGCGUGCCGGAAUACCAGUAAUGUCGCACCCGGUAGCUUUGGGGUAGCGUGUCAGGUAUAGUGGGACUAGUAUAUUGUACGGGCAGUAGCACGGAUCCUUUAAUCUCGCAUCAGAGGCCGCGACGAAAACGCGACGUUCGGAUUAUUAUCGUGGCCGGUUUCCCAUUACUUUUGUUUUGACCGGUUUUCCGGCGCGAUACCGAAAACGCUCCGAUUUCCAGUCUGUUCUCAAAAUGUUAACCCUUACGCCGUUUGCGCGGGCCGAACCCGGACGCGGUCUGUAAAUACGCGUUCCGGCCGGCAACCAGAUGUUCGUACAUUUAGGUUUCCGACAUGACCGUGACCGUGGACGAAAUCGUCGAGACUAAUCGCCCGCGAUCGGGGGACACCGAUGAUGAUGAUGAUGAUGAUGAUGUGACAUAAAUCAUUAUGCUCGUAAAAAAUACCGAAUGUACUCUGUCGAGGUGCACCCGCGACGGGUUUCGGUAACGGUAUACGGUUUUCGGGUUUUUUUUUUUUCCAUCUGGUUUUUCUUAACAAAUUAUUCGUCUUUUUCUAUAUGAGGACAAGCCGUGUCAUUAUAUCGAAAAAUUAAAACCUUUUUUUUUUUUCUGUUUUCGUGGAAAUAAAAAAAAAAAAAAAAAAUCUAAUACCGUAAUAGUAAUUAAUGUUAAUUUGUCGAUCACCUAAUUUCUACUUACACUUUUUUUUUGUUAAAUUAAUGCGUAUUUCUUUUUCUUUUUUCGGUACGUUCACUAUAUACAUAAAUAUACUCGUGAAUAUAGGUGACAGCGUGAAUACAAUAGGUACAUAGUGUGUAACCGAAGGGAAAAAUGACUCUAAUAUUUGAUCGUGAUUUGUACAAUAUUAACGGAUAACUAAAUAAUGUUAAAAAAAAAAUCUCUUUAAGAAUUUAUCUGGCUAGCCAGUGCGUAUAUAAUAGUAAACGUCGGUAAAUUAUGCAAAUAAAAAAGAAACGGCCGAAAUUUAUUUUGUUGCUAGUAAAACAUCGUUUUAUAAAAUCAAUAUUAAUUUUAUUCGAGGGAAAAAAAUCACUAGAUUGUGUACGUGACUUGAAAAAAUAAACAUUUCUUUUUUAUAGUAAUUAGUAUUACCCUUAUUAACCUAAUUUUGGGUUUUGUUGAUAUUUUUAUUAACGUCAGUCGUCUCCUUGUAAAAAUCGUCCCUCAGACAUUCCGUAAAAUAUCAGUAUUUAGAUUGCUAAUUCAUUCCGGUAUUUUUUGUUAAAAACCGAAUCUCAUUUCGGACGCGAAUCACGAGAAACUAUUUAUAAUUUGUUUUGUAUUAUUUUCAAUUUAGGUUUGACGGAAACGUGUUUCGCCGCGAACUUUGCUCGGAGACCAAUUUUUCGUUUGUAAAUUUAUAAGUUUCUAAUGGCUUAUUGUCGUGUACAGAUAUACUUACUGAAAUAACCACAUAUAACAGUGUGACGCGUGCCCGUCAUCAGUACCCAUCGGCUAUAUUUAAUUUUAGAUUCUGAGUGGACAGAAGAAGCUUAUGGUUUUACAGAGAUGUUUUUUCCUUCUUUUUAUCUGUGCGCAAUUUUUCCCAUGAACAAUUAUUUUACCAGCGAUUUUUUUCCGACUUUUAAUGAUAACAAUUUUUCCAAAAGGAAAUUUUACUAGUGAGGUAUUUUAGAGAGGUCAUUUUUCGUUUUUCCCAAGAAUUUUUUCAGCAAAUAUGAACGACCGUAAAUUAACACGGGAAAACCGGGAAUAUCGAUAAUUAAAAAAAUAUUAUUUUAGAAAAUGUACAAUGCUUCUUUAAUGAUUUUACUAUAGUAUGACAUAAAUAUAUUGUUGGCAAAGCAUCACUGUCAACUGAACUCCACUAAGAAUCGUUUUUUCGUUAGCAAUGGUUUAUCGUUGCUUACGGGCGUGCAUUAAAUUACCUAUGGCAGUGUCUACACCCGUCCCCAUUAUCUGAGAACAUCUUUUGUACUGUUAAUGCUACCGCGUUAAAUUGGGCCAAUGUCCGUUUGAAAUUAAAAUAAAUGAAUAGACAAAUGAUAUUAAUAAUUAAAUAAAUACGAUUUAUUUGGCUAUUUUCGUACAAAAUGAAUACAACACAAAAAGUGCACGGUCCAAAGCACUCCAGUGCUUUUUGAAGUUUUCGUUACUUUGUAUUCACGCGAAUUUGCCGUUUUAACUCGUCGACUCUAAACGCACUUGCAGUCUCGUCGCAGAUGCCGUGACGCCGAAUAGUAUUUUCGAUCCGACUUGGGCGAGCGUUAUAUUAUUAUUCCGUCUCGUAUAUUAAAUUGUUUACCGUGUAUAAAUUGUUUGCGUUCGAGUCGCGACCUAUAUCCACCUAUACACAGGGUGGGUUUUUUCUUUCAUUAUCAAGAACCUGCAAUUUUCUCGGAGAAUUUAUUUCAAGUGAAUUUUGUUUCUGUUUUUUUUUUUUUUUUUUUUUUUAUAAUCAUUAUGGAAUCUGUUAGGUUUAACAUAGGUAUGCAUACGAAACUUAUAUCAGAUGCAUAGUUUAUGAGUUAUAACCAUUUUAGGUUUAAAUUGGAGGUGUAGGGAAGGGUAAUAAAUCUCACAUCUAUUACCCUUCCCUGCUCCUCCUGUCUAAACUUUAAACGGCCAUUGCUUAUAAACUGUAAAUCUGAUAUAAAUGUUAUGCGUAUCCGAGUUUCUAGAAAAAUAUUCUCUAUUCAAAUCUGCGUUCAAAAAGGGGAGGUUCCUAUUCGAAAAACAAAAGUAUAUACUUAUUUAAGGUAUAUGGAAUAGGGGUAAAAAUUGAAAAUAAUUUUCAAAUAAAACUUAACCGACCCGUAAUGAAUAAUAAAAAAAAAAAAUCACCCUGUAUAUAGAUAUAAAUAAUAACGUCGACUCGAAACUAGAGUGUUCCCGCGAGAUAUUUAUGCCCGGCCUUAGGUAUAUAAUAAUAUAAUCCGCGAGAAAUCGUUUUUGCAGGUGUCUGACGAUAAUAACGUAGCAUAUAAAUCGGCCGUUUAUUCACUUGCAGCUACAAUCAUAAUCGUUUUGAAUUACUAAUGUUGCGCCACCCACGCGUACAAAACGCGGCCGCCCGCGUUCGAUCGCGUAACGAGCCGCGGGCAACGCGCCGCCGCGACGCGACUCGCGUUACUCGUGCGACAAUAACAAUAAUAUUACGAUUGUACUUUUUCCCGGCGCAUUCGUUCCGAUAACGUGUCGUCGGACGUCGGCACGCGCGUUACGUAGCGGAACGGAACGCACGCCGAAACGCGCGCGCCCGGACGCAUACGAAUGUUUCUGGGACCCGUUUCGGCACCGGGUCGGUGUUCCGGUCGGCCGAUUCGAAUUCGCGCGCGCGAACACUCGCCGUAUUCCAACGGAUAUUGUAGAAACCGCAACGGAAAUCGGCACUCCGAUCGUCGGUAUUGAACCCGGGGCCACAGCGGACAGCGGUUCACGAGCGCCGCGUUCGUCCCGCGGACGCGUCGACUGCGUUUCCGUCACCCUCGUCCGCGACGCCGGUGAACAACAGCUUUCCCGUGAAAAGUACGGCCGCGGUGUUACGCGCGGACAACCGCCGACGGGUCACUCCUGUCGCGCGUGUCGCGGAACGGCGUGUCGGCGGCGAACGUCCGUGUUCCGUACCGGGCCGACGGACGGAUAAGCGCGAUCAAAAUCUAAACCGCGUCGACAAACCACGACCGGUCUCGCGGUGUAAACAGAAAUGUCGACGCCUUUUACGUUUAGGACCGUCUCCGACCGCGGAGCCGCGGCCCCGUUCGAUCGCGACACCGGUUCUCCGUUUUCGUCCCGCGUAUUUCCAAGUAGCGCGCGUUCGACGGUCGGCCGAACGGGAGACGCCAUCGACGGACGGUAAACGUGUUCCGACCGCGAGAGAAACACGUUACGACGUUUGCGCGCGCGCGAUUGAAACGGACCGAUCGCAAUCCCGGUGAUACCCGAAACCGAUACCAGAACGCUAUUUCGUUAGGACAGCUGCCGCCGCGGUACGGUAACCGUCGAUAAUGACGCGAAUACGGAAGGAUUUUUUUUUUUUAUUAUAUUUCAGAGUCAUCAUAAUAAUAAUAGUCUCAUCGGAUUUGUUUCCGUGGUCGUACACCUACCGGUAGAAACGAAACCGCGGGGGCGAAAAAUAAUGGAUCCCCUAUACACGGCUGUGCUCGUAGGUUAUUUUUCUGUUUCGUCGCGACCCAUACCCGCCACGCCACACUGUACGGUAGGCGCGCCGUACGCGGAAUCACCGCAGGGAAAUCCAGGAGAUUAGGUUUUCGAUUUUCACCGCCGCUACAAUAACGUCACACGCGGGGCGAUUCGGCGUUUUACCGUACAAACCUACAACGGUCUAAUACGGAUUAGGCCAGAUGUUGGAUUUUGUACAAUCGUUACGAUAUCGUUGAGUAGAACCGUGGACAUUUUUUAUUUCCGAUUUCGUUUUAUUCGCAAAGUACUGACCAACACCUUACGUCACACGAUAAAAUGCGAUGUUUGUUGCGUGGCCUUGUACGUUUUUCGAUUAUUGUAAUGUUAUGUCGUGUUGUUGUAAUUUGAAGUAGGUAGUUGACAUUGGGAAACGUUUACGAUUUUAUUUUCUCGUCUUUAGUUACUACUUAAUUUAAACUAUAUAAUGCAGGUACAUGCAAAUUAUUACCAUAGUUGACGGUCAAUAUACAGGGUGUGAUUCUUUUAUCACGAUCCGGACAUUUUCUCGGAUGAUUUCAAGUGAAUUUGAUUUAUGUUUUUUUUUUUUUUAUCAUCGUUUAAGCUUUACUUUAACACUAUUUUUAAUUUGCACUGCUACUCCGUAUUUAUUUGGAAAUACAUGCCCGAAGACACAAAGUACAAAAUGUUAUACACAAGUAUGCAGUACAUUAAAAAGUAAAAAUAUACAUACAAAAUGUUUGCAUACAAGCAACUAGAGAAAUAAUAAUGAAAAAAAUUAACAAAAAGUACAUGCAUACGGUUUAUACACCCACGUAGGUAUACAAACUUACGUACUUUUAAUAUUUUCAUACCUGCAAAAAGUAUCCGAUUUAGAUUUUUAAAUAGAAACCCGCCCUUUGAAUCGCAUAUUCGCACUGAGAAUAUCUUUCUAGAAAUAUUUAUAUAUGUAACACCAUUAUUGGAUUUACCGUUUUAUGGGCUAUAACAGUUUAAAUUGCGUACUGGAAGUGUAGGAAAAGGUAAUCAAUUACAUAUCUAUUUUUAAACGAUAAAUAGUUAACGCUUCCCGAAUCCUUCGAUCUAACAUUUAAACUGUUGCUACUCAUAAACGGUACAUUUGAUAUUAGUGUUAUGUGUAUUAAAAUGUUUAGAAAAAUAUUUUCUAUUCGAAUCCGUAUUCAAAAAAUGGCGUGGCACUUAUUUGAAAAUACAAAAGCAUAAACUUACUCAAGAAAUACGGGACUACGAGUGAAAAAUCGAAAAGGUUUUUAAAAUAAAUCUUAAACAAUUUCGCGAUAGUCGAAAAAAAAAACAGAAAUUAAAAGCGCUUUUAAUUCUCCGAGAAAAUUGCUGGUUCUCGGUAAAAGAAUCACGGUGUAUUUAUACGAGUACUAUAAACGUAAUGUUUUACACCUUAACACUGGGUAAAGAUAGCCGCGGAAAUUAAAUGUUUUUUUUUUUAAUAUUUUAAUAAUACGAAGCCAUCGUAAAACAUCAUAUUAUUUAGUUUUCAUGCAACCGAUUAAUCCGACGAGCGUAUGCAAUGAAAACAUAGGUAGGCAUGAGUAUUAUAACGAUUAUUGUUUUCAAGUUUUCUGCUUUAAACACGCAUCAUGAAAUCUGUUUUCGUUUGGUUCAAUUCAUUAUUAUAAUUGUCUACGUACGGUACGGUACAUCGUAUUAUACGCAUUUUUACUUUUUACCUCACAGUAAUUUGGAUUUUGUUUACACCGUUCUUCUUUUAUCCGUAAUCGUAUGUGCCAUACUACGGUGUAUAAUAAUAGAUACAGUUUUAAGCUAUUCAAUUUACUAAGAUUUCAUUCCCAGAAAACAUUGGUUUGAGUAGUAAAACCUAAAGACGUUCCGAAUUUUUCACGCAUUACUCUAAAAGUUACUGCAUUUUUGCUUAAUGGUACAUACUUUAUUUGACAUUUGUGUUGAUUGUCUGAACUUUUUGAUACUUUUUCUUGGUUCUCGACAAAAGAAUAUACAUAGAUUUUACUUUCGCAUUACUUUGGCUACAAGGGCUAAAACACGACUAACAUUAUAAUCUUACCGGUUAACCGAGCUUCGCUCAGAAUCGUUAUUUGAUUGCAAUGAUUUAUCUUCGGUUUUAUUGCAUGAACUAAAUUAUACGCUAUGUGACAGGAUUUAUAGGUCCAUUAUAUACCUUCUCACCUACACAGUAAGUUACCUAUAACGCGAAGUAUAUCUGAUUUUUUUGAACACGGUUUUGCAAUAAUUUGAUGAUCGACGAAUUGGACGAAUCCAAAAAAGAUUCUCAUCAUAUACUUCUUUCAUCAAUAAGUUCUCAAUAAGUUUAACCCUGGUCAUAUUUUUCCUAACCUAUUCAUCUAUUUAUAAUGUACCAUAUUUGCAGCAUUUUACUACUAUUACUAUUGCUGUAUACAAAUGUCAUUUAAAAUAUUUUCUACUUAGACGUUAAAAAUAAAAUAAAUAUUUCGCCAAGUUAAUUUAUUUGAUUAAAAAAUGAACAUAUUAUAAACUUCAAUGUACCUAUAAACACUACAAAAAGUUCAACUAUCGCAAAGAAGUUAUAUAGGAAUUGUGUAAUAUGAUUAUAGUUUAAAAAAGUACGUGACCGUCUUAUAUUUUUUUUUAUUUCAAGUUUUGUGUUCAAACAAAAUCUAGUAAAGUUUGGAAUUUUUUUUUAGUUACUCUGACUAUAUAUAUGUAUAUAUACACUUAAUACAUGUUAUAUAAUAAUUUUAUUUUAAUAGAUACUUACAUGCGUGGUCGGUAACCUAAACGAAAUGAGAACCCACGAUUAGGUGAAUUGGGUAAGAUUAGAAAAUAAUUUUCGCUGAACUCGAACUUCGUCGGCUUUUUAUUUGAGAUAGGUCGAGAAUAAUAUUUUGACUUCUCGUUUACAUUUGCCUACCUACUAGUUUAGCAUGCGUCCCGUCUUUUCAAACGCGUUCGACCACCGGAUUAAUUACGCCAGUGCAUUAUCGCAUUAUCAGAUUCUUCUUAUUUUUCAUUUUUUCCCGCGUUUUUUUUGUUUCCAUAGCCAAACGUCUGGAAGUGAUGGCGCCUAGCCCACGGAUCAUGUCACCCCUGGGGUUCGCGGUCAACCGACAAUAUCCCCGGCGGUCGCCCAGGUACAACGACUACUACGACGAUUCGGACGCGUACGAAUUCGACGACAACAACCCCGACCACAUCAAACCGGUGCCUAUCUGGCUGUGCGUGCUUCUUGUGGUCAGCUACAUAAUUAUGGGCGCGUUCCUGUUUAGAAGCUGGGAGAACUGGGAGUUCCCGGACUCUGCGUAUUUUUGCUUCAUCACGCUAACCACCAUCGGGUUCGGUGACUUCGUGCCUGCCCAGAGUCGCUCGAACAAGGAAGGCGACGACAUCAAGCUGCGCAUAUGGUUCUGCUCGCUGUACCUGUUGUUCGGCAUCGCCCUAUUGGCGAUGAGCUUUAACCUCGUCCAAGAAGAGGUCAUCAGUAACGUGAAGACCGUGGCUCGGCACCUGGGCAUUAUCAAAGACGAGGAUGACGAGGAGUCCGAAUAAGAUCGGUGCAUCGCGAUGAGGUGAUCUAUCUUACACUCUACACGGUGUGGAGUGUUUUUAAUGGGAGAGGGGGGGGGUAUUGCGUAGUUUCAAAAUAAAAUCCAUAUUAUACACUUUUUAUCGCAGGUUUGAACAUGAAUCGUAAAUUGUAAUCAUUUUUCUAGAUUUCAAAAAACUAUUUCUCUAAAAUUAAACCAAAAUACCAUACGACAAAUGACAAUAACCGGGUUUUCGAACAUGGAGAUCUGAAAUUUUGAACUUAGGUGAAAUGUUGGUGUCUGACAAAUAUCUUUAAGCCGGAUUUUUUUAAAUUUUAAAUUAUUCUAUACGAUUAUAUUUUUAUUUUUUUUAUCCCAUUUUGUUUUCUUUAUAAAAUUAAUUAAUCGUUUAUUUCAGAAUGCUCAAAAGCACACAAUCGAAUAUUUUACAUUUAGUUGUUAGUUUGGAAGUAGGCACACAGAUGACAAUCACUUAUUAUGACCUUAAGAUGUUUGUUACCAUAGAAACUCACUAAGCAUUUUAUUGUAAAUGUUUUUUUUUUUUUAUUAUUUCAGUCAUCUCAUUUCUUCUAAAGUAGAGUUUCUAAAAUAAGCGAUUUAUUUAAAGUACGAUUUUGUUCAUAAAAAUAUAGUCUGCUUUACCAUAACUACUUAUUUUUAAUUAUGUAUACACUUAUUUAUUUUUUCAUUAAUUAUGAUAGAUUUAUUGUAGAAACCCCCUUAUGCGCAAUUUACUAAAUGUUUUGUUUCCCCUUUUCCAGCAUCCAAUGAGCUAAAACGACAUUAAGUUUAGGUUGGCAAUUAUUUGUAGUAAUUUUUGGAAGUUUAAAGAAACAAUUUUAGAGCCACUAUUAGGUAGUUUUUAUUGAUUAUCUCAAACAAUUAAACAAGUGAACUUUGGGUAAAUAAGUGAUUCAAAUAUUCUUUUAUUUUGGGAGGGGGGAGGAAGGGGUUGACGUUCAAGAUAUCGUGUAGUUUACAUCUGACUGUUUUUACCGAAAACUUUAAUUAAAUUAUAUUUUAAAACGAUAUUAUUUUAAAUUAAACCCUAAACAAUAAUAGAAUAUAAUAGAUACUUUACUUUAGGUAGUUACAUAUUUUAAUGCGCGAGAACUCGAUUGUAUGGUAUACCUAUAUAGUAUUAUGCUGUAAAGUUCAUUAUAUUGCGAGUGCAACAAAAGCGCAAUUCAACUUAAUGUAUAAUAAUGUGCGUACUUACGUAACGAAAACGAGGUCAUGAAUUUUUGAUAAGAAUCGGUCGUUUAAAUCUUCGGAGCUGCUAUCAUCCUAAUGCGCGGUACAACAGUAUGUACUAUAUUUUUAUAAUGAAAUGAAUCUCUGGAGUCACAGACCUGUAUUGAUUAAAUUAUUUAUACGUAUUUUCUAUUUAUAUUAUAAUAUAAAUUCUGCUCACGCUAAAAAAUAUACAUGUUGCUAAAAUAUGAGUAUUUUCAAAAAAAAAAAAAACGUAAGCCCGGGGAGGGGAAGAGGCCCAUUAUAAUGCAUGAUUUUCUGUCAGUCUCGGGAGUAAAAUGUCAAAAUGGUUGGGUCGUGUUUGGAGGGCAAAUGAAAAUCCAAUUAAACAAGAGGGUAUUAGAAUCGUCGGUAAAGUGUCCAGUACGGAAUGAAGAGACGGUGUGAAAAAAUAUUUAGAAUACAGACAUAUGGAAAAGUAUAUGGUAAUGUUAGCGUUAGGACUUCGAGUACCGCAAGUUGGUAAAAAAAAUAAAAAAUAAAAAGAAGGUUGACGUGAUUUUACCGUUGUUUAAUAACAGAGGAAUUUUCAAAGUAGACAAAUUUGAGUGGAGAUAGUAAUACCAACUUGCGUUUAAAAUGUUUAAAAAAAUCACAAUUCUUGUUAGAAAAAAGGACGGCAGUUUUUGAGAUGGAAUAAAAUUGUGUAUUACACAAAAUCAAAAAUUUUUUUUCGUACUCCUGGUACCAAAAACAAGUGUUCCAUUUUCUGAAAUCCUUGCAUCUUCCUCGAAAAUCUCUAUUGCCAUCAAAAGCCGAUCAUUCAGCCGAAAUAUUAUCUAUGGUACUGACAGUGGCGUAUUUUCAACUUAUUUUGAAGGUGAAGCAUCCAUAGUUUAUAACCCGUAAUUGCAUACUUCGGUAUACAUUAUUUCUUUAUAUUUUCUUUUACCAAUAAUAACGUUGUUAAACAUGUAAUUUUAAUUGUAAAAUGUUCAAUUCGAUCUUUUUUUUCUUGGUUCUGGGUAGUUCUGUAGGUACCCGUGAAAACGCUCCACUGCAAACGGCUGGUAUACCUUUUAGCUUGAACAUACAAUGCCAUUACAAAUGUGUAAUCUAUAACGGUGCAAACAAAAUAAAUAAAAUACUAACAAUUUUAUUUACUCAACGGCAGCAGACUGUACAGAAAUUCUGUAUGUGCGCAUACACAAUUUAUAGCGGAGACUGUCCCUUAUUUUCUUGGGUUUCCGGGUCAACAUCGUACAUACAACUUCCGUCAUUUUUCAUAACAAUAUUAUUGUUAUUAUACGGGAAUUCGGACGAUUAUUAUUAUAUUUUUUUUAAGUGCCUUUUUUUUCCUCGAGAAAUCAAAACACAUUACAAACACCGCUGCUGCCACCGUCAUAUAAAUAUAAUAUAAACUUUCAGAAACGGCCUUUUGAAAGCCUGCUAUUAUAUAGGUACGUAUACCAUUUCUGCUUGAUUUAUCUACAUUUUUUGUAUUCGUCACGAGUAAUUUAUUUGACACAAAUUAUCGACUGACACUUUGCGUUCACUUUUUCCUCCCGAUAUAGUUUAUUUCGUAUUUUAAAUGAUUUCAUACAUUUGUUCUUCUUUUUCGUGUGUUACUACUGUUUCGAAUUAUGACCGGAACAUUAGCUAGGAAAGGAUAAUAGAUUGAUCAUACAAUAAAUGGUAAUGAAUCACGACAAUACGACAAUAUAAUCACCCUGUACACGAUAUUUCGGAAUACUUACUCAUAUCUUCGUGACCUCUUUCAUGUGCGUGCAUUUUAUUUUGAAAUUAUUUUGAGAGAGUAAAUGAGAAUAUGUUUGCCAAAAGAAAAACGAUUGUUUUUGUAAAUACAUAAUAUAUUUUCUUUUUGUAUAAUUUAUUGCAUUUAUUACAUAAUAUUAUAUUAAUGUAUUUCGAAUUUACUUUAACGCUCUAAUCUUAAUAUUAAGUACUUAUUUAAUAUGUUAAUAUUAUGUUUAAUAUAAUAAAUUGUGAA